CUUUGCCAGUUGCGACUGCGCAGGAGUCGCCAUCUGGCUGGUUAACACUUUCGCUGCCUGUGUGCCGGCUCACGGUGGUAUUGUGAUGAUGUCGGCCUGGCUCGGUGUAUUGGCACGGCGUGCCGUGCUAUGGAAGCCAGCUCUGCGCAGGUUCUACCACACCGAGCGAGGAGUUUACGGCUACAGACCCAGAAAAGGGACCAGCACCGGGGAGCUACGUGGGAGCAGCCAAACCAGCGAGACUGCCAGGGCAGGUGUGUGACAGCGAGGGGGGCACCGUGCCAGCACUGCCAGCCUAUCACUGCCAGUAUUGGCAUCUGCAUGUAUACCAUGUACAGCACUGGACAUAUGGGUUUAUUAUAUGGUGCCCAUAUAUACAUUAGUGGACACAUGGGUUUAUUAUAUGGUGCUUAUUAUAUAUACAAUAUACAUUAGUGGACACGUGUAUUAUAGUGCUCAUUAUAUAUACAUUAGUGGACACAUGGGUUUAUUAUAUGGUGCUUAUUAUAUAUACAAUAUACAUUAGUGGACACAUGGGUUUAUUAUAUAUGCAAUAUACAUUAGUGGACACGUGGGUUUAUUAUAUAGUGCUUAUUAUAUAUGCAAUAUACAUUAGUGGACACAUGGGUUUAUUAUAUAUGCAAUAUACAUUAGUGGACACAUGGGUUUAUUUAGUGCUCAUUAUAUAUACAAUAUACAUUAGUGGACACAUGGGUUUAUUAUAUAUGCAAUAUACAUUAGUGGACACAUGGGUUUAUUUAGUGCUUAUUAUAUAUACAAUAUACAUUAGUGGACACGUGGGUUUAUUAUAUAUGCAAUAUACAUUAGUGGACACAUGGGUUUAUUAUUUAGUGCUCAUUAUAUAUACAAUAUACAUUAGUGGACACAUGGGUUUAUUAUAUAUGCAAUAUACAUUAGUGGACACAUGGGUUUAUUAUAUAGUGCUUAUUAUAUAUGCAAUAUACAUUAGUGGACACAUGGGUUUAUUAUAUAGUGCUCAUUAUAUAUACAAUAUACAUCAGUGGACACGUGUUUAUUAUGGGUGCUCAUUAUACGCUGAACACAAUUAUAAACGCAACACCUUUUUAGUUUUUGCCCCCAUUUUUCAUGAGCUGAAAUCAAAGAUCUAAGACUUUUUCUAUGUACACAAAAGGCCUAUUUCUCUCAAAUAUUAUCUGUCUAAAUCUGUGUUAGUGAGCACUUCUCCUUUGCCGAGAUAAUCCAUCCACCUCACAGGUGUGGCAUAUCAAGAUGCUGAUAAGACAGCAUGAUUAUUGCAAAGGUGUGCCACAAUAAAAGGCCACUCUAAAAUGUGCAGUUUUAUCACAGCACAAUGUCACAUAAGCUAAAUUAACCCUCUCUCUUUUGCCAGCCCUCAUUUAAUUAAAUUCAUUUGAGUUUGCAUAAACGCUGCCACUCACCUUGUCACAGACCCAGGCUUUCCAACUCGACCUUAUUUAGAUUGGACAGUCUUUUUUUGGGGUCCUGUUCCACCAUCCUGUUUUUUGUUCUGUGGUAUCCCUCAACAGGGGACACCAGAGAACUGUCUAGGAAGCAAAACGCAAGUACAUCAUUAGUCUUGCUUAGUUAUGUGCCGAGGGCACUUGGACCAUGCUUUGAGUGUUACAGCAGCGUUCUUUGCAUGAUCUGCCCUUGGUGGGCCCAGCUGGGAGGCUGACUUGUAUACAUGCCUCUUAUGUAUAACUGAUGUACUUCUCUAGACUUGCCCAGUCCCUGUCCCACUUUCAUACCACCCAAAGAUGGGAGUAUCCAUAACACCACACACCUACUCGCAUUCAACUCUGCUACUGAAUUAAACAUAUUAACCAACACAGUCAAAUACAUAUACUAACCAUUUCCUACAUACAUUAUGUUUGCAGUCGCAUACAUACAUUUGAAAGAAAUCUGCACCUAGACUGGACUUUAGAAUGUUGCGAAUGGGCAAUGUGUUUAUUGUUAAAUCAUUAUUCCAUCCAUUAUAACCACUAUAGUGGUUAUGAUGCCAGGAGUACCCUGGCCUGGUUGCCCAAAAAUGGGUUAAACCAGAGGCAUAGAAGACAGAAGUGUGGCCAUCACCACUCAUUGGCUGAGGUCACUAGUUGACCACCGCAGCCAAUGAAUGACAUUCUGUGCAAUUUGCAAAGAAUUUCCAUUAGCCAGUCUGGAAUUUUAGUGACAUCCCAAUAACACUGGUGGUGGAGUUACAGUUAAACUCUGCAUGUGCUGCUUUUCGUAGCGUAAAACACAGACACCAAGCAAAUUAUGAAGUGGUUAUGGUGCUUGGGAUAACCCUUUUUAACAUACCUCCCAAGUGUCAAUGUUUAGCGAUGACAUUCCCUAUUUUGGGCUUAAAUCCCUCUGUCCAUCUUUUCCCUUGUAACAAUCUUCUUUUCUAGGAGCUCCAUGAGUAUAUAACUGAGCUCUACAGUAAUACCCGCAGUAAUGUCUUUAAAACUACAAUAACAUUUGUUUAGAUAUCAGUAAAUAAGAUACUUUGUUUUUCUUCUAAUUACAUUGUAGUUAUAAAUCCCCUAAAAUUUCUCAUGAAAGCUCUAACCCCUGUCACACAAACAACACUCAAAGUGCUCAUUUGAAAUGUUGGAAAGUAUGCGUUAAUCAUUUUAGUGACUACAUUUCCUAGAUUUUAAGGACUUUUCGUGAAAGAGGUGGGGAACCAGCUAUGGAAAGAGAAGUUUAGCUACUCCACUGAAAGUCCUGCACACAGGUGUCACUGACCCUUGGUUCACCCCUCUCCCCUUCUGGCUUUGACUGUAACUGAGUUGGAUAAUUUUAGAAUGUUACCAAAUCUGCAAUUUGUAGUUCAAAAUGUUAUCUUCAAUUCUGUGUUUAGUAAACUAAUCCAGCAUUGUAAAUAAUCUUCAUUAAAUAAUUUUUGUUUUUCUUCUGGUUCAACUAUACUUAUGGUGUAUUGAAAAGAAUCCCAUAGCUCCUCUAAAUUUGCUAAUCUGUCUGUACAACAGUCCAUCUACAGGUACUAUGGAAAUUACAGAAGUAUUUGCUGCUAGUGAAUUUUAUAAUUUAUUUCAAAGAAUAUGCUGACACUGCUCAGUCAUUUGACUUGUGACCUAUGUAGAAAACUCUCUCUCUUCCCGGUUUGGAAAUUCCUUUUCUCAGACUGUUGGAGUUGUAUAUUUACCCUGUUUCCCUGACACUAUUACAUCCCCUGAAAAUAAGCCAUAGCUUAUUUUCGAGGGAUGCUCCUAAUAUAAACCCUACCCAAAAAUAAGCUCUGGUCGCUAGUUUGCUAAUCUGUGUUCGCCGAAUGUUCUAAUAACCUGAGCAUAGAUUUGCAGGAUUCCAUUCGUGAGUAAGCUAAUCUAUUUUUGGGGAAGUUUCCCCGAACAUAGAUUCGCAGGAUACCAUGCCCUAGUGAACUGGUCUAUGUUCGGGGGAAUUCCCCCGAAUGUAGACCUGCUUUCUAGCACAUGCUUGCUACGUCUCCCGCCUCCCACCCCCUUCCCCCGAAAUAAGACAUCCCCCGAAAAUUUUAUAUAAGACCUGGUCUUAUUUUCGGGGAAAGAUUGUAUGUACAGUGUCCUGCUCUUCUUUUCCCGAGCACUGUUGAAGUCUACUUAAGAGAAUUUGUAAUUAAAUACAUUUUCAAUAGCAUAUGUUGUUUGGUGCAAAGCUAGUUUACUAUUUUACUGGCAUUUCCAAUGUGCUUACUGGUGAAAAAUAGUGUGAGUUGCUAUAUAGAUGAAUUGAAAUUAAGCGUUGCUGAACGUUUCUUCACUUUGAUCUUUGUAAAUAGCUCACUAAUUUAGUACCCUUGUCAUAUUUAUGGAUACCAAAUAGGCAAACAUCUACUACACCGCUCCAAAAUAUUUUAUCCUCAACCCCUUAAGAACAGAGCUUCAGAAGCUUGUCUUUCACUUAAUGACAACGGCAUUUUUUUUCAUUUUUUGCUGUUUGUGUUCAACUGCAAUUUGCAUUUUACUAAUUUAUUGCACCGACACACAUUGUAUAUCAUUUUUUUUAAAGGACAGAAAGGGCUUUAAUUUGAUGUUAUUUAUUUAUAUAUAUAUAUAUAUAUAUAUAUAUAUAUAUAUAUAUAUAUAUAUAUAUAUAUAUAUAUAUAUAUAUAUAUAUAUAUAUAUAUAUAUACACACUUAUUUGUUAUAAAAAACAUACAGAAAAAUGCAAAUAAAUGUGAAUUUUUUAAAAAUUUUUUUACAGUUUUUGCAAUAAUAAUGUGUGCACAAUUAGUGCAGGUUAAGGAAAGUAAUUAAAAAUAAAUUCAUUUAGUUCUGAUUUACAUAAUAUAUAAUGUGUCUGGGAUUUUAAGGUUUUUUUUUUUUUUUUUUUUGGUAGUUACAGGUCACAAAGCACAAGGAGUAAAAAACGUUUAAUGUGGAGCGAUUUUAGAAUUUGGUAUGUUUGUCUUGUAAGCUUAAUAGUAUAAGCUAGCUUGUACCAAGUGUAGUGGUAAUAAGUGUUUUUCUGCCUUUUUCACACAAAGUGAGUUUGCACAGUAUAUUUUGCAAACCUUAUGUGUGCUACAACUGUAUAAUACUUCAUAUGUUGCUCAGCUAUGUCGUCUGAGUACAGCAAUACCACCGUAUGUACCUUUGCCAGGUAUAUGUGAAUGUUGAAGGGGCGCAUUUGAGACGCAGCCAUUCAGUUUUUUUUUAUAACUUUGAAGUUUUACGCUGUGUCCAUGUUCCAAUUUGGAGUAGUUUAGACGGUUGGUUAUUGAAACUUCCCCACAAACACAUACUAUUUACUAAAUUACACACUGGGGUAAUUGAAAAGGCAUAUUUUGAACCUUAGCUUGGGAUCGUUCUUCUCUAGUUUGUUCCAGGUGUAGUGGUAAUGAGCGGGUUUUUUUUUGAGAAGUGCAAAGAAUAGGUACAUGCAGUCCUCAAGUAUUUCCCUCGCGUAACAUGCGGGGCUUCAAUUAUCAGGCACAAUUUUAUAAUAUAAGCAGAUUUAACAUUGUAGCUUCAGCAGAAGAAUAUACGAUUAUGUUAUAGUCAAGUUUAGUCAGAGCGUGGGUUAGGUUAGUGACAGCAUGAGUAACCAAGCAUAGAAGAACAUUAAACUAUGCAUGCAUGUAACCUCAGUGAAAACAGUCCACGUUGAUAUAAUUUGACCAGCUGAAUAAGCACCGAGUCACUUAUGCUGGCAUUACAGUAGUGAGCACCACUGGCUGUAACGUGUUGUCUGACGAUCAAAGGAGCGCGUCAGAAGGCUUGUGAGUUUGUGGCGGCGGUUGGUGGUCAUGACUGGCAGCGGUAUAUCAGUCCUGAACUAUGGCUGGGGCAUUCACCCCACCCCGGUCAUCGUGAACAGGUAGGUGUAAACUGCAGGGGUUCCUGGGCUAGGUGUUGCUUGUUUCCACCUCCAGUCCUUGUCCGAGUCGGUGAUAGCUGCAGUGUGCAGAGGUGGCGGCCCGUUGGGAGCGAGGUAACCGCAGCCUCCCGCUCCGGGCUGGUGAGGAGGUUGACAUCUUUUUGCUACAGACCCGGUCUAUCCCAGGUGGGGAGCGGCGGUGGGCUCGGAUGGUUUGUCGACGCAUAUGGUGGUGGACCCUCUGUCGAUGUGGGCGAUGUCUUAGGGUCAAGCCCUUGGUGGCCCUCAGCCUAGGUUGGCCAGUGGCUGGAGCAACUAGGCCCGAGGUGGUCUCCUGCGCUCCCCGGUUCGCAGCUCUCCGCGUCUUCGUAUGUGGUUGAGGCUGCAGCUGAGAUACCCGGUGCCCCAGAGCUCUCCAGAAGUGCCGAAAGUGCUCAUCAAUUCGCUGUAUGAGUCGCUCUAUGGGGCAACAAGGGGACAGUCCUGAUUGCUCACUUGUAUCGUCUCGAGGAUGAGACGCUGCUGCCAUUUUGAUGCAGGUUGCUGUGCUCUGAGUGAGUUGGAAGUUAGGCCUGUAGAUUGCUUCUAGGCCCCGGUUUGGACUAAAAGAUAAGUGGUGGCUUGUUGUGAUGGUCCAAUGGGGACCGGGAUAACCCCUGCCGGUCCAAGGGGGGGGGGAGGGGGACUAGGAGUGUUUCCAGAGGCUUGUGUUGCUUGUGAGCCUCUCCUCCGCUCUGUCACAGCAGGCCGCAGUGUUGGAUCACCGGUCCCCAGUGUGUAUUAGGCUUCAGGUAGCUUUGCUGGACCCCCCUCAGUAUUGUGGUUCUCGUUGGUGUGUUUAAAUCGCUGGUUUACCGGGGUUAAAGUCCUAAAUUCAGCCCAAUUUGCAGGAGCUCAGGACACACACGUCUGCUCUGCUUGAUAGCUAGGCUCUGCCGUAAUGAGCGUUUUUAAACGUAUUUUUUUUACUUUUUGAAACUUUUUUUUCUUUUAAAAACUAGUUUUAAAAAAUUUUUUGUUUUGCUUAUUUUUUUUAAACUUUCCUAAACAUUCUUAAAACUUUUUAUUUUUUUUUUAUUUUUUUACAGAUUGAACAUUUUUCAAAACAUUUUUUUUACCGUUAACCCCUAACUAGCAGUAAGCAGCACUAACAGUAAAUUCCCAAUUUUCCCAUAACUCCCAUCCACCCCAGCUAGCAAAAUAUAUAAUUAUCAAAAUUAUUUUAAUUAAAUUAAAAAAUAAAAGUUAAUCCUCAGAGGUUAAAAAAAAUUAGUUCACAGUAUAACACUUUGAUCUGUAUUUUGAUCACUGUAGGCAGUGAUUGACUGGCAGGGAAGGGGUUAAUUUUUAUUUGGACUGGGUAAAGGGGGGUGUUUUUAAAAAAAAAAAAAAAAAAAAAAAGUAUUUAAACUUUUUAUUAGCUUAAUUUUUAACUUUUUAAAGUUUAUUUUAAAACUUUUUUUAAUGUUAACCCCUAGUUAGCCUAACACCAAAUCCCCCAAUUCUCCACUAACUUCCACCCACCCCAGCUAGCUAAAUAUAUAAUUUUUAAAAUAUUUAAAUGAAUUAAAUUUUAACCUCAGAGGGUUAAAAAAAAAAAAAAGAAUUAACCCUCAGAGGUUAAAUAAAUCAGAUGACAGUAAAAUGUAAUCCCUGCCAAUUGAUCACUGUAGUAAGUGAUCAAUUGUCAGGGAAGGGGUUAAUUUUAAUUAAAAUGAGUAAAGGGGGGUGGGAUUUUAAAUAAACUUUAUAAUUUUUUUUAACAGGGGCAGGAUCAGCACUGUUCUGGCUCCCUGCACUUCACACAGAACCAGGAAGUGCAGGUAGGCGGAAGGUAAGUAUACUAAGCACAUGUGCUGGGGCAGCACUAUCGGGUGCUCCUGGUCUGCCUCUAUUACAGAGGCAGACCGGAGCACCAUUAACCCCGCGAUCGCCGGCGAUCCAGGGUUAAUUUUAAUGGGUGACGGACAAGGUCCGUCACUCAUCGUUAUGGCAAUCCCUGAGGUCCGUCACUCAUCGUUAAGGGGUUAAAUAUGGUAAUCCACUUAAUGGUAUCAAAUUAGGGAAUUAUCUACUAAACAGCUCAAAGGUCAACAUUAAAGGGACACUAUAGUCACCCAGACCACUUCAGCUCAAUGAAGUGGUCUGGGUGCCAGGUCCCUCAGGUUUUAAACCUUCACAUGUAGAAACUGCAAUGUUUACAUAGUAGAGUUAAUCCAACCUCUAGUGGCUGUCUUCCGGACAGCCGCAAAAGUGCUUCUGCAUUGCUGGAGGCGAAAUCCGCAUCCAGUGUGCAGAACGUCCAUAGGAAAGCAUUGAGAAAGCAUAACCACUACAGUGUACUGUAGAGUGUCCCUUUAAACUUGUAUUCAUUUGGCACUUAAACGCAUACAGGGCCAGAUUUACAUGGCAGGUAUCUGAGGACACACAAUUUCAAUUCUCUUCCCCAACAACAUAAUAAGGCAGAAAAAGUAUUAUGAAGUUAUUUAAGGGACAGUAUAGGCAUCCAGACAUUUUGCCACACAUACACACGAGCCUCCCAGGGCUUUCCAUGCAAAGGGAUGGGAUUGGCUGAAUGAUGAUCAUGAACAUUGAUGAUCUAUGAGAAAGAAACCAAAUCACAGAGGAUAAAGUUGUUAUGAGGGAGAAUAGGUAGGUAAUAAACCCCCUUUUUUUAUUUUUAUUUUUUUUUAUUUUUUUUUAUGCGCUGGCCUGGUCACCUAAAUGAUGACUAGGAAACUGUAGCAUUAGGAAUCCCUAUUUGUAUUUCCUUUAACUGGACAUUGAAGGCAUAAAAGCAUCUGGAAAAAAACAUUUUCAUGUAUAUAAAAAGUAUUCUCUGCUUAUAAUAUAUUGUUUAUGUAGCUGCAAUGCAUUUAGAGUUAAAGAUAAUGUUCGAAUUGGUUAAGGUAAAUGUCAGAUCUAAAUAGGUUGUUUAGUGUUAAAAAAUAUUAACAGCUUGCGAGGGGUUAAGAUUGUAGUAUUAAGGAUGUUUAGGGCUAGAGUUGUUUUUAAAUUUUUAGUAUUGGGGUACAUUAAGUGUUUAGUUUGUAAGAUGAGUUAAACCUAGAAUUUAAGGUUAAGGGUUUAUUUUCAGGUUUAGAUUUUGAGUGCUGGAGGUUGAAGGGUUAUUUGCAAUGUACUCCCCCUCAAAUGUCUUUUGUAGUCCAGCCUGAUUGGUGAUGAUAGAGAUGCAGAUGUUCAAUAGUGUGUAACUCUGUUUCCUAGUUGGCAGAUGGGAAGUGAUCCCUUCCUGUUCAACCCAACACACAGACACUGGAGCUGGGACAGCACUGAAUUUAACACUUUCUAAAACUGUUCCAACACAUCUGUUAUUAAAGGAAAAAGUGCCAGGAAAACAAAGUUUAUUGACUGUUGGAUUACUCUUUACAGGAAGUUUUUAGGAAGGCUGUGCAAGUUACAUGCAGAGAGGUGUAACUAGGGCUGUAUAAAGAGUCAUUUAACUCCUUAAUGGCAGAUAAUUGAGCAGUGCGAUUGCAGGGGUGUGAUCUACACACCAAAACUGCUUUAUAAAAAACAAAAUUGUUUUGGUGUGUACUGUGGUCCUUUUAAACUCAAAAAUGAACAGAAGUGCUGAAAACAGACACCCCUUAGUGGUCAGGUGGCUACUCUGCCUAAUAGGAAUUUCUGCACUGCUCCUAUACUUCGCCUGUAUUAAAGGACCACUCUAGGCACCCAGACCACUUCAGCUUAAUGAAGUGGUCUAGGUGCCAGGUCCUUCUAGGGUUAACCCAUUUUUUCAUAAUUAUAGCAGUUUCAGAGAAACUGCUAUAAUUAUGAAUGGGUUAAGCCUUCCCCCUAAUCCUCUAGUGGCUGUCUCAUUGGCAGCCACUAGAGGCGCUUGCGUGCUUCUCACUGUGAUUUUCACAGUGAGAGCACGCUAGCGUCCAUAGGAAAGCAUUAUGAAUGCUUUCCUAUGUGACCGGCUGAAUGCGCGCAGCUCUUGCCGCGCGUGCGCAUUCAGCCGACGGGGAGGAGAGAAGGAGGAUCGGAGGAGGAGAGCUCCCCGCCCAGCGCUGGAAAAAGGUAAGUUUUUACCCCUUUCCCCUUCCAGAGCCGGGCGGGAGGGGGUCCCUGAGGGUGGGGGCACCCUCAGGGCACUAUAGUGCCAGGAAAACGCGUAUGUUUUCCUGGCACUAUAGUGGUCCUUUAAUGCAGAUCCUUUUUAUUACACAAUUACACUCCUCUCUGUCAUAACUCCUCCAUAUAAGUAAAGCUUUUCUUGAUUGCACCAUUCCGUAUCUACUUUUAUUCCGCUUUCAACAAUACUGUCUUUACUAUUCCUUUUCCCCUCCCUUCAGGGAGUGAAGUUCUCUCGAUCUGCCUGCAGCUUGUUGUUUUUCCACAAAAGUUCUUUCUGUGUGCUGUUUUCACAAUACAUUGUCUUGGGUAUCUUAGUUCAUUAGCAUGUAUCAUUUACUAGGGCCACCUGGACUGGUGACUGUGUGUCUUGUGGGCAGAAGAUGAGUGUCAUCUUAAAGACCCUAUGUUAGAAAAUGGACAUUGAGCCCCAAUAUUUAUGAAGCAGGAACUGACUUUCUAACUUAAACACCUACUAGGCGCCCUGUGUGAACAUUUUCCACAGCGCCCCUCUUGUCACAUUUGCUCACCCAUGUAUUGGACAUGUAUAAGGAUGUAGUGUUUAGGGGUAUUUAAUUUAGAUUUUUUUUAAAAAUGCAUGUAGGCCUGUGUGUAUUUUUGCAGUGUCACAUGCACACAGUACCACAGUUAGAUGCACACAGUUAUACACACAUACUGUGAAAUAUAGCCACAUGCGCAUAGCCACUCUCAAGCAUACAGUCACAGGCAGUCUCAUUCACACAGACCGUUACAGGCAAUAAUACACACAGUCAAAGGCAGACCGUGUCUCACACAGACACACACACACACACAAAGGUACAGGCAGCCAUAGAUAGACAGUGACACACACAUGGUCACAGACAGACUGUCAUAUACACACAAUUACAGGCUGACAGACCGUUACAUACACAGUCACACACACACACUGCCACAGACAGACUGCUAUAUGGACACAGUUACAGGCAGACAGUCAUAGACAGUCACACACACACAGUUACAGGUUGACAGAUAGUCACACACACACACACACACACCACACACCACACACACACCCUCCUCCUCCUCUCCAUUGUGCUCUGGAAGGGGGAGGAGUGGAGGCUACAGUACCUUUCUAGCAGUUGGGGAAGCAAGAACUCUUUUUUCCUACUUCCCCCUCAGUGUGCACCACUCCCAGGCAGCGGGUAGAGGUCACACUUGGCUCCACCCGCACCCAUUGGCAUAGGAACCCCCAAAAAUCAUGGGGGGGGGGAUAGCAUUUUUACUCGCCGGGGAUAUUCUUAUUCCGUAAACUAGGAGUUGUUUAUCCCACUGUACAGCGUUAUGGAAUUUGCUGGUGCUAUUUAAAUGAUAAAAUAAUAACAUUAAAGGGUCACUACAGGGAAGGAGUUUUACUUACCCGGAUACAGCGCCGGGAUCCUCCUAAUGCCGCACCCCCUAUUUCAUCAAAAUGACUUAAUAGGAGGGUGCAAGCAGGGAGCAAUAAAACGCUUCUAGAAGCGUCAUUACUUCCUGGUGCGCAUGAGCAGCUUGGGUGGCAAUCAUGUCUCGACCAGGAAGCACCACUAGAGGCCAUCUGAGUGUCCACUAGAGGUAUUCCUCAGCAGUAAUGUAAAGACUACCUUUUUACGAAAUGGCAGUGCUUACAUUAAAAAGCCUGCAAAGACAUGCUAUAGACACCAGAACUACUACGUUUAGCUGUUGUGGUUCUGGUGACUAUAGUGUCCCUUGAGUAUAGGGGGGAAAAGAAUCAUCACAAAUGUAAAAAAUAAAAUGUUUGUAUCAUUAUUCUAAAAAAAUAAAAAAAUGCACAUUCCUAGCUUAAUUUUUAGCUCGACAUAUGACACAAACAUUUUGUACUUUGCAGAUUACUUUUUUUAUAUAUUUUUAUACAUAUACAGAUUGUGUAAUACUGCCCCUGACUUAGGGUGACCACAUUUCCUAACUGCCAUUCAGUGACACUUUCAGAAGUGCAUUCCAUACAUUUUACUACCCGUCUCUACCCCUUCCAUUUAUAUUGGAACCCCCCUACCCGUUCCAUGUGCAUAUUAACCCCCCCUACCCCUUCCAUGCAUAUUAGUACCCUCCUAACCUUUUCCUUACCUUCCCCCUCCUCCCAUCCAUAUUAGUAGCCCCCCCUAAACCCUUCCAAUUAUUUUUCUAACUACCCCUUCCUCCCAUCCAUAUUACAAACUCACCUAACCACUUACAUUAAUUUUUCUACCUCCCCCCUUCUUUAACCCUUUCAUUAAUUAACACUAAAAAUGCUCAGGCAGCUGUUUUUUUUGUUUUUGUUUUUUUUUCAGAGGUGACCGGCUCUGCUCUCCCCCCUACAAACAGUUGUCCCCUUUUACCUGACAUAGCAGGGGGACCUCUGGACGUCCGGCGGGCGCAGUGUCAGGCUGAGCGCCGGGUAGUCAUGUGACACCCGACGCUCCUGCGCGGAGGGGGAGGCAGGGCCGGUGCAAGGAUUUUUGCCGACCUAGGCAAAAGUAAAGUUUGCCGCCCCACCCAUAUGAUCUGCCAUGUUAACUAACGCCAGUGCUGCAGUGCCACCGUGUUUACAUUAAAAGGCCUGCAGGGACAGGCUAUAGACACCAGAACCACUACAUUAAGCUGCAGUGGUUCUGGGGACUAUAGUGUUUCUUUAAUGUGAGGUAAAUUAGAGAUUAGUGCCACAAAUAAUAUACUAGAUUGCCUACUUACAGCCAGAUGAGGAUGAUGAUGGGCUCUAGCUGCAGUCUGGCUCCACUGGUCUGGUGUAGAACAGGCUCUCUGGAGGCUGUUUGUAACUGUGGUCACAAAAAUCAAUGUUCUGGGAGAGCGGGAAGCAGCUCCAUUUUUUGGGGGGCCCUUUACACAGCUCAAGGUCUGGAUCCCAGGGUCCACCUUCAUGUUCCACCAAUGAGUUUGUUCACAGGGGGUGGAGUGUGUAGGGGAUGUCCUGAUAUGUGUGUAAGGAAUGCAUUGUGUGAAUCUGUGUUUGUAUGUGUAAGGGCUGCAAGGUGUGUUUCUGUGUAUGUACGGGAUGCAGUGUGUGUCAAUUUCUUUCUCUCCCACGUCAAUUCCCCUCCCUGUCAAUUUCUUUCUCCCCCCCUCCUUGUCAAUUUCUUAAUCCCCCCUGUAAAUUUCUUUCUCCCACCUUCCUUGUCAAUUUAUUUCUCCCACCUUCCUUGUCAAUUUAUUUCUCCCACCUUCCUUGUCAAUUUCUUUCUCCCACCCUCCUUGUCAAUUUCUUUCUCCUCCCCUGUCAAUUUCUUUCUCUUCCCCUGUCAGUUUUCUUUCUCUUCCCUGUCAAUUUCUUUCUCUUCCUGUCAAUUUCUUUCUCUUCCCCCCUGUCAAUUUCUUUCUCUCCCCUGUCAAUUUCUUUCUCUUCCCCUGUCAAUUUCUUUCUCUUCCCCCCUCCCUGUCAAUUUCUUUCUCCCCCCUGUCAAUUUCUUUCUCUCCCCUGUCAAUUUCUUUCUCUCCUGUCAAUUUUCUUUUCCCCCCUCCCAUACCUCUGUUGUAACGAGACUGAGUGCUGUAUGGUCCGCGGGUACAGGGAGCAUCUAUCUCCUGUACCCGGCCGGACUAAAAGGAAGUGCACACUUAGUGUUAGUCCAGCCGGGUACAGAUGCUCCCUGUACCCGCGGACCAUACAGGGCUUGGCCACACUACAGUGAGGGAGUGACAGGAGGGAGCGCUGAGCGCUUCCCUCCUGUCAGCCCCUCUCCUCACGCUGUGCCCUCAUGGACGCACCAGCCCGGGUAAAGCUGCAGCCGCCUGAGGCUCUCUACAGAGCGCUCGGGCGGCUGCAGCAUGAGGGGGGCUGGCGCUCCUGGUGGCGCCCCUUCCCAAGGGGCGCCCUAGACUGCUGCCUAGUCCGCCUAACAGGUAGCGCCGGCCCUGGGGGGAGGUGCUCCCCUUUCCAAUCUGCAGUGCGUGCGGUUCCCUGAUGGAGCCGCACGCAGCCCGAGGGCACCCACGAUCGGGGGAGCUGGGGGGAUUUCUCUAUAACCUGUCCCUCCUCCCCGCAUGAUUUGCUGGAGGGGAUGCGUUCCCCCUGAUUCCUACGCCCAUGCCCACACCGGCAAUUUAGCUCGGCCUCCCCGUGUCGAUUUAGCUCUGCCUCCGCUCCUGAUUUAGCUCCACCUCCAUAUUUCUGGCUGUGCCUCAUCACCACCAGACCCCAAGUGUGUGAGCUGUGCGGCCGCACCGCUAGCACACCCCUAAUGCCGGCCCUGAUGGUACAUGUACUUGGUCAUUUAUUGCUUUCUAUAAGCAUGCAUAGCAGCACAUUCUAUGAUCUUACCGUGCAGUUUUGUUCUUGCCUUUCUAGGAAUGUAUCUACUGUUAAGUAGAUUUGUGCAACAAUUUGUUUAGGACGGUUGAUCUGAUUCAAGUUCCUUUUCUUCUACGCCCAAACGAAUAGGUUGUUUGGGAUUCACAUGCGGAGUCUUUUCAAUAAAUAAGAAUCCACAGGUAAACCCUGGAUGAUCAAUUUUGUCCAUGGGUGGAUUAAAAGAAAUUUGAAUCGGACGAACCGCCUCAAACAAAGUCUACUAUCAAGAGCCACAGUGCUUAUCCAUUAAAGGGACACUCCAGGCACCCAGACCACUUCUGCCCAUUGGAGUGGUCUGGGUGCCAACUCCCACUACCCUUAAUUCUGCAAGUGUAAUUAUUGCAGUUUUCAUAAACUGCAAUAAUUACAUUGCAAGGUUAACUCCUCCUCUAGUGGUUUUCUACUAGACAGCCACUAGAGGGCACUUCCAUGUUUUAUAGCACACAUUUCAUGUGCUAAAGCGUUGCUAGACGUCCUCACGCUAUGUGAGGACCUCCAGCAUCACUGAAAUCUCCAUUGGAAAGCAUUGAAAGCAUUUUUCAAUGCUUUCCUAUGGGGAGGUGUAAUGCGCGUUCGCGGCAUUGACGCGCAUUAGAUCUCCCCUGCCAGCGGCCACACAUGCGCAAUAGGUUCCCCCGCCGGAUGACGUCGGCAGGGGAGGAGCGCAGGCGGACCCUGACCCAGCGCCAAGGGACCUCGGCUCUGGAUACAACUUGGGAUGGGAGCGAGAGGGGACCUGCAGUGCUAGGAAAACAGUUUGUUUUCCUGGCACUGGAGAGUCCCUUUAAACCCUUGUUUAGCUCGUGUUUUAAAGCGGCACUGUCAUAUCGAACUUAUCUUUCCCCAAUCACUUCCUCUUGUCUCCCACUCUCGGGACUUGUUCUUCUUUUCUUCCUGUCUGAUCUAGUUUUCAUUAAAACAUAAGACAAAGUAGAGACUAUUUUGUCUUAUUUAUUUUUCCUACGCUUGACCAGCUUUGACCCAGAGGAGGAGCGAAGUCCGUUCCAUUUUCUGUGGUCAAAGCAAUUUUCCCACAAUACUCACUUCUUCUCCUGUGUUCUCAUGUUGCUUCAUUCAACGCCGGCGAAACAACCGAAUUUCAUCCUAACAGAGUGAGAAAAGUUUGUCCAUUUGUGUAAGGACCCAAUUCAAUACUUUUUGUUCGGUUCGACAUUUCAGUUGAAUGAAUGAAAUUCCGAUCCUAUUCGUGCCAAGGCUGCAAGCUCUGACAGGAAGAUCUUGAGCCUUGCCUGAUUUGCUACUUGCAAAGUUUAAGGAGGACAGGUGAGUAUUGUGGGAAAAUUUCUUAGACUGCAGGAAAUGGAGCAGACUUGACUCCUCCUUGGGUCAAAGCUUGUAAAGCAUAGAUAACAUAAUCCCUACUUUGUCUUAUGUUUUAAAGAAAAUUAGAUCAGAAAACCACAGAUCCUGAGAGAGGAAGACCAGAGGAAGGGAUUGGGGAAAGGUUCAGCAUGAGUGCCGCUUACUCCCCUUUAAAACAGUGAGAGGAUACUUUUUGCUGAAACUUCAUAGUCUUGCAGAAGCUGUAAACUUUUUUUUUUUUUUAUUCUUUCCAUAAUUAAUUGAAAAAGAAGGUUCCACUCCAAACUAGAGUUUUCCUAGAAAGCAGAUAAAACAAGCAUCCUGGAAACCAAUCCAUGAGCCAGUCUUUCACUGGACACUUCCACCUGUGGCAACAUGGAAUGCUAUGACAUUUCUUGUUAUGAAGGUUAUCUUGUCCAUUAGCAGUAGCAUUGAGCCAAUAUUGUUUUUGUAACAUCACGAAGACUUUAAAGUGAACUUAAAAUCAACUAAACCUGAAGAUAACAAGGUCAGCUUUUGGGGCAGCUAAAACUCACCAGCAGAAGGUAGGAAUAUAUUCUUACCUGAGGCUAUUGUGCUUCUUGUAAAACUUCCACUGCAAUGACAUCUGUCAAAUCGAUCUAUUUGCUGUAAGUGUGGAUUGUGAAAUGUAUAUAAAAGUUUUCUCUGCCAAAUGGUAAUUUAUGUAUAGGUAUAUUUGAAAAACAAUGUCUACAGUUAGGCUCCUAAAUUUUUUUAUUUUUUUUAUUUUUUAAAAUUAUAUAUUUAUUGUAUUUUAUUUCCCAUUUAGUGGACCAUGGCCUGGCACGUCUUGUUAUAGCUUACCGUGAGCAUGGCCACAAAGCAGCAAAAAUUAACCCAUUAUUCACUGGUCAAUCAGUGAUGGACAUGGUACCAGAAAUACAAGUACUUGCUGAACUACUAAAUGGGCCGUUUAACACUGCAGGUAAGAAAUGUAAUAGAAUGUCAUAUAACUCAAUUGUGUUUUUUUUUUUUUUUUAAUUAUUAUUAUUAUUAUUAUUUAUUAUUUAAUAUAUGUUUACUACAUUAGAUCUAAGGUAGGGUGUAUAAUUGGUGUAAUAAGGUGAAGGUGGACUCAAUGUAUGCAGGUCUUUUGUUGUGGAUAGCCUCUCACGUUGUGUUUAUUUUGGUUAUGAGGAGAUUUAGAGGAGGAGGAUCACAUCUGGUCUGUUAUGGGUUUCAUGGGCUUCACUCAGUGAAGAGUACACUAAAGUUAAACCCCCUUCACUAAACACUUAUCUGAUCCCUCAGUUCUGGUACCACCUCCUCCGAUGUCAGUGCCUAGGUGGAACCUAAUGCACAUGUGUAUUAGGCCUUCCAUAAAGGAGGGCACUGAAUCACUGCUUUACUAUGGGGGAUUUGAAGACACUUGGACAUCCUCUUGCACAGCGUUUGUUUUAUGGAGUCAAACUCAGUGUAAAUGCAGGAAGCGCCUCUAAUGGCUCUCUAGUAGACAGACACUAGAGGCAGUAUUAACCCAGGAAUAUAAACAAUGCAAUUUCUCUGAUUCUCUGAAACUGCAUUGUUUUAGGUUGCAGGCUUAAGACAACAGUGCACCUAGACCACUUCAAUAAGAUGAAGAGGUCUGGGUGGCUAUUGGGGUUUGAGUCAAAUCGAAGUAUAAAACAAAACGUUCUAACUAUAAUAUUUUUUAUUUUAUUUUUUUCCCCUCAAGAUUAGAGGCAGUACACAACAACAGGAAUAUCCACUCUGUCUAGACAGGAAAAGGCAGGCAGUCACUAGAAAUUUAAAGGAACACUAUAGGGUCAGGAACACAAACAUGUCUUCCUGACCCUAUAGUGUUAAAAACCCCAUCUAGCCCCCCCUAAAUAUAGUAAAAUCUUAGUUGUGUUCAAGUCUGCAGAUGCUGCCUCUGCCCAUGAUAUUCCUGCUUCUGCUGACCUCAUCAGACGUGUUGUUCUGAGCCAAUCGCAGUGCUUUCCCAUAGGAUUGGCUGAGCUUGUCAAGGAGUCAGAUCAGGGGCCAAGCCAAACACAGCCCUGGCCAAUCAAUAUAUCCUCUUAGAGAUACAUUGAAUCAAUGCAUAUUCUAUAGUUCUUCUGGUGACUGUAGUGUCCCUUUAAAAGUUCAGCCCCUCCUACCUUAAAAAAAAGUGUCUUUGUUUCUGCUACCAUGCCAAUGUUUUAUCUCUGUUUUUGAAGUGCUUGCUAUUACUGUCGUGGGAUCGCAAGCUUGCCUGUUAUCAUGUGCACUACAAAAAUAAAGAAUUAAAAAAAAAUUUUUUAAAAAAAGUUCAGCCCCUAGUAAUACUCCACCUCUUUUAAGGUAUAAAACUCAAAUACGUCCUAAUAACCCCAGAUCUCUGCCUAUCAGCAGGAUAAGAAAGCACUCAUGGUUUUUGGUUUCAAGAGCAAGGUGAGACUGCCUAGCAGGGCUCUGCAUCAGUGAGGUCUCAUGGCGUGCCUGUCAUAUCCCUCUUUUGCAGAGUAUUGGUUCCUGCAUACUACAUUUUAUAAAUUCUGCUUCCCUGUCUGUCAGAUGGUUAUAAGAAUAUUUGUAGUAUUUGUGCUAAAGAGGCUUCUAAGGGAAACCAAAAAGACUGAAGUAUCCUCCUUUUUAUCAUGUUUCCAAAAUAGUUUACAAACAAUUUUUUUUUAUAUCAGAGAGUUCAAUCAGCCCAGCCAUCUCUUCCUCAUCAGUAAUAGUCUUCUCCUAAAAGCAGGGAGAGAAAAGUGUUCACGUUCUGAAUCCUCAAACUCUGGUUCUUCUGAAGAUAAUUAUUUUUCAGAAGACCGUCUGCGCAAACUGACGAAAGAAAUACAACCUUAAGGAGUGUGUCUUGGCCACCAUCUUAGAUGGCCACGUUUUAGAGAGGCUCCUGGACAAGGGGGUCAAUUUUGUUCCAAAAGUGCCAAUUUUAAUUUUAAUGGACCAACUCUAACUGAUGCUACAAAAAGCCAAUCCAAUAUCUAACAUGAACCAAAAAAAUCCUGAAGAAAAUGUACCUGGGAUGAAGAAAAUGGAAGCAGGAGCUGCUGGGGUGAGUAAAGGUUCCCAGGCUUCUAAAUCUGGCUCGUGGCUGGUUUCGCUGCUAAAAAUCUCAUUGGUGGCGCUGGGGAAAUCUCUCCCUACCUCCCACCCGGUUCCCAAGCUAAAACUUAUGCCUGUGCGGCUGCGACCCGUUCGCAGCAGUCUGAGAGCGGCGGGACUGCGGGCGCACUAGCCGGCACUUCAGUGUGUGGCUUAGAGCGCUCCGAGCACUCAUCAUGCUCAGAGCGAAGUGCCCCGAGCGGCAAGGACCACCCAGCAAGCCGCUCACGGUCUCACACUAGAGCAGCCCGGCCGCUCACAAAAGCGACCGGGUUGCAAGUAAAGGGGAGGGCAGUGCGAGGUCACGCUCCCCAUCGGGAUCCUCUGCCUCCAGGUUGUCAGUCUCGGCAGGGGGGGCCUCUGCUGUCCGACCCAAAACUCUCAAACAGGGCCGUCUUUAAUUCUGAUUGGACCCUGGACAAGCAUUAACUUGGUCCCCCUGACUACAUAUAGAUACACACAAAUACAAAACCUGACACACAUGCAGAUACACACUGACCGCAUAUAGAUACACACAAGAACAUACAGAUACACACAGACUACAUAUAGAACACUGACACACAGACACAAACUCAGAUACACAACCUGACAAACAUGCAGAUACACAGAUACAAACACUGAUACAUGCAGAUACAAAGGCACACACACUGACUACAUAUAGAUACACCGACACACACAAUGACACACAUACAGACACACAGAUACACAGAUACACAACCUGACACACUUGCAGAUAUACAUAUACAAACACGGACACAUACAGAUACACACUGGCUAUAUAUAGAUACACACAGAUACAAAGGCACAUUCUGACAGACGUACUGACACAGAGACACACACAGACAGCCAUACUGAAACACACAUACACACAGACAUACAGAACUACAUGGACACUGACAGACUCACACAUAGACAUACUGACACACUGACAGACAUACAGACAUUCUGGCACACAUACAGACAUACUGAAACACACAUACACACAGACACUGACAGACGUACACACAUACAGACAUUUUGACACUCAGACAGCCAUACUGAAACACACAUACGCACAGACACUGACAGACGUACACACAUACAGACAUUUUGACACUCAGACAGCCAUACUGAAACACACAUACACACAUACAUACUGAACCACAUGGACACUGACAGACUCACACAUAGACAUACUGACACACUGACAGACAUACAGACAUUCUGGCACACAUACAGACAUACUGAAACACACAUACACACAGACACUGACAGACGUACACACAUACAGACAUACUGACACAUGGACAGACCUACUGGCACAUAUACACACAGACGGACAUACUGAAACACACAUACACACAGACACUGACAGACAUAUUGACAAACACAGACAUACAGAACCACACAUACACUGACAGACAUACUGGCACACUGACAGACAUACUGGCACACUGACAGACAGACAUACAUACAUACUCACACACACACACACACUCAGACACUCAUGCAAAAUUUGGUAACCACCCUCCAGUUUCUUACCUUUUCCUGGAGGGUGGCUUCCCUGGGGUCCAGUGGGCUGGCUGGGGUGGCUGGGAGCUAAGCUCUCCCGGCCUGGCCCCCUCCGGAACAGCUCCUUCCUCCCGCGUGGCUCUUGUUUCUGUGGGAUGAAGUGACGCAUGGCUGUCACUUCCUCCCAGUGCUGCCGAAAAGCAAGGGCCCGGUCGCGCUGUUAAAGCGCCACAGCGCCCGACCGGGCCCCUGCUGACACAGGCCCACCGGGUGGCCCUAAGUGCAUGGGUCACCCGAUGGGCCCCCAUAGUUUGCGGGCAGAGGGCAAAAGGAGCAGCUGUCUUGGGCCCCCCAGCUGGGACAGGGCCCGGGGCAGCUGCCCCGUUUGCCCUGCGUUAAAGACGGCCCUGCUCUCAAAGGUGCAGUAAGGGCUAUAGUAAGCCCAGAGGAUAAUGUUAUGGAAAUAGGAGCUGAAAUGCUCCAAACAAGUUCUUUAUCUGCACUACCACAGAGAAUGUCAUGAUGCCACAACAAAGAUGGCUGCCAGUCCAGAUAUUAUGUAUUCCACUCCCAAGAUGGCCACUGCCACCUCCAAUAUGGCUACUACCACAUUUAAAGCAGUGACUUACAAUCCCAAUAUGCCACCUGAAUUGGCAGAAGAUCUGCCACCGUCAGCUGGCAUGAUAAUUCAACUCAUCAAAGAUUUGAGAGUUGAUUUGAAAAACGACUUUAAAAAAUACUUUGACGUGUUAUAUGGAGCCAUGGAGGACAUUAAUCAGUGAACGGAAAUAAUAGAGAAUAAAUUGCAAUCUCACCUUGAUCUGGUUGACUCUGUAAAAGAGCUCCAAAAGCAAGUGCACCAACAAACGGAAAAGUUAGCGGACGCUGAGGAUUGAAGUAGGCGCAAUAACCUAAUGAUCGGGGGAUCCCUGAUAGUAUCGAUUCUCUGGAAUUACAAAGCUAUUUCCAGUCAAUGGUGAAGUCAACUCUACCAACUACUAAAAAUAUGGAUUUACUACUGGACCGCAUCCAUAGAUUGCUCAAACCCGGCAAUGCACCUGCGGCUGCACCCAAAGAUGUGAUAGUGAGAUUUCACUACUACCACAUUAAAGAGGAAUUUCUUGGUGCAGUAGACACGUCAGGCCUCACGGGAGAUUACAGCGGCAUGAAGGUCUUCCAAGACUUCUCUGCUCAAACAAUGAGGCGACGCAGGGAAUUUCAACUUUUCACUGUGGAGCUAAGACGAAGAGGGAUAAGAUAUAGAUGGGGAUUCCUGGUUAAAGUCCUUUUCUGCAUAGAUGGUCGGAAUUGCAUAAUCACGUUGCCUGAGGAAGGAUGAAACUUAUCAAUUCCAUGAAUAGACGUCAGCUUUCGCCUCAUAGACUCUUGCCAUCUACUGCUAUGCAGGCCAGCAAGAGAAGCAAAUCAGACACUUCCUGAGAUCCCAGCUCAUAGAGCUACAGUCUUCGUUUUCCAAGGUCGUAAGUUGCGCAACGCUUCAAGUUGAGAUGUUCUCCCUAUCUUCACAAAGUAAUUUUAUUUAUUUAUUUUUAGACUUUUUUUAUUGUAAUAAUUUUUUUUUUUUUCUCUUUAUUGAUUUUUAUGGUAUGGUUCUGAGCACUUUAUCUCUGAAACAAACUAUUGAGUCCUGCUCCAGUCCAGAGAUUUAUCAGGAUUACUUUGAAUUUUGACUUGUUUCUCCUUUUUAUGACAGCCUUUUGAGUUUGCACACCAACGGUUAUUUGAAAUGUGCCUCUACGGUUUAUUUCAGAAAUCGAUUCGAUUACUUAAAACUUUCUAAAUUUAUACAAUCAAAAUAGUUUUUUAUAUAAUUUCAUAUUUAUUUAAUUGUAUUUUUUUUAUUGUUUUGUGCUUUUUGUCCUUUCAAAUGUCAUACUUAAAAAGUUGCUAUUUGUUUUGUUUUUUACUAUUUAUAUUGGCUCCCCUCGAACCCAGUAAUUUCUCUCCCCUCAAUCUGGGCCUAACACCCUGAGAUGGAGAAACUUUUUUUUGUUCUUUCUCAUGGCCCUCUUUCACUAUUUUUUUUUAUUUUUUUUAUUUUUUUAAUUUUUUUACCCUUGAUAGGGUUAUAUACCCAAGUUUUUUGUAACCCUUUAUUUUUAUUUUUCUAUAUUUUUUUUGUCCAUCCAUUCUUUAAAGUUCAGUAGAAACGUUUCCAGACCAUGAACCACUGAAAUGCUUCAUACAAAAAUGCAUACUAUGUGGCAUCAGCAACUUGCAAAAAUCUGUUUAUUCACUAUUCCUGUACACAGUUUGAGUUGACAGUAUUGUUGGACCUGCAUGUUUCUCUCUUGGAAGGCGGUUGCUUGGACUCUCACAAAGUUGAAUGUUCUUUUACCCUUUACAAGGUAUUACUGUUUCAUAAACCAUGGUUUUAAAAUGUCAUUUAAAUGUGAGCAGCCUGAACACCACCCACAAGAGACGAUUAUUAUUCAAAGAAGCAAAAUCCAACAAAUCAGAUGUAAUCUGUGUACAGGAAACGCAUUUUAAAGAUGAUAAAGACCAUAAGAUUGUCAAAGCUUUUCCCAGUCCAAUUAAAUACCUCCCGUCAUCAUCCGUUAUUACUUUGUUUGUCAAACAUGCUACAUUCCUGUGAAAGAAAAUCGAUGUACCUCUAGACUUGGCUUUAUAAAUGCAAUGGUAUGCUGCUCACAUUGCAUUUAUAAAGCCAAGUCUAGAGGUACAUCGAUUUUCUUUCACAGGAAUGUAGCAUGUUUGACAAACAAAGUAAUAACGGAUGAUGACGGGAGGUAUUUAAUAUGGAUAGGAUCACUCAAUACUAUUGAAUAUACUAUUGUGAAGAUGUAUUUUCCAAACACCGGUCAGUUGCAGUUUUUUUUAGGAAAUUGAUGGACUUAGUGAAUGAGAAUGUGAGAGGCAGCUUGGUAAUGUGUGGCGGCACAAAUUUUGUCAUGGAUGGAGAAUUGGAUAACGCUAGGGAAGAACGUGAUCGACAGCAUAGAGGGGACAGUGACAGAUUAGCGUAUAAAUGCUCUAGAUACAUGAUUGAAUGUGGCUUAUACGACUCCUGGAGACUGAUGCGUGAGAAUGAAAGUGAUUUUACGUAUUCUUCUGUCUCUAAAAAAAUAUGUAUUCCAGUCUGGACCGGUUUAUGGUCCAGGGUUCUUUAAUCCCUCACAUCUUGAAAUCCGAUAUCUUAAACAUCAACUGGUCUGACCAUGCUCCAAUCAUAAUGCAUAUUGACGAAAUUGUUUCAUCAGAACCUGGAAAUUAGGCGAUUUGUUAAAUGAUGUUGUGAACAGGUCAUUGACAGAUAAAGCUUUAAGUGAUUUAUUUAUUUAUUUUUUUAAGAAAAUGCCUCACCUGAGGUUCCUGGCGAGGUGACUUGGAAUGCGCAUAAGGCUGUGUUAAGAGGUCAUUUUAUUUCUAGAGCGUCUCACCUGAAGAGAAUUAAUAGCAAUAAUUUAAGAACAUUGGAAAAAGAAUUGUACAAUUUGAACCAGGCUAAUAAAUUUGGUCUAUCGUCCUCCCUAUCAGCAAUGACAGGAGAAAUUAAGGCUAAAAUUAACAAAAUUAAUUUAGAUCGUACAUCUCUCAUGGUGAGACGUCUCAGGAAAACAUUUUACUUAAAAGGCAACAGGGCCUCAACUCUUUUGGCAUCCAAACUCCGGCAUGUGAAUGCCCAAUCAAAAAUAGCAUAUUUACUUGAUGAUCAGGGGCGAAAAGUGUUUCAUCCAACUAAAAUUAGUGAUAUGUUUGCAGAGUAUUAAAGUAAACUUUAUAAUUUAGAAUGUAAUUCGGACCUUCCCCAGCCUUCUGCAACAAUAAUUGAUAAAUCCUUAGACAGAGUGUCAUUGCCUCGGCUGUCUCCAGGACAUUUAGAAAGCUUAGAAUGUGAAAUAUCAGCAGAAGAGAUAGCUGAGGCGAUCAAACUUAUGCCAUCUGGAAAAGCCCCUUGUCCCAAUGGAUUCACUAUUUUAUAUUAUAAAACAUUUCCAGAAAUUUUAAUUCCCCAUAUUACUAAAAUGUUCAAUUCCUAUAAGUCCGGGGGAAAGAUGCCGGAGGAGUCCUUGUGCGCACGAAUAGUCACCUUGCCAAAGCCAAAAAACUCCUGAUAGAUGCCCUAACUUUAGGCCCAUUUCUCUGAUUAAUAAUGAUUCAAAGAUUUAUUCUAAAGUUCUCGCAAAUAGAUUAACCAAAUUAAUCCCAUUGCUAAUUAAUAAGGAUCAAGUGGGUUUUGUACAGGAUAGACAGGCGCCAGACGGAACUAGAAGAUUCAUAAACUUGAUUCAGCAUAUCAAUAUGCCCAAAACGCCUUCUUUGCUUCUAUCUCUAGACGCAGAGAAGGCGUUUGACAGGAUACAUUGGGGAUAUUUAUGGAGAAAGUUAGACAGGUUCAACAUACCAUCAUCCUUUAUCAUAGCAAUUAAGGUGCUAUAUUGCACACCCUCCGCCCAUGUCUCAGCUUCUGGCUUCACAUCCAAAACUUUCUCUCUAACCAAUGGGACGAGACAGGGGUGCCCUUUAUCUCCAAUUUUAUUUGUAUUAGCAACAGAACCCCUGGCCGAACUAAUUAGAACGACCUCACAAAUUGUAGGAAUUGCUAUUAAAGAAUCCGUUCACAAAAUUGGCCUGUUUGCAGACGAUAUAAUCCUAGCUGUCAAAUACCCAAAAGAAUCUUUGAGACACCUCAAGGACAUUUUAACUCAAUUUGUACUACUACAAAUUAAACGAGUCCAACACUCAGGCCCUCCCGUUUCAUUUAAAUGAUUUGGAAACCAUUGCCCUUAAGAAAUCCUAUUUAUUUGAUUGGAGAACUGACUAUAUGGAAUAUCUUGGCAUUAAUUUAUGCAAAUAUUUGGUCAAUAUGCACAAUCACAACUUGAGGAAAGCAUGGUCGGACUUACAAAAAGAGAUGGAGAGAUGGGGCAGGAUGGAGCUCUCAUGGCUGGGGAGGGUCACAUCUAUUAAAAUGACGAUACUCCCAAAACGUUUAUAUCUUUUUUAGGACCAUUCCUCUGACCAUCCCAUUAUAAUUUUUUAAUAAAGUUCACUCGACAAUGCUGAAGUUUAUCUGGGGGGACAAGCCUGCCCGAGUGAGGCUCACUUCCCUGCAGCACCAUAAAUUGAAUGGCGGUAUCUGUGUCCCUGAUAUCCGCAAAUAUUAUUUUGCCACUAACGCUGCAGUGGUUGUGAGCUUUAACAACCAGGUUGAUAAACCCAGAUGGCUGUAAAUAGAAGAACUGAAAAUUUUACCGGUUAGAUUAUCAGAAUUACCUUGGUUAAAUCCUAAGAAAAGACCUGGAAUUACAAAAUUAUUUUUAUCUACCAAGACUACGCUUAAGGCCUGGAACAUUGUUUUUAAAAAUGAUCAUUCUCCCAGUUUAUAUAGAGCAAUGCCUAUUGAGUUAUUGAAAGAUUAUAUACCAUUCUUAAAAAUAAAACUGUUGAAGGAUUGCUCUAUAACUAAUCUGGAUAAUUUUUUUUUUAUUUUUUUUUUAUUUAUUUUUUUAUGGCAAUGCUAUUCUUUCUUUGGAAAAAUUUAAGCUUAAAGGACCACUCUAGGCACCCAGACCACUUCAGCUUAAUGAAGUGGUCUGGGUGCCAGGUCCCUCUAGGAUUAACCUUUUUUUUUUUUUUUAUUUUUUUUUUUAUAUAAACAUAGUAGUUUCAGAGAAACUGCUAUGUUUAUAAAUGGGUUAAUCCAGCCUCUAAAGCCUCUAGUGGCUGUCUCAUUGACAGCCGCUAGAGGCGUUUGCGUGCUUCUCACUGUGAAAAUCAGUGAGAAGACUCCAGCGUCCAUAGGAAAUCAUUGUAAAUGAUUUCCUAUGAGACUGGCUGAAUGCACGCGCAGCUCCUGCCGCGCAUGCGCAUUCAGUCGAAGAGGAGGAGAGGAGGAGGAGAGCUCCCCGCCCGGUGCUGGAGAAAAGUAAGAGUUUAACCCUUUCCUCUCCAUCCAGCCCGGCGGGAGGGGGACCCUGAGAGUGGAGGCACCCUCAGGGCACUAUAGUACUAGGAAAACGAGUGUGUUUUCCUGGCACUAUAGUGGUCCUUUAAGCAUGGAUUAACAAAUGUAUGUGAACUGGAAUGUAUGCUAAUCAUUGACAAAUUGAACGAACUAUACCAGGUACCUGAAACAGAUAAAAACUAUAAAUCACUUGAGAUAUCUCCUUUAGAGAGAGCUUUUUUUUUUUUUUUUUUUUUUUUAUACAGCCCCGCUAGUAAAGGUAUGAUAUCCUUAUGUUAUUAGUUUUAUAAUGCCAAGCCCUUAGUUAAAUUAAAACAUAUGUUGUCAUGGGAGACGGAGUUGGGUGCCCAGUACGAUUUAGAAGAAUGGAUCGUUUUGUUUUUUUUGGGGGUUUUUUUUUUUAAGUUUUAAAAGGUGUUUCGUAUUGCACCGACCAUUUUGAAAAUCAUUAUAAAAUUUUAUAUCACUGGUACCUGGCUCCGUCUAGAUUGCACAACAUGAACAAUAUGUAUUCUGACUGGUGUUGGAGAGACUGUGGGGGUGUGGGCAAUAUGGCCCAUAUCUGGUGGUUCUGCCCCAAAUUAACUAAUUAUUGGAAAAUGAUUCAUGAUCUAAUUAUUAAAGUGAACAGAAUCAUUAGCAUUUUAACGUCGGCACUAGCCUUAAUUAAAAAAACUCCCGGAGUCCGUUAAUAGAUCAGAUAAAAUAAUCAUAGGCCACAUUCUGAUCGCUGCUACAUUCUGUUUACUUAGACAUUGGAAGUCCCAAAAUGUGCCAUCUCUCAGUUUUUAAUUUGAUUCUAGAAACCAAGGCACACGAAUUAUCGCAUAGAGCUAAUAUGCAUGGUUUGCCAAUAUUAAAAUAUAAUUGGGAUAAAUGGGAAGAAAAAAUCAAAACCGUUUAUGGUCUUUGAUAUAUUUAUUGGUAAAGUGCAUUGAUGUACAAAAUUUUUGCCAUAUACAUUGUUAUGCCUAUUUCAAUGAUGGAUGGAUACCACUUCCCAUUUCCAAGUUCCCCUUCCUUUCCUACCCCUAAUACAAUGUUUGUAUUAUUAUUACUUGUUAUACAAAAUUUUAAAACUUUAAUAAAAAUUAUUUGAAAAGAAAUACAACCAUAGAUAAGGAAUCUUUCACACGCAAAAAGCUCAAGUCAUUUGCAUUCCAUCCUAAAUUAAGGGGUCUGAUGCUGAGAGAAUGGCAAUAUCUUUCUUUUAUCUCAAAGCACUUUAAAACUAUAUUUGCAAUCAAGAAGAGUCUGAAAGUAAAUCAAAAUGCAAUGGCUAAAAAUGUGGAUUCAUCUUUAUUCAAAUUGUGCUCUUCUAAUGCAGCACAAAGCAAAGCCCUUUUUUCAGGGACACUGGUAUCUAAGGCCCAACGGUUCUGGCUAGAUUUCCUUGAUAAACUUUACAUGGUAGAAUCCAAAGAAGACCCGGUACAAAAUUCUACAGAACAUUAGUGUCAGAUUGUCUUUCCAAUUCAACAUUGGAAGCUUUUAAACCAUCAGUCAAAGGUAUGGGCCAGAUGGGCAGUAUGGCUCAGAAACUGAUCAGCGGACUCCACUUCUAAGAAUCCCUUCUUGAUCUUCCAUUUCAACAAUGGAGACUCUUUUGGUGCUAGCUUGAUAAUCUAGGAAUAAAUGCCUCACCUGAAGAGUCUAAAAAGGAAAAGGAAAUCUCUUCCAAUAGAGAUUACUUUCGUAGGCUCACUUGAGCAUUUUUCACAAUCUACCUUCUCAGAAAUCUGGUUGCAGCCAUUGAAAGCUCCCUUUUUCUGCCCCGUCGAGGUAGUGUAAUCACUAUUCCUUCAACUUUGAACUUGUAAAAUAUGCUUCCAACGGUGUCUCUAGGAACAUUUAGUGCCUUUGCUAUCGAUAGCCAAAUCCUGUCGCUUCCAACUCAAGAACAUAGCGCGCAUCCGCCCAUAUCUAACGCCGGACGCGGCUAAGGUACUGGUUCAUGCUGUUGUUCUCUCUCGCCUUGACUAUUGCAAUCCCCUUCUCAACGGUCUUACAUGUUCCCAGCUUGCAACGCUGCAAUCUAUAAUGAAUACGGCUGCGAGGCUUAUUUUCCUGUCCGGUCGCACCUCCCACGCCUCCACGCUCUGUCAGUCCCUGCAUUGUCUUCCAGUUAGAUAUAGGGCCCAAUUAAAAAUUCUGGCGCUUGCUUACAAAUGCCUACAUAAUGCUGCUCCAACAUACCUAUCCUCCCUCAUACACAAGUAUGUCCCGACGAGACCCCUGCGCUCAGCCCAAGACCUACGCCUAUCCUCUGCCCGGAUCCCCACCUCUGAUGCUCGCCUUCAAGACUUCUCCAGGGCUGCACCUAUUUUGUGGAACUCCCUUCCCUCCUGAAUCAGACUUUCACCCAGCCUCCAUUCCUUCAAAAAAUCUUUGAAAACUCACUUCUUUAUCAAAGCGUAUCAAUUAAACUGUCAGCAGGUUUCUCAUCCCCCACCCCAUGACUCCGUUCCUUCACCUGUCAAAAAUGACCUACCAAGCACUCAAUAAACCCUUCUGUAACAAACUAUUUAAUUCCCCUACUUUAACCCUUUGUGUCACUAUACCCCACUCCCUCUAGCAUGUAAGCUCAUCGAGCAGGGUCCUCAACCCCCUCUGUUCCUGUACGUCAGUGGUCUGAUCUCAAUUAUGUGUCUGUUAGUCCACCCAUUGUACAGCGCUAUGGAAUUUGUUGGCGCUAUAUAAAUAAUAAAAUAAUAAUAAUAAUGGCCUCUUCUCUUCACUUUGUGGACCAUUCUUUUGAGUUGGUAAGUAUGGCUAACAUGCAGUGAAAUGUGACCCUCAACAAAUCUCUAGCCAGUUCAGGUAUUUCAAGUGUUCCACUUUGAUUAGAUGCAUCAGGUGUGCUUAAGACAACACCUGCUUUGCAUAUUUGUGCUAUUGUCAGGGAUUCUGUUCAGGGAGUUGACUAAUUUUGAGAUUGGAUAAGUCAUUAUAAGUUGCAUUUUCAGUUGAAUUUGGGGAAACCACUUGUAACAUUCACUGUAUUAAGCGAUUUCAAAUGCUUUUGUUUGAUUUGUUCAUUGCAAAGAGCUGAAAGUCUGUACAUUUUGACAAUAAACCUUAUUUUCAAUGAGGGUUUAAUACUUUUUUAUUGCAACUGUAUGCGCUUACUUAAAAAAAAUAAAAAUAAUAAUAAAUACCUGAUUUUUGGAUUGUUAUAUUCUUUUAAAGCCUUUGUCACUAGAAUUCAGUGUUUUGUUUUGUUUUCUUUACAUUUAUUGUAAAAAAAUAAAUAAAAAAAAAUUAACUUUUUCAGGGAUAUGUAAUUAAAUAAAAUGUACCUUUUAACAGACUACUUUGAUCACCUGCUUUUACUACACAAGUGGCAGGCUUUUAUAUUUUUAGCAGCACUGGGAUGGAAAACAACAACUUAUAGUUAAGAAUAAUUAUUACAUGAGUCCUUCCUUUUUUUAUGAGCAUGAACUGAUGCUGACAUUGGCAUACUUAUAUAUUUUUAUUUACCUCUUGAAAGGGUUACUUAAAAUGGAGAAACAAGAAGCAAGUCUUGAAGAUGUCUUGGCUUACUUGGAUCAUACAUACUGUGGCCAAGUGUCUAUUGAAACAAGUCAGUUGCAGAAUUUAGAAGAGUAUAACUGGUUUUCUAGAAGAUUUGAGGAACUCAAACAAGAGACCUUUUCCAUAGAAGAGAAGAAACUGUUGGCCAAGAUAAUGUUAGAAUGCCAGGUAAAGUGUUUUCACAAAAUAGUGGAUGAAAAAUUAUUGGUAUGCAUGAGUUUACGAAACAAAAGAUGAAUAAAAAAUAUAUAUUUCUGAUCACACCAAUACAAGUCAGUUAUUGGAAUGUUUUUACCCACUCUCCUAAGCCACUUUCUCCAACAACCUUUCAAUUUUCUGUCUUCUUUGGACUUUCUCCCACCAGUGUUUCUAUUCUUUGGAACCCUUACACAUGUAUCUAUCUUUGUUUACUACCAAUUGUGUUUGGGUAUGACUCCUCAUAAUUGACCUUUAUACCUGUCCCUGAAAUUUAAUCAAGAAAAAAAUCUUGACCUGAAAGAAGGAAAAAGAGGGAGGGAUUGGUGUUAAUUUGCAGGCUUCAGUUUUGAUGGAUACAGGGACCAUUUAAAAUACAGUUUUGGGACUUUACAUUUUCAUGUAUCCUUAUGCAUGCUUACUAGAAUUUGAUACAUUGUUUUGCAUUUUGCUUUACAUUACCUGUGCAUGGACUUGGCUAUAACAAUGUAACCUGAGAGCACAACUUCUAUAUUAUAAUUAAUCUUUAUUAUUAAUACACAUAUAAAAGUAUUCAAAGUAAGACAUUUUGUAACAAAUAUUUGGCUAAUACAAGUCUUAAAUUUCAGAAAAUCUAUAUUAUUAUUAUUAUUAUUAUUAUUAUUAUUAUUAUUAUUAUUAGCAUUUAUAAAAUGCCAACAGAUUCCGUAGCACUUUACAAUAUAAAAAUAAAUAAAAAAAUAAACACUUACAGGAACAGUAAGUUGAAGAGGACCCAGCUCAAACAAGCUUACAGUUAGAGGUGUGUGUGUGUGUGUGUGUGUGUGUGUGUGUGUGUAUGUAUGUAUGUAUGUAUGUGUGUGUGUGUGUAUAUGUAUAUGUAUAUGUGUAUAUAUAUAUAUAUAUAUAUAUAAUGUGUGUGUGUGUGUGUGUGUGUGUGUGUGUGUGUGUGUGCGCGUGUAUCUAUCUAUAUCUCUAUCCAGACAAAUACAAAAAGGCCAAUGAAAUAAUCAGUUCUUAAAAACAUGUUGAAUGACACAACAUUAUCAAAAGAUGGGCAAAUAAAUGGCAACAAUCCAAUGCUUUGUCUUCCAUCCUGAUUAAUUUGAUUAAUAGAAUGGUUAUACUUUAAUUUUAUUUAUUGUUAAACUUUUACUUUGUUUUUGUUACUCAGCAAUUUUAUUAGACUUCCAGACACCCACCAUCUUAAUUUCUUAAAAAAAUAAAAUAUAUACUCUCUCAAAAAGGUUAUGGUGGGGAAGAAAAUCUGCACACUAGUCAAGCCAUAAGACUUGCUUUUCCCACAGAAAUCACAAAUCUGCAGUGAUGUUACUACCGCAAAGGAUUAUGGGUGGGCAUAUGCAAAUUGGUUUUACAAAGAAUCACAUUUUUUGCCUCAUUCCAUUUUAAACAUGGAUUCCUUUGAGUCUGUGUUUGCUGUAUACAACAGCUUUGAAACACAACUUAGGAAAAAGAUACAAAGCCGGUGAACCACUCGUGGACAGCUGUUUCAUUGUUAAUGCAAAUCGUCAGCAUGAGGUUGGUUACUGGUUUGCUUAUUGAGGCUUGGUAGUGCUUGGGAAGCAAAAACCAAAAAUAUAAAUAAAUAUAUAUAUUUUGUCCUAUGUAAAAGCCAUUUACUGUAAUGUAUGUUUCAUAUGUCCUGAUGAAAGCUCAGUUUAGGGGCUGAAAUGUCGACCUUACUUGGAUCUACUUGAAGAAACACUUACAAACCCCUAGAGUGCUGGUAUUUAUUUGUGAAUUUUUUUUUUUUUAAUAUUUGUGACCUGAGCACUAGGUACCAAAUUUUAAAUUUGGAGUGCAAGUGCUUUGGACUAAUAUAUAUGUAUGAAGGAGGAGCCUGAAGUUGUGGGAGGAGUUACCCAGCUAUUUAAACUCAGGCCCCCUACACCACAGGGCUGAUGCCGCCGGGUUCAUUGAGAACCAUUCUACUUCCGGUUCCCGUCAGGUCAACUGACUACUGCAGCUUACCACAACUACACCAGGGCCCCUCCUGCAACCAGCAUCCACAUCGGAAGUCGGUAACCCACUCCAGCCCGGGCAUCAUCUCACUGUUACUGCUCAGCCAGCUCUACUGCUCCCACAGGUUGCUCCGCCAACCUACUACAUAACUUUCACUUCCAAGUCACUUCCCCUCCUCUUGUGUCCAGAUCCACGAACAGGGAGUCUGCCCAAAUGGGCAAUACACACUAUUAGCCUGACACCAUUCGAAUGGUACUGUUACACGAACAGUUGAUUCGCAUGCUAUCUCCCCAGAUAAAACCCCAGUCAGUAGGUUCACUUGUUCGGCGACCGACUGUUUACUCAAACACACAGGUCGAAUCACUGACACACACUGCCCUCUAGCAACAAAAAAAGUAUACUACACCGUUCGGUCAAUUGCACAAUGUAUAAGAUAAUUCGGUCCAUGUCUCCUGUUAAGUCUACUACUCCCAUCUCACUCAGGGUAUCUCUGGUUAUGUUAUAUAUGUAUAAAUGUAUAAGUAAUUAUGUCAUGCAGCUUAGUUGUGUUGCCCUUAUCACUGCGCCACCAUAAUGUUGUCACUAUCUGCCAUACGCACAUGCUAAGUACUUAUUUCCCCCAUAAUUAGGUAGUCCAUUCUGUCUGUGCUGAUUUCAUCAGCCAAGCACGAUCACUAUAUUCUGUCAGACAACUGAAUAUCUUUCCCUCAGAACCAGGAAGCGUAAGUCUGCAAUUUUCCUUCACAUAAUAUGUCAAUCAUUAUGCUUCAAGUCGGGAAUUUGUUUGUCGCUACUCAUGUCUGUUGUAAAUUAUGUCCAUCAAUUCUAAGUAACCUACCACAUCUAUAUGUGCUUUGUACACUCAUGCUUCCUGAGCCAUCAAAUGACAAUAAUAUCUGUAUUACUGCAAACUAUUCUCCUAUCCUCGCUGCCACAGGAUCCACCCGCUACCACUAUUCAGGUAUAUAACUACAAUACAUUACAUGGGCCAGAUGUCGCAGAGGCAUACUAAUCCUCUUCUCAGAGUCCGCCCGUCCUUAGUAACACUCUUACCUUACCAGUCAUUUACAGUUUACUAUAUAUAUGACCUGGUCCGUCUAAUUUAUUUUUUUUAUCCCGUGUUCUCUUUAGGUACUCCCAAAGAAAUUCAGUCAACCCUUUCUCCACAUCCAGUAGUAAUACGCAAACUAGGUACUGUAUAUACUCGAGUAAAAGCUGACUUUUUCAGCACUUUUUAUUUAUUUAUUUUUGCGUGACACGAACAGUGACAUAGCAAUUACAUUUUAGCUGUCGCAGAAGCUCCCAUACAAUGCCGUAAGCUAAGCACUUUUCACCCCAUGGUAGGACCCAGAGGUGGGGUAGCUUCAAGGCUAAGUGUCACUGACCGCCACGGUUUUACCAUAUAUAUGCCUAGUUUUAUAGCCGCUGUAAUGUGUGCCCUCUCCUUUAUCCCAUGCACCGCCAGUGAAUGUACCCACCCUCAAGUGCAAGACUAUCAGGCUGCUGUUGCCUGUCUACCCUCCCGACUACUAGGUUCAGCCCCCUCCCGCUGCACUCCCCCGUCUUGCCUCCAUCUGGUGCAUGUUGAAUAUGCUGCUGGCACUCUCUACUAGGCCAAAUCCCCCAAGAGGGGAUCAAAGAAACAAGGAGAACAAGAAAAAAGGAUAGAAAAGAGAGAGGAGUCCUUAGGCGGCCCCGGGCAUCAGCCCGGCAGGCCGAGGGGCGGGGGAGGAGAGGCCGGGGAGCAAGGGCCCAGUUACACUAGAAAAACGCCCCUCCAUCCCCCUCGGGACCUACUCCACCUUCUCCCUACACCCCCCCAACCUCACACCCACCUCGGUCUAUUUCCUAGGUCGCGUCCCUUCCUCCCCUGUCUCCCCACCGGGACCCGUCCCACGGCUCCCACACCCGUUGAAAAGUCCUAGAGGUGCCCCUAGCCCUAGCCGUAAGAUCAUCCAUCACCCGCAUGUCUUUAAUCCUCUCUAUCACACUUAGUCUGCGGUAACUCCUGUUGCAGCCACCUAAGGGCCACCGCCUGUCUCGCUGCUAACGUGAUCUUAUGGAGUAACCGUUGCUCCCUUCGCGUCCACCCCUCAACUGAUCUGCUUAGGAGGUAUACCCAUGGAUCUAACGUGGGUGACCUGGAUAUCGCUGCUUCCUUUAUGUGUGGUUGGGCUGCAAAGUCUCUGAUCUGUACAUAGCGGAAAAAAUCUGUCGGUGUCAGAUGCCUGCCCUGUCGGAGUUCAUCGAAUGAAACCAUUUCGACGCCCCGAUAUAAGUGGUGAAGCCUUUGUAGGCCCGCUCUUUCGAAAUUCUGAAAAUUUCGCGCCUCUACGCCUGGAUAAAAAGCUUUGACGUAAGAUGGGCGCCAGGGGAGACGGGGAGGACGCCAAUCCAUAUUUCGUCCCAUAAUUGUCCCACAACCUGAGGGAAUUCUCCACCGCAGGGCAUGCUGCCCUGGUCAGGAGUCUUUUCUCCCUUGGAGUCCACAGGACAAACUGGGGUAGGUCUAUCCCCGACAUGAGCGUCUCGAUUUCCACCCAUUUCCGCUCGUCUAGUGGUGAAUGCCAGAGCGCCACCUGAGACAUUUGGGCCGCCGUACAGGACAUAUCUCGAAACCCGUGGUCUUUUAUUUUGCCCAAUAAAGCGACCAAUAGCUUGUUGGAUUGGUGCUAAUUGGGCCUUCGACAAGUGUAUGGGUAUUGCCUGGAACAUAAACAGUAUCCUAGGGAGGACAUUCAUUUUUAUGGCGUGGAUUCGGCCUAUCCACGAUAUGGGCUUAUCUAGCCAUGUUUCUAAAUCUUCGAGUAUGGUUCUCCACAAAGGCACAAAAUUGCGGGCGUACAGGGCACCCGGGUCCGCAGUAAGGCUUAUCCCCAGAUAUUUAAGGGCCUCUCGCUCCAUCUGUAUGUUGUAUGUAAGGUGUAUGUUUUCAAUGUCGGAUUGGGUCAUAAUAAUCGGGAGGGCUGGAUUUGGCCAUAUUGGCCCGAUAGCCCGAGAUUUCCCCAUACUCCCGCAACCUCUCCCCCAAGGCUGCCAUGGACCCCUCCGGGUCCGUCAACGUCAAGAGGACAUCGUCCGCAUAUGCCGCUGUCACAAACUCUCUCCCCGUCACACUCUAAACCCCCUGUAUGUUGGGGUCCUGCCGAAUUGCCUGCAUCAGCGGCUCCAAAGCCAUGACAAACAAUAAUGGGGACAUGGGACAUCCCUGUCUAGUGCCGUUGUGCAGGCAAAAGGGUACAGGGGGCGCACCCGAGAUCUGAACCUGUGCUCUCACGUUGCUGUACAUAGCCUUCACAACUCUAAUGUACGGGUCGGGGAAUCCUAAGUGAGAAAGCAGAUAGAACAGAUAGGGCCAUUUCACUCGAUCGAAAGCCUUUUCGGCAUCGAUAGAUACAAUCAUUGUCGGAGUCUUAGUGGUGACCUGCUUCCAAAUGAGGCUAAUAUUUUGGGGUGUGUUCUUGAAUAGUUGUCUACCCGCCAUAAACCCUACCUGAGCAGCACAUUUUUUUUUAUGCUGAAAAAGCCCCCCUUGGCUUAUACUUGAGUGAGGGUGAGCUGCAAGGAAGAAAUUGACGCAUCUGCUGAUUGGUCAAUGUUGAGGAGGGGGGCGGGGUUUGAUGCAGCUCCGCGGUUCUCCACUCUGUAUGGCUAUGGUUAAACGCCGCAGGAUUGUUGUGCUCGAAGCCCUGUGAAAAGGGUAGUUUCAUAUUUAGCAUCUGCCAGAGGAGAUUGAGUCAAUGGGAAGAGAAAUGGCAGGAAGGGAAGAGAAAUGGCAGGAAAGGAAGAGUGAAUAAAAGCCUAAAUGGCAGUGAGAGAAAAGUGAAUGAAAAGGGAGAUGGCCGGGAGAAAUUGUGACUGAAAGGAAAUGGUAGAAAGAAGGAUAGUAUAUAUUGGAGGAGACAAAAGGCAAAGAGAAUGAAAGUAAAACAGAUGGCAGGAGAGGGAGAGAAAACAGUCAUGUCAUGUCAUGUCAUGUCAGAGGGAGUGAAAAUCAGAAGAAUGAAUGAAAUAGUAGAGUAGACAGAUUGAAUAAAAAGCUGGGUGUAAAGGAUGGAAGAUGUUUAAGGACCACUAUAGUGCCAGGAAAACAUACUCUGGGGAGAGUAAGGGGUUAAAAUCUUACCUUUCUCCAGCGCCAGGAGCUCUCCUCCUCCAUAGCGACAUCAUCGGCUGAAUGCGCAUGCGCGGCAGGAGCUGCGCGCGCGUUCAGCCAGUUCAUAGGAAAGCAUUUACAAUGCUUUCCUAUGGACGCUGGCGUCUUCUCACUGUGAUUUUCUCACAGUGAGACAGCCACUAAAGGCUGGAUUAACCCUAUUAUAAACAUAUCAGUUUCUCUGAAACUGCUAUGUUUAUAAAAAAAAAAAAGGGGUUAAUCCUAGCUGGUCCUGGCACCCAGACCACUUCAUUAAGUUGAAGUGGUCUGGGUGCCUAUAGUGGUCCUUGAAACACGAGAUUAUGUAUUUAUUUUUUUAUUAAAAAAUCCAACAAAUGUUACAGAUACAGCAAUUUACACAUAAAGAAAAUAUCUGCACUAUUACAAAAAUGUCAAAAUAUUUUCAAAUAGAUUUUAAAAAGAAAUUGGCACCUUUUAUUAACUCCUUAAGGAUACAGCUUCAGAAGCUCGACAUACACUUAAGGACACAGGCAACUUUUGCGGUUUGUGUUCAACUGCAAAUUUUGAAAAUUUACCAGUAGCUGCUGCCUUUCCCACCCUAGGCUUAUACUCGAGUCAAUAAGUUUUUUCCCCAGUUUUUUUUUGUGGUAAAAUGAGGUGCCUCGGCUUAAAUUCAGGUCGGCAUAUACUCGAGUAUAUACGAUAAGUCUCCUUCGAAUCCAGGGCAGUUGAAGCCAGCACCCCAACCCUACCCCCACUCCUUCUAUUGCUGGUAGGGCUAACCCAACUGGCUACGUCGUUAGGAUUCUAUGGCCAUAAUUAGUCAUAACUUAAACUAAUCCAGUGAGGCAUGCACCCAUCCUUAAUCACCCCUCAGCCCAGUACGUAGAUAACCCCUCACAUCAACCUCUGCAGGGUGUAGUUAGGGCUUCACCAGGCGUGCCCCCUCUCAUAGUCUCUUUUAAAGCCACAGAGAGACCACCGCUCCCCACCACGUCUACCAGCGGUCCCCGACCAACUCAUAGGUAAAGCCUCUCAAAGCCACUUGGCAUAGUAGGGCCUCAUAGACCAGGUAAUUUCUUCACUCUAUACGUUAGCUAGAAGCCAGUUGGUAUAGGUCAAGACUCUCCAUAACAUCCAUGUAUUGUAGAAUGUCACAAGUACCGGAACAAGACGAAGAACUCUCAUUACCUGGCACCCAAGCCAGUCCCCCCUCACCCUGCCCGGACCCAGUACUCCUACAUAGCAUCCAGAAUCGACAAGCCCUGGCUCCCUCCGUUCAUGGACUAUCCCAAAAAUUGCCAGCGAGCUGAAACGUUUAGGCAUUCCCUUCCCAACCACUGCCUGUGAAGCCGAACUGUACCGCCUCCUAACCACUGGUUCCUGCACACCUUGGCCACAUACCCCAGUGCCACUAUCCAACGCAAACAAUUUCACCAGAGUUAAGAACAUGAUGAUGGCUCUGCACACUUCCAUUAAUACAGUUAGCAUCAGACUGGAGAAUCCACACACACCGAUCCCCACGGUAAUGCCAUAAUUUUUUACCCCACUCCCAGCACAUCCACUCAUAUAAUCACUCCUGCGCACCUAGUAGGGAUCGACCGAUAUUGAUUUUUUAGAGCCGAUACCGAUAUUCUGUGAACUUUCAGGCCGAUAGCCGAUAUAAUUUGCCGAUAUUCUGUACAUUUACCAUUUUGGAAAAUAAAAACUUUCUAAAGGUAAAUGCACAAAAUAUACAUGCCACGUGUAGUGGAUGCAGUGUGUUUAGACAGGGAAGCUGUAUGUAUUUGUGUAGUGGAUGCAGUGUGUGUUUGUGUAGUGGAUGCAGUGUGUGUUUGUGUAGUGUGUGCAGUGUGUAUUUGUCUAGUGUGUAGUGGAUGCAGUGUGUAUUUGUCUAGUGUGUAGUGGAUGCAGUGUGUAUUAGUGUUGUGUGUGUAUAUAAUGAAAGCAGAGUGUUUGUGUAGUGUGUGGGUAGUGUGCGUAAAGUGAAUGUAGUAUAUACUAAAUGCAAAGUGUGUGUUUGUGUAGUGUAUAUAAUGAAUGCAGUGUGUUUAUAUAAUACAGAGUGUGUGUGUUUGUAUAGUGUUUAUAUAAUGCAGUGUGUUUGUGAAGUGUGCAUUAUAUAAACACACUAUGCAAACACACACUGCAUUAAUUAUAUACACACACUGCAUUAUAUACGCACACUACACACAUUGCAUUAUAUACGCAUACUGCAUUAUAUGCGCACACUGCACACACACACUGCAUUAUAUACACACACUACACAAACACUGCAUUGUAUACACACUACACACACACUGCAUUAUAUACACAGUGUGUUUGUGUAGUGUGUGUGUAUAUAAUGCAGUGUGUGUGUAUAUAUAAUGCAGUGUGUUUGUAUAGUGUGUAUAUAUAAACACACUACACAAACACUGCCUUAUAUACACACACUAUACAAACACACAUUGCAUUAUAUACACAGGGUGUAUGUGUAUAUAAUGGAGUGUGUGUGUGUGUGUGUGUGUGUGUGUGUGAGAGGGGGGGGCAUUUUUUAUUACCUUUUUUUUAAUAUAUAUUUAAUUAUUUAUUGUUGUUGUCCCUCCUCCCUGUUUCAUACCUGGCCAGGGAUGGGGGAUAUAGCAGUCCCUGGUGGUCCAGUGGUAUUGUCUGAGCUCUGGGGGGGCGGGCAGCAAGCGCUUACUCACCUCCCAGCAGCUCCUCCAGCUCCCCAGUGUAACUCUCACGGCCAGCGUGCCGCGCGGAGCGUUGCCAUGGUGAUCCAUGGCAACGCUCGGACGGCCGCGGGUCUCGCGAGAGUUACACUGGGGAGCUGGAGGAGCUGCUGGGAGGUGAGUAAGCGCUUGCUCUCUGCCCCCCCAGGACCGCUGGGCUUGUAAUGAGCCUGGCGGUCCUAGGAGGUAUUAUCGGCAAUAUCGGUAUCUGAAUUGGCCGAUACCGAUAUUGCCGAAAAUACCGAAUAUCGGCCGAUUAUAUCGGUAAAACCGAUAAUCGGUCGAUCCCUAGCACCUAGUACCCCCGACUGUUCGCAAGGACAUUCUGGAGGGUAAGGAUGUAAAUUUGAUUUCCUUGCCAUUUGCCUCCCAGGAUGUCAUGGAGAACAAAUUAUUAUUAUUACUACGGGGAUCUGUUGGUUGUACUAAAAGCCAGAGACCCCAGACUUAAUUGCAAAGUCACUAUCCCUGAAUUCGAUCUGGCCUUCGGACUGUACCGUGAUGUAAUUUGCUCCACUUCACCUCACCAUAGGGAAGAAUUGGACCUUUACCUACACAAGUUGGUGGAUCUGGGACACAAGUACGGCGGUUUUGCGUUUUAGGACUACAACAAAUCUUUUCCGGCCAAAGCAGUAGCAGCGUCCCUGGCACAAUUUAACGUUCACAUGAACUGGAGUAGGCUGAACUAUUCUGUUGCCACUUCGCUGGACUAAAACCCCCCCCUCUUACCGCCUCUGUGUCUCACUCCACCAACUUGUGUCCAGUGGGUCCGAGUCUCCCCACCACCAGUCGUGCACCCUUCGACUCACCACUAUCUAGGGAAGGCAAAGAUCUGCAACAAUUUCAAUUCUGGCAGUUGCGGAUUUAGCUUGUGCAGACUGCUGCACGUCUGCUCAAUUUGUUAUAGGGCACACACCAAAACCAUGUGCCCUAACCAUCUGUAUCCUAAGCAAUGACUCGCCGAAGUAAAAAUAGACAACCUGGCAUCCUAUCUCCAGGCACACCCUUCUCAUCACUUAGUAGACUUCUUGGUACAAGGUUUCACUGAAGGAUUUCACACAGGCAUUAUCGCACUCCAUACUGGCACUCACGAAUGCCCUAACCUACAGUCAGCAAUACUUGACCCCCUAAACACUGACGCUUUGAUCAAGUAGGAGCUAGACAAUGGCUUUAUACUGGUACCAUUUUCUCACCCACCUUUUUCUUGCUGGCGCACCAACCCUAUAGCCAUCGCCAAGGGGAAAUUCUCCAAUAAAAUAUGGCUCAUUAUCGAUUUAUCUGCUCCACAUUCCUGGUCUACUCCGAGUAUUAACUCAUUGAUCCCCUCUCAGGAGUUUUUGUUGCACUAUGCCACAGUGGACAACGCCAUACAUGCCAUAUUAAGAGCUGGUGUAGGUGCUGAGCUGGGCAAGACAGACAUCUCCAACGCUUUCAAGCUUUUACCAAUACACCCAUCCCUGUGGCAUGUGCAUAGCUUAAAGUGGGGGUGGAAAUACUACUUCACCACACGUCUGACAUUUGGAGCAAAAAGCAGUCCCAAACUUUUUGACAUGUUCGCAAACACACUAGGUUGGCUCCUACUUAAUAUAUGUGGAUCAGUGAUCCAUUACCUAGAUGACUUUCUCACAAUAGAAGCCCCACACACAACACCCACUAGUAUCAGCAAAACCAUGGCACUUUUCUCUUUGUUAGGGGUUCCUCUCUCACAAGAGAAAACAGUAGGGCCUUCCACCAAUUUGGUUUUUCUGGGAAUUCAACUGGAUACGGUUACUGUACAAGCUAGCCUGCCUCGAAAGAAAGUCGUUAGGAUUAGACAAUCAGGGGAGUCUUUUCUGGGGAGAAACAAGUGUACUAGGCCUGAGCUCCAGUCCCUACUAGGUACAUUAAACUUUGCGAUGAGGAUCAUACCACAAGGCAGUGCUUUUAUCUCCAGACUCCUAUGCCUUCUUCCCCGAUUGACCAAUGACAACAUCACCAUGUAGAGGGACCUGGGUAACCCGGCUGGUUACUCCCUUUCAGUAAUAAUAGAUCAGACCCAUUUCCCCCAGUAACUGGACGGCACACAGUUCCAGCGUACAAUCUUUGACAAUCCUUAUUUGAGCACACCGCUUUUUAUGCACAGACCCCCGCAAGGGGUCUCCAUCCAACGCAACACACUCUCAUGCGGGAGGGGGCUGGGUGACAGAUAACCAUCUCCCGCUCUGGGAGAUACUAACAGGACACAGGGAUACACAUGAGACAUAUUACAUACAGAGUGGUGAACUUUGGAGCUCAGCGUCCUGGGAUAGGAAGGGGGUACAGGGUUAAAACGUAUACGGAUGAAUAGCCCGGGUCCCCACUAGGAUCCCUGCAAAAAGGGCGAUCGGAUGUACAGAGCCCGAGAUAUCCGGGUCGAAAGUCUGGGGCUCGAGGCUCUGUACUUCCCCGAAAUUAGUUCCAUGGCGUUGCUUGGUUUAGUCCGGCGAAUUCAAACUUCACGCCUAAACCAAGCAACAACCAAUAAGCUGAAAGGGCGCAAACCAAAUUGCACCAAUCAGCAUUCGGGGGACGCAGGAGUUUCGCCGCCCAAUCCGAAGAAAGGUCGCGAAACUUGGCUGCACCAAUCGGUGCUUGGGGAGGAGAUGGGUUUCGCAGCCCAAUCAGAAGAUAGCAUGUGAAACACGAUGGCACCAAUCCGACGAAAGGCGCAAAACCUAUUUGCGCCAGUCAGUGCCCAGCGACGAGAGGUGUUUCGCCACCCAUUUAGAAGAAAGGGCGUGAAACCCCAUUUGAACAAGCACUCCUUCUCUGGUCGCCCGCUCCCUGCGUCGACCAAUCAGCACUUUACUCGCGCCCACCAACCAGGAGAAUGGCGCAAACCCAGUUUGAAUGGGCACUCCUUCUCCCAUUGGUCGUACUUCCAUGCGGCCAGCGGGAACCCUGUGGCAGUGAGAUCGACGCACAGCCCCAGGGAUUCCCUGCUGGUGUGCGUCCCUCUCUCCGGUGGAUACCCACACUUGGGUAUGCGCCGGAGAGGACGUUCGUCUGGGCAGCCACGAGCCUAACCUCUUAGCUCCCAGGUUUGAGGGUGACGAGUGAUUAUAGCUCUGUUAGGAGCAGGUAGGAUGAUCCCUGACACAAGGAUCAAUGACUGUGUAAUGAAAAAUGUACAGAUGAUGAAAGGUGAAAUAAAGCUAAGUGGUGAAAGAAAAAUUGUCUAAGUGAUAGGAAUAUGUGGAAGAUGAGUAGUGAAAAAGGUUGGCAAGCAAAGAUAGAAAACAGAAAGUGAUUGACUGUGUGAAGGGAACGUGCUGAAAAACCCCAAAAUAAAGUGAGAAGUGACCAAAACUGGCAACAACUGAUGGACAAUAAGUGACAAAUAAAGUAAAAGAAUAAAAGAGAAAUGUGCAGAAAUGAAUUAUGCUGAGUGCGAUGAAAGAGUAAUUGAGAACAGUCCCACAAUAAUAUGUGAAAUAUGAAUGACCUAAAUUUAGAAAAAAUACUAAGAUAAUAAAAAGCAUAAAGAAUAUACAAAAAGAACAAACAUAUGAAAAAAUACUGAUAAAGAGAGACCAGGCAAAUCUGCAAACUUAACCAGCUACGAUAAAUGUCACAUUAUGUAAUACACUUUAUAAGAAAUAAAUAAGAACCAUUCUACGAUAAAUAUGUAGCCAACCGGGGCCUAAAGGGUUAUUCCUGACAAUGCUUAUUCCUCCAUAUUCCGGGGUUAAAUCGUAUUAGCAAAGCUAACAUUACUGUAAAUAUUAUGUAAACUCCAAAUGUAAUAUGUCAUAAAUCCUGACUAAGAUAUAUUAUAUAAUAAACAAUAAACUUCCAAGCUUUAUGGAGUGUUAUAUAAAAUAAAUGGAAGAAAUCGGAGAACUGAUAUGUAUUUAUAUCCAUUGUCUGAACAGCUUCAAAUUCAGAUUUGCCUCGUCUCUCUUUAUGUGUAUUUUUUCAUGUUUGUUCUUUUUGUACAUUUUUUUUAAUGCUUUUUAUGAUCUUAUUUUUUUCUAAAUUUGUCAUUCAUAUUUCACAUAUUAUUGUGGGACUGUUCUCAAUUACACUUUCAUCGCACUCACUCUUUAUCAUUCAUUUCUGCACAUUUUCUUUUUAUUUAUUUCUUUUUAUUUUUUUUACUUUGUCACUUAUUGUCCAUCACUUGUUCCCAGUUUUGGUCACCUCUCACUUUGUUUUUUUUCAGCACGUUCCCUUCACACAGUCAGUCAAUCACUUUCUGCUCUCUAUCUUUGCUUUCCAACCUUUUUCACUACUCAUCUUCCACAUACUCCUAUCACUUAGACUAUUUUUCUUUCACCACUUAGCUUUAUUUCACCUUUCAUCAUCUGCACAUUUUUCAUUACAGUUCCGUUUUACACCAUUACUCCUCCUCCAUGUUUUAUUUUAUUUUAUUUUUUCUCGUAUAUUUCACUUUUUUGUACAGGUAUAUUAGUUAACCACACACUCCGUUCCAUCAGUUCCCUUACGUGCACAACACAGGUCACUGUCUAUUUCUUGACGAUGUUAUGAUUAUGGAACACAACAUUGUUUCUUCUGUCUCUGCAUGUCAUGUUUAUUUGUGUGUGUGUGUAUGUAUAUAUAUGUAUGUGUGUGUAUAUAUGUGUAUGUGUGUAUGUGUGUGUAUAUAUAUAUAUAUAUAUAUAUACACACACACACACACACACACACACACCAAUUAGUUAUGGAUCCAGCUAAAAAUUAACCACUGGGUUGUUUGAUGUCAUUUGAACUCCAGUUUAUCUGUAACAUUUUCUAGUUUACAAUGGUAGAUAAUUGACAUGGUAUUGUUGACACAGAGCUGAAGGUUGUAUGAAUCAGUUCUAAAUGUAUUUGGAUGAUAAAGUGAAAUCCACGUUACUAAUAUUCUGCAGGUCAGGUCUGUCAUAAAGUAUCACAAAUAUGCAUAAAGGAAAGAGGAGCUAGUAUAUGAAAUAAAUUUAAGAAUUGAGGGUAACCGAAAAGACAAUAACUUCUAAACAACGCAACCCGUGAAAUUAAAACAUAACCUUUAAUUAAAUACCAAUAAAAAUAUCAUUGCUGAACAGUGGUUAUAGUGGUUUUAAGUAACUGUCUGGUGAAUUGCACUGAGAGGGAUGCUAAUAGAGUGAAUAAUAUAUAAAGAUAAGAAAGAAACAGUGUGUCUAUUUAACUGGCGUUACACUGUAUGCCUAUACAGUGUGUCACGUUGUGUGAGAUUCAAUAUAGAUAAAAUAGCUAGCACAAUAAUCAAUGUAAGAAAAGAAAGAAAGGGUGGUAGAAAAUAUGCAUUUAUUCACUAUUAAAUUUCUCCAAAUAAAUUAUCUCCUUCUCUGGUGGUCUAGUGGUAUAUGUGACGCUCUGAAUCUCCUGCUGAAACCCUCUGAUAUCCUCUAGCUCACAGUUCCAGUGCUCCGUUACUGAGCGGCACAGCCAAGGAGAUUCCCUCUGACUCCAUGCUGAGCACUGGAAAUGCAUUGGGGAGGAUAUCAGAGUGUAGCUGCAGGGGUGCAGACAUCACAUACACCUUCGGGUUACCAGAGAACACAUUACAGCAGCUGCAGCACUGGACCAACAGGGCAGGUAGUUCACCGCACAAGGGAUGGAGGCAGGGCUGCAGUUAGACAAUCUAAUUUGGACAAAUAGAGAGGGUGUUUCUGUGUCAGUGGUUGUGUUUGUGUGUGUAUGUCAGUGUAGGGCAUCUGUGCUUGUGUGUCUGUCCGUGUAGGGCAUCUGUGCUUGUGUGUCUGUCAGUGUAUACACUAUGUGUGAAUCUGUACAUGUAUGUCACUGUGUGUCAAUCUGGGUGUGGAUCACUAGUAUUGUAUCUGUCAUAUUGUAUGUGUUUGUGGGGCUCUGUGUGGCAGUGUAAGUUUCUGUGUAUGACACUGUGCCCCUGUUUGUGUCAGUGCAUAUGUAUGUGUGAAUCCACAUAUGCAUGCAAUCACCAAUAUUAAAAACACCCUAGCACCAAUAUCUGCAUUCAAACACCAAUGCACCCCUAUAUUCACAUGCAUUUUGCAUUUUGUAUAAUCUGUGAUGAUACGCCCCCCCCCACCCUAUAUAUUCAGUAAUACAUUUAUCCUAUAUAUAGCUCAGUACUAUUACAAACAUAAAUGGUUACUUAUACUAAAAAAGCAUUUGAUUUUUUUUUUUUGCCAAAGACGUGUAAAAAGUAAAUCAAUGAUAAAGAAAAUAUCUAAAACCACUUCAUUAAGCUAAGGUUUUUUUUUUUUUUGUGCCUAGUGUCCCUUGGGCAGGUACUAUUUGAAUGCUGACUCCCAAACAGCGAUUGAGCGUAUUAUGCUUGUGGCAUAAAACAAAUGUUCUGUGCAAAUAUUUUAUGUUUUUAGAAUUGCUAAAAAUAUGCAUACUAUUAAAACUGUAUGUGUAAAUGUGCAUGUUACUGUUGCAGUGUAAGCAUGCAGAAGCCAAACACAGAAAUAUUGGACACAGGUCUUCAGGAAGUAACAGGCCUUUAUUCACAUUACCGAUCGGGUCUCAGAUGAACUCCUGUUCCAACAUUCUGAGAGACCAACACAUAGUGUACAUUCCUUAUAUAGCACUAUAACUCCUCCCAUUAAUAGCUACACCCACAUAUACCUUUAACCAAUCAAUGAGCAGAAUAUAGACUUGUACAUCUAGUCAAACCACAUGGCUCAUCCAAGACAAAGGAAAUAAGUGCAAUUUCAGUUCCUGCAUUCCUGCACAUGCUCAGUACACUGAUGACAGUAUCCUAGCUACAUGUAGCUAACCAACUGACACAACAUACACAUAUGCCACAUGGAGAUUUUGGCCUACUAAAUUUUGACCAUGCUGGAAUCCCAUCACAUUCCCCCCUUUUGAUGCCUCUGAUAUAACAUUAUUCCAGAUGCAUCACCAAUCACAGUUUUACCUACAUCUCUCAAGUAGCCAUUGAACCAGAGUAGACCUUGUAAGCAUCUUAAAAACUCCUUCAACAUUCUUCAUCCUAAAUAUAUUCUCUUCGGGCUAGGGGAUCAUAUCUUCCAGACAGCCAUUACAUGGGCAGCUGUCUUUCUCUCUAUAGUACUCUCUAUAAUACUACGUAGGGACCUUACCACUAGUGGAAUUAGACAGGGCAGGAGGAGGCACAAAAAAAAAUAUAAUAAAUUCUACUCCUCCUACUAAUGUCUUAAUUCCUCCAAGCUGCUCAUACCAACUUCCAAACCAACUACUUAGGUUAUACCCAUUCCAGACCUGAGUAGGUACAUGCUCAAAUUUAACCAUGUGGCUUGUAAGUUCAGCCACUGCCUGCCCUUCAUCAUCUAUGUGCAGACAACAGUUACUUAGAUUAAACUUUCCGCAUACACCUCCUUCUACUGCUAGUAAGUAAUCAAGGGCUAGCCUAUUCUGGUAUAUGGCUGAUCACAUCUUGGUAUUUUGCUUAGCUAGAAGAUUAAGCACUUGAGCUGUGUCAUUAGUAAUAAUCUCAACUACCGCCCGUAGUCUAAUAAUGCGGUUGAGCAUAUAUAAUCGGAGUUCUAUACCCAUAAGUGCCAUUUUCUGCCCAAGUAGUAGGUCCAUAAUAAUUAAUAAUACGUUGAGGGGGCCACUCAUUAUCUUCCCAGCUACCUGUAUUCAAGGAUGCUUUCUCCCUUUUAUGAUUUACAUCGUAAACCUUAACUCCCAAGGUCUCUCCUGUUUCGAUUGGCAACAAGAAGAAGGAUGGCUUUGGCAUACCUAAUACACAUGCCCCUUCCCAAUCUUGUGGUAACUCCGAAUAAGUUUUCUUACCACAGAUCCAGUAUAAAUUUGCUGGGGCUUUCCAACUAGAUGUAGCCGAUAAGUCAAACCAUACCUCCUUUAAAUGAGUGUAAUUGGCAACCGGAUUAGUAGGUUCCGAGACAUUUGAAGCUGACCACCAAGUAGUAUUUUUAGUAUUAACAUUAUAGGCUUUUUGUCCCAAGCACGUUAGCUCACCUACAGACGUGUUAUACAUUGUCCCUUUCCUGGCUAUACAAACAUGACCUAUAAUGGAGGUUUUUAACCACCAUUCCAAUUUACUUCUAGUACUUACUUGAUGAUCAGACUGGAAAGGUAUCUGUUGUUCAUAUGUCUCAGAGCCAGGGUACCAUAUUUCCUUUGCCUCCCAUGGCCACUGGUCUCCCAUAUUAGUACCUCCACACACAUAGCAAGUAGUUACAUUAAGACUACCUGCAAUACCCUCAGCCAAAUCAAUAAAUAGGUUGUUAACAUUAUGGGGAAUUUUAUCCUCAAUACUCAUCUCCUCAUAGAAGGAAUGAGAAACCUGAUGAGUUUGAGUUGCCACUGUCUCAGUUUCAAGACCUACAUAUAUUAUUGUUCCUGAAUCUACUCCUGUGCCAUAUAUUUGAAACCCAAACAGACCUCCAAACCUGUCAAUAAAGUACUGCAGAUUGGAAAUGGUCAUGUGAACGGGGUUACACACAUAGUUUUACAGUAUGGUGUGGUAGGCAACCUUUGGAUAAUCAUAUCUUGAUCCACUGUUUUUCCCAGGUUGCCCAACCUACACAUGACAAAUAGGGGCAGAAGUUAGUCUCUAUUUGGGCAAUCAGGAUCAGUAGAUCUUAUACUGGGACAUAAGUAUUUAUCAUUAAACCCAUAAGUUCGUUCCCAUUUAAGAUUACCACAUACAUUCCAAAGUCUUCCACUACCCGAAAUCGCCUUACAUGCAUCAAAUAGUAGAAUACCCGCGGAAUGUAUGGUGCUUAUCACAGUCCUAUUUAUUAAUGUCCUCUGGGAGUUACUAUUCCGAAUUACCAACCAAAUUGUACGGGGUUGGAAAUGGGGAUCAAAACAUUUAGACUCUCCUGAUAUUGGCUUGCACACACUAUAAUCAAUAUCCAAAUAUCUACAUUUAGAUACAGAUCCCUUACAUUCAUACUGUGAGUGCCAGAUGAGAGUUUGGGAUAUUUGGUUACCUGUUUUAGUAGUCUUAAUGCAACUAUCGCAAUUCGGUAUGUCUGUACUCCUACCUUCCUGAAAAAUCAUAAAAAUACUAAGACACAAUAAAACACAUUAUUCCUGAAAUCCUCAUUUUUCUUCGACCGUGCGAUGGCCUCUCAGCUUCCCGAUUGUGAGGGCUGCAAGGAUGUUGUUCUUCUGAUCCUCACUUUCCUUCACAGAGAUCCCUUCAAGAUACUCUGGCUAUGACACGUAGGCAGGUGGUCAGGCUUUAUUAUGGCCGUCAAAACACCUACUUGAUGAUCUUUGUAGACUUUUAACUAGAAUGUCUCGCUAUCCCCUCGUCACUCCGACUGAGUUGCACGCUUCAACCGGGUCCUGCAAGGAUUCUCAGGAUCUGGAGUAGCUUGCCAAGAGUCUGCUGCUGGUUUAACCUUAGAAUGAUGAAUCCAAGGAGUCACUUCCGCCACCUUUACAGCUGUUGGGGUAGAUAAAAGAACAACAUACAAAGGCUAACAGAAUACACCCCGAGCUUUAACUCAAUAUGUAUUGGUGGGAUAUUACGAGCAAGUCCUGGAGGAUUAUUUUCUUCCCAUACUCCUGGAAUGUCAAAUAAGGAUUCAUCACUCUUAGGGUUAACACUUGUCACUAUGGAAUAGAAGCGUCAUUCUUCUUCCCUUGGCACCGAUAUCGCCAUUAUGCCUGGUAAUCCCUUAAACUUCAGAGAUGUUAAUCCAUUAGGUAAAAGGUUAUCUGAGCUUAAAGCUUCGAUAAUAGAUCUCGUCCUAAAAGUUGAAUCGGACACUCUGGCAUAUAUAGGAACUAAUGCUUCACCACAUGGCCUCCCAGAAUACAAGUGCGACUCUUAAGAACCGGUCUAGCUGCACUUCUCCCAGUAGCUCCUAUCACAGUUAUAGUCUUCCCCGAAGGCGGAGCCACCAUCUUAGUCACCACAGAAUGUUCAGCACCUGUGUUGAUCAUGAAAGAACUUCUCUUUCCCCCUAUUGCUACAUCGACCAUAGGCUCCGCUCGACCAAGUGGGAUGGAGCCCGGUCGGUAUCAAUAGUCUUCCAUGAUAGUGUCAGCCAGACCCACAAAAUCUCUAUCCUCUCUUUCUCUAGGUCUCUGCGUGGGUGGAUAGUAUCUGUCUCCUUGAACACUUCCUCUACUAUUCCCACCAUUCCCUCUAAAACUUCCUCUUACUCUAUAACUACCACUAUAACCUCCUCAUACCCUUCUCUCUCCUUGUCUAUCACCUUCAUACUGCUCUCUCUGUGGACACUCACUCUUCCAAUGUCCCUCCUUUCUACAAUACGCACAUUAAUUCCUACUUAAAGUCCCUUGCUCAGCCUAUUCUCGUCUCCUCUAUUCACUUCCCUGUCUUUCUACACUUAAGAUAGCUACCGCUAGCAUAUCUGCCUUUUUCCUCAUUUUACGUUCUUGCUCCCACUUUACCUCUGUCUCCCUAUUACUAUCACCUUGGGCCUGGCUGACAAAUGCUGAGUCUAUCAUUCGGAAGUUUUCAGGAUUGAAAGGAGUGUACAAUCUAUUUGACUCAAGCAGUGUCUAAUAUGGGACUUCGGCAAGGCUGCCCAAUAAUAGGUUCCAGUCUAGGAUUAGUAAAAUAGGUGAAAGGGGGUGAGCUAAUUUUAUUAGUCAGCAUUUGGUGGAUGAAAAAACGUUUUUGUUUAAAGUGUUAAACCAAAAACCUACCAGUAGGUGUCACCAGAGGGUAAUUGUAUCAAAAUAAUCUUUAUGGGUCUAAUAAGAAAACUCAACUUUUAAUAUAUUUAUACAUAAAAUAAAACCUUAUAGCAAUAAAUAUAUUAAAAUAGGGUAAGCAAUCCUACAUCUAUCUGUUAUAAACAAUGUAUUAUCAAUGUAACUCCCGAAGAUGGCCAGUAGGUGGCUUAGAGUGCCUCCCUAAAGUCAAAUGAAACAAAUAGACUUUAAUUAAUUAUGUCCUAUUUUAUUAUUACUUAUUUUAAUCAAUGUCCACCCUGAUAACUAGGCUUGAUUAAAUCUUUAGUUCUAAGGUAAAUUAAACAUUUCAGUUUGUAGUUUAGUAAAAGGGGACAUUUUGGACAAAGCUGGGAGGGGCCCAUCCAGUAACUAAAAAACCAAUAUACCAUCUGAUACCAUUGAUCAUUGAUUAGGGGGAGGGGUAGUACAGAAAUACAAGAGUUUGAAACACAGGAACAGAUAGGUAUGUGGGUAGGCGGGGACAGUAGAGCAGGGGGAGUGCAAAUACUGACUAUAUACCAGUUUUGGGAGUAAGAAAUGGGCGUGGCUAAUCUGGCUCUGGAGGAUGUUUGGGGGGUUGGUAAUCAGAUGCCAGGGGGGGAGGGGAUGUCCAAAGCAGUUGUAAUUAAGUCCUUAGUUCUGACCACCAUAUGGCUACAUUGUUUCCCAUAUGACACAGUUUAAUUCACCAAGGCAAUUUUUCAACAAAUCAGUUUCCAACAGUCAAUUUAUAGAAACUGAUCAUAGAAUUCCAGCCUACUAGUUACAGCCACAUGUACACCCUGCACUAAAUUUAAGUGAAGACUGCUACAUGGAGGCCAUGCGGCCACCAGGACAAGCUACUCCCUACUUUUUUUUUUUUUUUUUUAAACAUACAAGACAAAGCCUUGUGAAUCAGAAGAUUAUUUCAACAGAGCAUCUGAUUCAAAAAGCUGUACAAAUAUACACACAGUUUCAACAGUCACACCAAUCUCCUUAUCACCAGCAACACAUUGCGCAGUCACUAGGCCCAAACACACACACAGGAUCCUCACAUGCUCAACAAUAUCACGACGUCGCACACACAAAAUUAAAUCAAAAACCCACCAAAGACUAUACACUCAUCAAUGUAACUAUUAUUCAAACCAUACAACUAUCCACGCUAUUAAUCCAUAUAAACUAACCGAUCACAUAACAUUUCAACAAAUUCAUCUCUACAAUUAUCCGUACUAUAAAUCAACUCUUGACUAACCAACUAUAUCACAUUCUAGUAACCUCAUCUUUACAGUCAGUGGUUAUGGUACAGUUAGUAAGUGGUUAUAAUACAGUUUUAAAGUCACAGAUCAGUUAGUAACAGUUAUGGUAUUAUACAUAUAACAUAAAACAGCAAUUGUUAGUAAUUUUUACACAAUGUCAGUGGUUAUGGUACAUGUCAGUAGUUAUGGUACCGUGCGCUAUUUUACAGUUAUACACACAAUUUACACUCCCACUAGACAGCAGAGCUCUAACUUUCUAGUAGGACAUACAAGUUAACCAAUUCACCAACUACAAUAUAUUUAACAACAUUUACAAUAAUCCCAACUAUUCUAACUGGCCAGCACCUCGAGAGCUUUCGAUCUAUUUAUACACCAGAGAUUCGAUAAGUUCUUCGCUGCCCAGACACCACGUAUAGCGAACUAGAGGGCAGAAUUUACACAGUACCCAGCUAGUCUAUUAAACUAUCAAUAAGCUAGUGGCUGGAUUUACAACAGAGCACACUUAGUUAAGAUAGGGUGAAAUCUAGCAAACUAUAAUAUACAACAGAGUAUGCUAGUCUCCCGGUCCCCCCGACCUAGCGAACAAAAUUUACACCCUAGAUACGCUAGUCAAGACAGGACACCGGUGUCCGACAUGAGCUAUUUACACCACAACUCAGUCUGACCCAAACCACCUAUAUUAGACGGGCUGACUACAGAGCGUCUAAUUUCCAGAUAAGUGUUGCGCUUUUCACUUCUUCCUUCUACUGAAGGGGCCAAUACCAAUAACCGGUUCCAAAUAUAAAACCCCUUGUGGGUCUACCGCUCUAACGGUAUCAAUCUUACCUGUCAAUUACUGGACCUGGGUUCACUCAUAGACGGAACAAUCCGGGACUCACUGCGCAGAAGCCGAUGAUCUCCUGGACAAAAGGCCAGUGGCGCCGAGACGAAAGGAGGUCCACGCAGUAGAAGUCCAGGAUUGUAGCGUAGAAGGUUUGGUAAAAGUUUACCGUCUCAAAUCUCUGUGCCAGCUUCCAUGCAAUGAGGUUCCCGGCCCAAUUGCACCAGAAAUGUUGCAGUGUAAGCAUGCAGAAGCCAAACACAGAAAUAUUGGACACAGGUCUUCAGGAAGUAACAGGCCUUUAUUCACAUUACCGAUCGGGUCUCAGAUGAACUCCUGUUCCAACAUUCUGAGAGACCAACACAUAGUGUACAUUCCUUAUAUAGCACUAUAACUCCUCCCAUUAAUAGCUACACCCACAUAUACCUUUAACCAAUCAAUGAGCAGAAUAUAGACUUGUACAUCUAGUCAAACCACAUGGCUCAUCCAAGACAAAGGAAAUAAGUGCAAUUUCAGUUCCUGCAUUCCUGCACAUGCUCAGUACACUGAUGACAGUAUCCUAGCUACAUGUAGCUAACCAACUGACACAACAUACACAUAUGCCACAUGGAGAUUUUGGCCUACUAAAUUUUGACCAUGCUGGAAUCCCAUCACAUUACCAGUUAAUUUAGGAUGAAAGGUUUUAAAGUGAAUCCUAUCAUUUUUAUUUAAUAAGCCCAGAUUUGCUUGCAUUCACUCUCUCAAAUGAUUCUUAUUCAUAUUUUAUGUGGGUGGGACAGACUCUUCUACACAUUCUGUAGAACUUAGCAUGACUGUUAUAGGUAUUAACGUUUUGCUCAUUAAAAGGAAGCAAUUGAAUAAAAAAUAUUAUGCAUUCAAAUAAAUUGAAGAAGAAAAAUUACAUACCUUCCAAGUUUCCCAUGGUAUAGUAACAGGCAGAUCCCUCCCACAAUAGUAAAAGAUUAUCCCCUCUUCACAAAAAGUUGUAGAAAUUAUUUUGAAUUUGCCUCCAAAAACUCACUGACUUGUCAAUUUUUAUGUUAUUCACGACUUUAUUAAUGUGAGAACACUGACACUUAUAACUUUACACGCUUCCAAAUUUUCUACUUGAAUUUUCCUAUUAUACCAAAGAAAUGUGUCAGAUUUGCUUAGAAAUUUGUCAUAGAUUGUCUCCACCUCUGUUCUGAAAAAAACAUUUCCUUGUACAAAAAAACCAAAUAGCCACGGCCGUAAAAAUGUCUCUAAAUAGACUUUUUGUGCUAUGGAUAUGUAGCCUCUUGAUUAUUUCAAUGAUAACGUAAAACCCAUAAUUUGACUAAGUGUUUUUUUAUUUUUUUAAUUCUUUAUUUUGUUGGUGCAUUGUGAAGCUUCAUGCAUUAUAUUGACAUUUACAAGAGGUAAAACGUAUCAUAUAGCAAUGGCGUGUAUAUCACAGUAUUGUCAAGUUUAACAGCACACAUUUUUCUUUUAUCCAUGUCACGGAACAAUUGUCAACAGUUGUGCAUUUGUUUGCUCGUACGCUUAUGGCCCUUCACGGUAUAGUGUCAUCCUAUAUAUAGUGUGCUUGUGAUACUAUGGGUUGUUGUGUGUAGUUGCACUAGGUUGUGCUAAUCAUGAGUAGUCGGGAUUGGUGGUGUCAGUAAUUUCGAGCAAGGUAUUGUGUCUCCCAAUUUGUACUAGCAUGCUGUCUUGUGCCCUCUGGAGAGAGAGUUAGGCACUUUAUUCUAAGUCUCGGCUGCUGCUAGUAUUGUGAUUGCCCCUAACCUAGGGGGCAACAGGGGGGGUGAGGGGUGGGGGGUGUGGUGACAUUCUGUCAUCAAACUAAUAUGGUGACCCGCGGUCAUGUGACCAAGCUCAUGUAGAUCUUUCUUUCAGGGGAUAAGCUUUACUCUUUGAUAUGGUAAUUGGGUAAUUCAAUACCUUUACAAGUCAGGAAAGAGAUAACCACUUCCCCCUAUCCCCAUUCCUCUCUCUUCCUUCUUGGCUGUGCUGCAGAGCAGAUGUGCAGAUGCCAUGUGCUAGCAUGGUGAACCAUGUUACACUCUGUUGCUUCCUUUUCUUCCUUGGUGGAUGUGUUGUUGAACUUGCAGCAGUGAGCCAUUACUAGAUGUGAAGGCCUAACCGUGGGUGAGAUCAAAUGUGUGGGGAAGGGGAUUACUAUAUAGAUAGAUUUAAAAAGGGUUGUUGCUCCGUGGGUCUGGGCUGUGUGUUUGUGAUAAAUUUAUAGUAUUGUGUUGUUGCCUUUUAAUAAAUACCUUUUAAUGUAGACGAACCUUGUGUAAUAUAUAUAUUAAUUUGGUGAUUUUACCACGGGGGGGGGGGUGAGAGAAUGUGGGGCUCUUCCACCAUAAUGUGGAUCUGCGCGGUUAUCCCUGGGUCUGGCCGUGAUGUUAAUCCGGGCCGUGUAAAGUGUGUCUGUGUACAAACUAUAGCAUUAAGAAACUAACGUUAACAGAAAGGAUUUAACAAAACAGUAUGCAAUAACAGUUGGGUCCGGUUUGACCGGAUUGGGUGGUUUCACUUGCGGUUAUAGUCAGGUCCCCGAGUCCUUGCGUGGGGUAAAUGGUCUUGUAGCUGGAUCUCACAUCUUGGAUAGUCCCGUCUGAGCAGGUGUCUGGGUUGUAUCUGGGAGUCCCAAGCGAGUGGAGAUUGCAAGGAUGUUCGCCUCUGAUGUGGCUCUGUGAGUAUUCCCGUUAUGGGUGAUUAAGAGGACCCUCAGCAGUCCCCAUCUGUAUUGUAUGCCUGCAGUCCGCAGGUGGCUUGUUAGGUGUUGAAACGAUCUCUGCCAGUGUAGUGUUGCUCUGGUCAAGUCCUGGAAGAAAAGCAGGUGGGAGCCUUCAAAUGGUAAAGGGGUUUUGCCUCUCACUGCUGACAUUAUUGCUGCCUUGUCUUGGGAAGUGGAGCAUCGCAGGAUGACUUCUCUUGCCUCUGCUGUAGAUGAGUCGUUCCCCGCCGGUAGGCGGAAUAUGCCCUCCAGAGUGAUUUUCUGGGCUGUGUUUAGAGGCAGGAUUGUGGCCAGAAGUCUUCUUGUGAAAUGAGGCAGCUCCUCUGGGGAGAUUUCCACCAGCACUUCUCUGAGGUUAACGUGAUUGCGGCGCAGGCGGUCCUCUUGGCUAGUGCCUGGUGGGCUGCCCGCAAGGACUGCAGGGCGUCUGUAAGGUUUGACACUCCGCUGUUCAGUGUUUGGAUUUCUCCCUCCAUGGCACUCACACGCUCUGUGGUUUGACAUACCUCUGUUUUCAGGGUUCCGAGGUCCGCGGCCAGCAAGGAUUGUAUCUCCUGCAUCCAGUGCUGCAGGUCUUGUUUUGUAGCAAAGGUGUCGUCCCCUGAGCCUCUGUGGGCUGGGGGUGUGUUGGUUUGCGUGUCCUCUGCACUUGUCUCCGGUAAGUAGGCCUCUGUGGCGGCCAUCUUGGACGGUGCCUGUCUCUGCAACAUCUCCCCGAUAUUUGGCUGGUCUGCCGCCACUGCUGUUGCAGUUUCUGCGUGCGGCGCCCCAUGGUUGCAGAGGUGUCUUUAGGUGUUGGGGUUUCUGUCUCCUCCCAGGCUGGGUGGUAGUACGCCCCGAUGCAAUCUAGAAGAGUCACCAGGCCGUGACUCGCGGACUUGAGGUAGGCUUGGUUGUACCCUUGCUUGUUGGAAAAAAGGCAUCGGUCGGUUUUGCACCGUUCCCCAAGGCUCGUAGUGUGCUUAGAUUAGUUGUGAGGGUUAUGAUGUUUGGGAUAUUUGCAGAUUAGGUGCUGCAAGGUUUGGAGCCGAUGGAAAUGGUGUCCGUUCUGUUUUGUUCCCAAGCCCCGCCUGCUAAGUGUUUUUUAACCCAAGGCACUGUAACUUUGCAAAAAUGUUUGUGGUUUUUCUUUUUUUUUGGUCAGACCUUGUUAUAAUAGUCCAUGCCAUGUUUGAUUAUUGAAUGAUAAAAUAAAUCAGAGAGCGUUUAAUUUACAAUCUUUUGUACUUUUUUCCUACAGGAAUUUGAUCAUUUUCUGGGUACAAAGUUUUCGACUGUGAAACGGUAUGGAGGAGAAGGAGCUGAAAGCAUGAUGGGAUUUUUUCACGAGAUGCUCAGAACGUGUGCUCUCAGUGGUGUUACAGAUGUGGUGAUAGGAAUGCCUCACAGAGGGAGGCUGAAUCUUCUUACAGGGCUUCUCCAGUUUCCACCUGAGGUGUGUUCUAUAUUGUCUUAUUUUAUUCAUUUCUCUGCUCCUCUUUUUAAAAAAUAUGUAUACCAAAAUACACAUGUGCAGCAUUAUAUUUAGACAUUGUUCUAUGAAAAUGAUGAUACAGUAUGUAGCGGAUAAAUGGUAAGACAGACAAUCAGCUGUAUGCAUCAUAAGAUUAGCAAUUUUGCUUUUAAAUCAUGGUUUACGCUCCCUGAGCAAGCUAAUGUUUAGUGCCAUUGAUUAAAUGCAUAUCUACAAUUGGAUAUGGUACCCCGGAAUAACUGCAAGACCCACAGAUCAGUCUAAAACUGCAUUGUCAUAAGGUUUUGCACAAUUCCCACUCCAUAACUAUCCCACCUCACCCUUCUAUCCCUCGGAUAUCUUUGUCAUUGUUCAUCAUCAUGUAUAAUUUAGAAAUCGAUUUUGUAAGCUUGUGCUUGAACUAGAAGAUGAAUAUUUUUUUGGGACUUAUGCAUGACAUUAAAAAAAAAGGGUUGAGCCUAGCUCAGUGGUACAUUUUGUUAUCGUGCUGCCCUAGGGAUGACGGAACUCUGGCACCCACAAUAAUCUAAAUUUUCCCUACCUCUUCCUGGUUAGAGCCAUACCUCUUCUUGUUUAAGACCAGAACGCACAUUGACUGACUGACACACCCACUCAGUGACAGGCGCACACUUUCAGUUACACAUACACUGACAUAUAUGCAUACUCACUGAUUUGACACACUGGCACACAUACACAAUCACUCAGAUACUGACUCACUGACAGAUGCACGGGUGCACUCACUGACGCACGCAGACACUUGCUGACAGAAACAUACAUUCACUGGCCGACACACAUACUCACAGACAUACACUGACCAACACACCUAUACACAGACACACAUACUCACAGACAUACAGUGCCUUGCAAAAGUAUUCACCCCCAUGGCAUUUUUCGUGUUUUGUUGCCUCACAACCUGGAAUUAACAUGGAUUGUUUGAGGAUUUGCAUCAUUUAAUUUACAGAACAUGCCCACAACUUUGAAGAUGAUGUUUUUAUUUAUUUAUUUAUUGUGAAAACAACAAAUAGGACAGAAUAACAGAAAAAGUUAAUGUGCAUAACUGUUCACCCCCCUAAAGUCAAUACUUUGUAGAGCCACCUUUUGCAGCAAUCACAGCUCCAAGUCGCUUUGGAUAAGUCUCUAUGAGCUUGCCACAUCUUACCACUGAGAUUUUUGCCCAUUCCCCCUUGCAAAACUGCUCCAGUUCCUUCAAGUUGGAUGGUUUGCGCUUGUGAACAGCAAUCUUUAAGUCUGACAGAUUUUCUAUUGGAUUGAGGUCUGGGCUUUGACUAGGCCAUUCCAACACAUUUACAUGUUUCCCCUUAAGCCACUCAAGUGUUGCUUUAGCAGUGUGUUUGGGGUCAUUGUCCUGCUGAAAGGUGAACCUCCGUCCUAGCCUCAAAUCAUGCACAGAGGGGUACAAGUUUUGCUCAAGAAUAUUUAGCACCAUCCAUCUUUCCCUCAAGUCUGACCAGUUUCCCAGUCCCGGCUGCUGAAAAACAUCCCCACAACAUGAUGCUGCCACCACCAUGUUUCACUGUGGGGAUGGUGUUCUUUGGGUGAUGUGUUGGGUUUGUGCCAGACAUAGCAUUUUCUUUGAUGGCUGAAAAGUUCAAUUUUAGUCUCAUCAGACCAUAGCACCUUCCUCCAUACAUUUUGGGAGUCUCCCACAUGCCUUUUCACAAACUCAAAACGUGCCAUUUUGAUUUUUGCUGAAAGUAAUGGCUUUCUUCUGGCCACUCUGCCAUAAAGCCCAACUCUGUGGAGCGUAGGGCUUAUUGUCAUGCUAUGUACAGAUACUCCAGUCUCUGCUGUGGAACUCUGCAGCUCCUCCAGGGUUACCUUAGGUCUCUGUGCUGCCUCUCUGGUUAAUGCCCUCGUUGCCCCAUCCGUGAGUUUUGGUGGGCGGCUGUCUCAUGGCAGGUUUGCUGUUGUGCCAUGUUCUUUCCAUUUGGUUAUGAUAGAUUUGAUGGUGCUCCUGGGGAUCAUCAAAGAUUUGGAUAUUUUUUUAUAACCUAAUCCUGACUUGUACUUCUCAACAACAUUGUCCCUUACUUGAUUGGAUAGUUCCUUGGUCUUCAUGGCAGUGUUUGGUUAGUGGUGCCUCUUGCUUAGGUGUUGCAGCCUCUGGGGCCUUUUAAAAAAGGUGUGUGUGUAUAUGUAAUGAAAGAUCAUGUGACACUUUAAUUGCACACGGGUGCAUAUCAUUUCACUAAUUAUGUGACUUCUGAAGGUAAUUGGUUGCACCAGAGCUUUUUAUGGGCUUCAUAACAAAGGGGGUAAAUACAUAUGCACAUGCUAAUUUUCUGUUUUCGAUUUCUAAAAAAUAGUUUUAUGUAUAUAUUUUUCUCAUUUCACUUCACCAACUUAGACUAUUGUGUUCUGAUCCAUCACAUAAAAUUCAGAUUAAUAAAACCUUGAACUUGAGGCUGUAAUGUAACAAAAUAAGUAAAAGGUCCAGGGGGGUGAAUGCUGUUGCAAGGCACUGUACAUUAACAGAUACACAAACACUCACGGAUAUACACCCUGAUACUGACAAACUCCCACUCCCACACAUUGCCUCACACAUUCACAAAUUGUUUUUUAUUUUUUUAUUUUUUUUUAAAUGUAUUUUUUUUUUCUUAAUCCACUCAGAUUCCCUACCUUAGGGAGAGCUGGAGUGGAUUUUUUACCUGGAGGUCCAGCUUAUGUGCUGGGUUGGUUGGGUGGCUGUGCAGGCUCCUGUGCUCCACGGUGGGUGGGCGGGCGGGCGGGCAGCCGGUCAAUAGAGGCAGCGAGGGAGCUGUAAUCUUUUUGCUCAGCUCGCUUGCUCUCCACUUAGUAAUGCCGGGAACCGGGGGGCCUGAGGUGGCCAGUCGGCCAGCUCUUGGGGCCCCCCAUGAAAGAGGCUAACGAGGCCUAUGCCAGGGUGCUUGCUGACAUUGUUAGCCUUGUGGAAGAUACAGCCCUUGUUCUAGAAACCUAUGUUGGAGAUUUGGCGCAGAGGCACCAUGCUCAACAUAUGGUGGUCGUGUGCUUCGGGCAAGAGAUUCUAGGAAGUGGUGAUCAGAAUUGCCUUCCUAAGUUUCUUUGAACUUUUGGUAUGAAACUAUGGCCCUAGUGCAAAUACAAACACAAGAAUCUGGUAAGGUGUGGGAGAGUUUCCUUGCUACCUUGGGUGGUACAGUAUAACAUCUAGGUACAGCCCCUGGAGAUGAGUGGUAUCCCUUGACAGGAAAUUUUCAGAAGAAUUUAACCACCACACCCCCCCAUACCUUUCCCAUUACUCUUUGUUCUGUUUUCCCAUUGGCUUUUUAUUUUCCAUUAAACUAUUGAUAAUACUAAAAAUGACUAUUCGGUUUGCAGACUUACCAACUGCCAUGUCGUACAUGCCCAGGUUAUGACAGUCAAUGCUUUCCCUUAUUUUGGACUGACAUUGCUCAUACUUGUAUACUGUGAUAACUAUGUUCCUACAUAUACCAAUUCGUGUAUUAUGAUUCAUGUAUAUUGUAACAUCUCAAAAAGUUAUUCAUUGCAAUGUACUGUAUUCUGCAUUUUUUUCAGUGUCUGUAAACAUGAUGAUAUAUAAAUACAAAUUUUCAAAUUGAAAAAAAAUGGCUGGAUUAAUACCCCUGGGAAAAAAUGUAUUUCAAUAAAAAAGAUUUUAUUUCUUUUUUUCAAAAUUCUUAAGGAAAUAGUUUUUUUUAUUUUGUGCACAGAGACCGGUACAGAAGGAAGUGAAGUGGGUAAACGAGCAGGUUUCCACAGCUCCCACAAUUUGUCACAUUAACUAGCAUUGUAACCUAUACGACACAGUAAACAAACAUGUUACGUUAUUUUGAUGCACUUGUAAAACAUUACAUCUACUUUGUUUCCUAGCCAGUGGCCGGGGAGCGGGUACAGGAGCAUCUACCUGGGGAUGCGUACCGGUGACACUAAGUUGUCCUGCCGUAUUUUCAUUGUGGGAGCUUUUCAAAAUUUUUAUGAUGCAGUAGCAACAGUUACCCAGUCACUAGAUUUAUUUCAGUACAGUGAGCAGCCACAGGCUAUUCAUGGUUUAGUAGAUCCUGAACCGUGGCAUGCCGGUUGUUUCCUAAAAGGCAGUGAUGAAACCCUCCUUAUACUGAUAUGGAUUACGUAUUGCCGCAAUAGGUUUUUUUUUGUUUUGUUUUUUACAUUCUAAAGUGAGGAAAAAAUUGAUUUUCUUUCUUCUUUAUUCAAUCCUUCAAUUUUUUUUUUUAUUUUUUUUUGGAGACAUGUUCAAAACUCCAAAUCACAACACAAACAAAUGGCUUCAUUGCCCAUUUCGUAAUGUGUGUUUGUGGUGUUUCAGAGCUGCAUAUUUUUGAUGAAAUACAGAUUCUAAAAAUUUUUGACGAAUUGUGAUUUGUUUGAAACAGAAUGCUCCAGUCUAGUACAUACGUCAUCUAUGACUGGAUUACAGUAGUGUAAUAGUAUAUGUCUUUGUAAACUGCACUAGAGAGCUCUUUUUAAUGAGGUGCCAUUAUAGAGUUGUUAUAAUGAUUCUCCCUCUUUAAAUGUUUACUUCUAAUAUUGACCUUAUUAAAACGAAUCCCCUAAAACUGUAACUUUCUGCUUUGCGUUUUUAGCUUAUGUUUCGUAAAAUGAGAGGCUUAAGUGAGUUCCCAGAAAACUCCCCAGCGAUAGGUGAUGUCCUUUCCCACUUGACAUCAUCUGUGGAUUUGGACUUUGGUUCUCCUAGGCCUCUGCAUGUGACUAUGUUGCCUAAUCCUUCCCACUUAGAAGCAAUCAACCCUGUGGCUGUUGGGAAAACCCGCGCUCGACAGCAAUCUCUGGCAGAUGGAGAUUACUCGACAGACAGUUCUGCACAGCCUGGUGACAGAGUUGUAUGCCUUCAGGUAAACUUUGACUGAAGGAAAUAUUUUUCGCACAAUUAAAUAAUCUAUGUAAAAAUUAAAAUGUAUACUCAUAGUAUUGCAGCCACUGUUGUCCAACUGUAAAAAUUACUAUGAAAGACUUGACACUUGGUGCUGGCAGUAUUCCUGGUCUGCAUUGAUAUGGCAGAGCAGAAGGUCAUACUUCCAAUAUCUUAUUUGUGUAACUUUGGGCACCAUUCAUUGGAUGAGAAUGUUAUCAGGCAAAGUGUUAUAGACUGGGAAAGUAUGCUGGAGUUUCAGCAUUACAAGGAAAUGCUGAUAACAGCCAAUAAAUGGUGGUCACAGACCAUUCUCUACUGUUUUAACUAGGAAACCAAUAUGCUGAUAUCAGUACUGAUAAUAGCAGAGGGUUUCUGUACGUUAGUGUUAGGUAAGGUUAAUGCUAUUUUACAGCUAAGGAUAAUGUAGGGUUAAAUUUGGGAUAGGCUUACAGUUAGUGUAAACAUAGGGUUACUGCUUGUAACUACCAAAAAUAAAUUUAGAUUCUAGACAUAUGAGCCAUUUAAGAAUGAUAUGUGAAUCUAUUUUGAGUUCUUUUUUCCUUGAUUAAACUGGAUUUGAUGCUUUCUCCUCUCAUUAUCAACACUUAAAUCACACUUAAAGGGACACUAUAGGGUACCCAGACCACUUCACCCCCCUCUCCCAUCACUUUAUGAAAUAUUGCUCUUCUACAGAACGCAGGUGUUUUUAUUGUAGAGUUGAUUCCGUUAGUGGCUUUCACGCAGGCAGCCACUAGAGGCACCUCUAUUGGACUGACUGAAAUCAAGGAGCACAGGAAGCUUCCAGGGAGAAAUGAUAAGAUAACUUUUUUUUUAUACAGGUGGAGGCCAGUAACCUAAAUGGCUACCAGGGCACUAUAGCGUUGGGAAUACAUAUUUGUAUUUCUGACGCUAUAGUGUUCCUUUUAAUGUCGUGUUAGGUAUACAUAUAGGAUGUUUGAAAGUGAAUAUUCUGUAAAUAAAACUAUAUAUUAUGAACAGGGGAAUGUAAGUGAAACUGUUUAAAUUUGGUGGAACAAACAGUGCAAAUUCUAGGUUUUGUUUUGGUUCAAAAACAUGGGCAAUUGCCUCCUUCCUUAAGAGGUUAUAUAAAACAUAGCAAAAAUUCAGGAUAGUGAGGUUUUUUGAAUACAAAGCUAGCUCUUGACCUCUGCAUUAAUUUAUUACAGCUUGCAUUGCUUGAGAUAAACCACAACCAUUUUGUACUCCUCUCAUUCAUUCAUUCAUUCAUUGUUAUUUUUUUUAAAUUGUUUUUAGGUACACGGUGAUGCUUCAUUUUCUGGUCAGGGGAUUGUUCCAGAAACAUUUACUCUUUCCAAUCUUCCACAUUACCGAAUUGGUGGCAGUAUUCAUCUGAUCGUUAAUAAUCAACUAGGUUAUACUACCCCUUCUGAUCGUGGAAGAUCCUCUUUAUACAGCAGUGAUGUUGGUAAGUGCUAGGUUAGAAUAUUUUUGAAGAGUUUGUAUGAAAGCUACAAAUAAGAUCAGUGUAUACCUGUCUUUGUAAGUUAGUGCUUAAUUGUCAUGCAGGGGUUCCCAAUUCAUUUUUGACAUAGUGUUUCAACAUCGUUGAAGCCCUCCCCCAUGGGAGAAAAAAGAAAAAGAAAAAUUGCACAUGUGCCGGUGUUUGUGUGUGUAUCUCUGUUUGUAUGUGCCUGUGUGUUUAUCUAUGUGUCAAUGUGUAUCUGUGUGUGUAUCUGACACACACACACACACACACACACACACACACACACACACUGACACACACACCUUGACACAAAGUGUGUAUCUGUGUAUCAAAGUGUGUGUAUGUGCCAGUGUGUGUGAAUCUGACACACACACAGAGAUACUCACACUGACACACUCACACACAUACACUCUUACUGAUAAACACACAUAUACUCUUUGACAGACAUACAAACUCUCUAACAGACACACAUACAAUUUUCUUUUAAAAUUUUACUCCACCCAGCCUUUGGGAGUGCUGGCAUGGAGACUCUGUCCUUGUGGUUCAGUGGGGCUUCUGGGCUGAGUGUGCGGUCCCUGGUGUCCAGUUAGGCUGCUGAGCGGUUGGCGUGCGGUUCCUGGGUUUCAGUGAGGCUGCUGAGCGACUGGCUUGCAGUCCCUGGGGUCCAGUGGGGCUGCUGAGAGGCUGACUUGCAGGCGUCGAGGGUUCCGUGGAACACCAAUUGGAAAAUGCUGUGCUAAAGGGACACUAUAGUCACCAGACUAUCUGAAUAUUCAUCCAAAUAGACUUGGAAAAUAGUUAAUGACAUAAUAUGCCACACUCUUCACUGCCAAAUAAACUGUAUGUAUUUGGGAAGGUUUUAGAAUACUAACCGUUCUUGCACAUUACCACUUUUGGUUUUGUUACAUUUGUUUUGGAGUUGUUCACAUGUGUUUUUGUUAGUCUUUGUUUCAUGGGGAAGAAUUGUAGCUGUGGAAGCAACAACAGGCACAGUUCUUGGUCUUCCUGGUCCCAUUCAGCCAACCUCCCUACCCAGUGUUGACUCCUUCCCUGUCAGACACCCUCCCUACCCAGUGUUAACCCUUCCCCUGCCAGUCCCUGUCAGCCAAUCUCCCUACCUAGUGUUUACCCCUUCCCCUCCAUCCCCUGUUAAUCAAACCCCUGAGAGAGAGACACAGACAAACAGACUUGCUGGGCAUUUUGAAGAAAAUUAUUCGUCUUUAUUAAUAACACACGGGUUACAGCAAAUCAAUGUUUCAGUCCAUCAUAGGUUAUCCUGAUGAAAGUCCUAUGAUGGACUGAAACGUUGAUUUGCUGUAACCUGUGUGUUAUUAAUAAAGACUAAUACUUUUCUUCAAAAUGCCCAGCAAGUGCCUUUCUUCAUGGAGAGAGAGUGUGUAUGUAUAUGUGUGUAUAUGUGUGUGUGUAUGUAUAUGUGUGUGUGUGUGUGUGUGUGUGUGUGUGUGUGUAUAUAUAUAUAUAUAUAUAUAUAUACAUACACAUAUAUACAAAUACAUACACACAUACAUAUUUGGUAUUUGAGUUUGUUUCCUUUUAUUUAUAAGAAACAUAUAACACUGUAUCAUACCUAAUGUGGUGACUGUGUGUGUUUGUUUGUAAGCUCUAGUGUCUAAAUGCUGAGGACUCUGAGGAGGCUUGGGCAGGCAUUGUGGGCAUGUGAUGAGUUUAGUGAAACUCAGGCACACCCAGUAAGGCGUGUUAUUACUAAAUCACUGGAGCAUGGCCAUUGGUGGACAGGCAUUGUGAGCAUGUCAUUACUGAUUCUCAUAGAGAAUCACUGGAGCAUGGCCAUUGGUGGAUAGUCUGGCUGAAUUACAGGAAGCAGGAAGAAAGCACAGGGGGGAAUGACAUGAAAUCCCACGAGGAGCAGAAAAUCUGAUCAAUGUAAAGAUUACAAGUACUUCUAAAGCUAAUUUUUACACUAUUUAGGGGGAAAAAGUAUUUAGUAAUACUAGGUUUACUUUUGGGGCGGAAAAAGGAAAUGCAAUUUUUUUUACCUAUACAGUUCCUUUAAAGGGACACUGUAGGCACUCAGACCACUUCAGCUAAUUGAAGUGAUCUGAGUGCUGUGACCCUUUUGCACUUAAUGCUGCAAUGUAAAACAUUGCAGUUCCAGAAAACUACAAUGUUUACAUUGCAGCUCUAAGUCUGCCCUCUGUGGCUGUCUACUAGACAGCCACUGGGGGCGCUUCCGGAAUCCAAACUGACUUUUGGUCUGUUAUCUGACGCUGGACGUCCUCAUGGACCUUCAGUGUCAGAUUUUCCCCAUAGGAAAGCAUUAACUAAUACUUUCCUAUAGGGAGGUCUAAUGCGGACGUGGCCAUUCCCGCGCAUGCGCAUUAGGUCUCCCCUGCCGGCUGACGUUGGGGGUGGGGGGGAGGAGCAUGGGCGAGGCCUGACCCAGCGCAGAGGGACAUCGGCGCUAGAUUCAGGUAAGUGGCUGAAGGGGUUUUAACCCAUUCAGCCCUGCGGGAGGGGUCGCCCCGAGGGAGGUGGACCUAAUAACCCUAUAGUGCCAGGAAAACUGCUGGCACUAUAGGAUCCCUUUAAGUUGCUUACAGCAGAUCUAUAUUUACCUUAAAAAUUUGUUUAGCAUAAUGUACAGGUGUAUUACUGGACUGAAAUGGAAAAUACUGCCGUUUGGAAAUGUAGUUUUGAGUAAUUUGAUAAUAACGAACUUAACUGGGCCAACCCAUUGUAUCUUGCUAGUUGCCACAUGCAGUGUUUUUUUGCUUUUGUUUGUUUGUUUUUUUAAUAUCAUCACAAUGCGUUAUGUUUUAUUUAAUUUUUUUUUAAAUGUUUAAUUCUUUAUUUUUGUGUGUAGAACAUCAAACAAGCACACAUAUGCAUUUCAUGGCAUUACAGGGUGAAGAUAUUGCAUGAUAUAUAUAUUAUUUUAGCUUAGACCAAAAAAUAGUAAGAUAUGCUAUAAAAAAGAACUGUAGAAGAAACCAAAACAAAAGGAAGGAAUACCACUGGUUAUAUGGGCUUUAAAUGCGUAAUUGAUAUGACUCCUGACUAGUAAAAUGCAUUGCAAAGCCGUCACUAUAACAGCCAAGUUGGGAGCAAAGCCUGUGGACCCCUCAACCGACGCCUAGAGUAGGUAAGUCCCAACUGCCACCUCUAUCCGCCACAUUAUGGAGACCUUUCCGCCCUGUCUAAAUCAGUCUGCACUCCAUCGUUGCUCUCCUCAUGGCACCGACCAGGGCACGUUGCUUGGUCCCGCAGACCCCAUCAUUCGGUGGCAAGACUUGUAGCCUUCCAAAUCAGGUGAGUUAUGUUGGGGGUGAAGAAGCUUGUCUCUCCUCAAUCGGUGUGAGGUACAGCCUGCACGGGAUGCUGCUUUCUGCCGCUGCAGUUUUAUGCGUCUUCUCCUCCACGCCCAUCUGGGAACUUGCUGGCGGUGCGCGUGGGACCUAGGCUUUACAGCAGUGUGGUUCUGCUUGAUUCCAACUCGAAUUGCAGAAAUGCAGGUAGGUAUCCAGAGCUGUGCCAACAAUUUUUCCCAGAUUCGAUCGAAGGUCUGGAGUAGUAGGUCCACGUGUAGCUGUGGGAAGGUCGCAGGCCCCAACAGAGCAGACAUUGUGGGAAUUAGGACUUUGGAUUAAGCUUUGGUCAGCUGGGGAGUGUAUUACAGUGCCAACUGCACGUUACCAGUGAAGGAGUUUAAGCAUGCGUGGGGUAGGCAUAAGGCUAUCCUAGAUAGAUCAGGCCAGGGACUUAUGAAAUGAUUUCAAAAAAUUGGGCAGACUAGAUGGACCCAAUGGUUCUUAUCUGCUGUUACAUUAUAUGUUGCCAUGUUUACUUUGAGAAGAGAAAUAUAUGCUAUAAUUACCUCUCAGGCAUGGUAAGCAUAGUGUGGUCAUGCUUGCUAAACAUAAGAAAAGGGAUGGGGAAAUAAAAUAUUGAGAAUACACCUCAAUUGCUUGGGUCAUGUUAGAAGCAAAAGGAAAAAUAAUUAUGAAAAAAGCCAAAUUAAUUGCCUUGAACAUUUUUACUUGAUAAGUACAUUGUAUUCAAUAAUAAAAAUAAACUUUAUGGCAUUGAGACCUCUUAAAGAAAUAGCAUAAAUGAAAAAUAAAAAAGUGAAAAAAGUUGAAUAGUAUCUUAAAAUAUACCAGAUAGUUAAAGUAACAUUUGUUAGAAACACAAACAUGAUUUAGAUGUUGGAUUAGUACUCCCCUUCAAAAAAAAAAAAACCUGAAAAAUAUUUACUUACAUUUUAGCCAGUGUUGUGCUGGUCUUUAGCGACAUCCACUGCACCCUGACUGGGAUCUUCAUUAAUGAUAAUCUCCGCCAAUCCAAUGCAAUCAGGAUCUACUCAUAGAGAAGCAUUAUACCAAUGCAUCUCUCUAGUAGUGUUUGCUGUUUUCAUGCUGAGUGUGAUGCUGCCGAACAUCUGUCUUGCAAAGAUUGUAGGACAGUAAAAGUAAGCAGCUCUAUUAUUUAUUUAUAAAAUAUUUUACCAGGAAAGAUACAUUGAGAUUUCUCUCGUUUUCAAGUAUGUCCUGGGUCCACAAAACAUUGCAUUGAUACAAUAGGGUACAAAAUUAUAUACAAUAUAUACAAAAUUUAACAUAAAACGGGUAGGAAAUAUAUGAUCCACCAUAACACAUGCAUUCUGUUUUGAGAUCUGUGGAGAGGGAUCUCUUAAAGUGUGUGAGAGGUAGUUCCAUAAUUGCGGUGCUCUGUAGAAAAAGGAGGAUCGGGCUGCUUUCUUUUUGUAGUGGCUGAGAGACGACCACCAGAGGUAUGCUUAGAAAGCACUUAGGAAAGGCAGUGUAUACAUUGCUCAGAUUUCUGUGACAGUCUCUUUAAAUCCGUUACGACAUUGUUGUCCCUUUAACUGGCAGCUGUGUAGACUAGCUGAUAUCUUUGUAUGUGGAAUAAUGAACUCAUUGAACUGUAGCUAUAAACCUCAGAUAAUGUUAACACAACCAUUUCAAGCAUACAUUAAAUUAUAAGAUCAACAAGAACAUACAUAGUGUUCUUAAGUAAUGGAGCAAUAAAAUAGUUAUUUUCAAAUAGUUCAGUCAAUUCUACUUGUUGUUAUAAGGGGUGACAGCACAGUCUGGAAUCCAGAGCGAGCAGAUUUAAAGCAGCUCUGUCACUUUUAUGUUUUGUUUGUAAAUUAAUAAUUCAUCUGGAUCGGAAAGAAAGAGCUGCCCUUCAAACCCUACAAAAGCCAGUGAACAUGAGAGGGAUGGGACUGUCAAAUUUAAAGUGUUAUUGUGCUACUGUGACAUUGCGGUCAUCACUCACCAAGGUUACAGGUCUCCCCAAUGGGUAUUCAUGAAUUUCUUUUGCUCCCUCAGACAGGGGCUGCACCAGUUGUUUUAGAUCCCAGAGAUAGUAUUCCAGGGCAAAUGGAAUGUCUCCCUGCAGCAAGCCUGGAAUUAUGAGAUCCAAUGAUGCUCAAAAUCCAAAGCUCUACUCCAGGGGUAGGAAACCUUUGGCAAUCCAGAUGUUGUGGACCACAUCCCCCAUAAUCCUCUCACACCCAUAAUGCUGGCAAAGCAUCAUGGGAGGUGUAGUCCAAAACAUCUUCCGUACCGCUGCUGUACAGGUUUUAGAUUACUAAAUACUGACCUUUUUCAUAGACCAUGGAGAGCUUUAGGCACAACACAUGUAUAUAUGUUUUUUCACAAAGUUAAACCUUUCCACCUCCUCCUGGAGGAAUAUUAUGUCCCCAAUAUCCUAACGUUCUGCAACUCAAAUGCUUCUUCCGAACUUUGACUAUAUCUUUACCCAAUAGAUAACAUACAGGGAUUGACUGCAAUAGAGAAAAUGUGUAUAGGUAAAUUACCCUACGAUAAAGUGCUGUUACUAGGAAUUGAUUUCAGGAGGAAGCGUGGACCUGCCAUUUAUUAAAUCGCAUAACUGUUUAAUGGAAUGUCCAUCUCAUCUGGAAGUGUGUAGAAAGGUGCUACAUAGAUGGUACCUAGUUCCAGUGAAAUUGGCAUAUUUCAGAGACUUAAUUUGUGCUGGGGAUGUGGAAAUGCAAUUGGUACAAUGCAUCACAUUUGGAGGCAGUGUGAACUAUUGCAAACUUUCUGGAUAAGAGCCACAGGACUGACAGCACAUACUACAAGCUAAAUAUAACCCCAUCAGUAGACUUAUGUCCAUUAUUCAUUACAUAACAUUAUAUGUUAGUGUGCUGAUGUCUUGGCAAGAUUUAUAUGUCGGAAAUAUCUGUUUCCACGAAUCCCAAACUUUCUCACUUGACACUAUUUGUUUCUUUUAAUCUUGCAUUAUACAUACAAAUUUAAGAUUUGAAACAUUUAAAGAUAAAAACUGGAUUCAUAUAGACUGAUACUGUAUGUUUUGGUUUUUUUUCAAAACGUGUAAACUAAAUAAAAAUUACAAAUCUUCAAAUAAUUACUCUCCACAGCACAAGUUACUAUAAAAAGAAAUUACAGUUUGUGAUUACUGACUAAGCACGUGGGGUAUACCUAAAACGUAUAAUUAAAAAAAAAACUAAUUUCAAUAAGAUUAGGGCAGCUCUACAACAUAUGUUUAAUCUGCGACAAAUAAUUGACUAGAAUAUUCCAAAAUAUUAGUAUAUCUGCGUGAGAACAAAAGCUCAGCCACAAAUUUAUGGAUGGCAAAUGAUCCAGAAUGUUUAUUAUAGGUCCUCAAGGUAGUCUUAAAUCCAAGCUACAAAUACAAGCUAUAAUCUUGUUUUUGUGCAAUAACACAGAAUUGUCUGUGGCUAUGAUUCAACUCCAGAUUAUGUUUUUUAUUAUGUUUGUUUAUAUUAAAGUAUACUUUUAUUAGAUACUUUUUAUAUUUACUCUUUUUGUUACUUCCUGGAUCCUGCAUAUCCCUGGUGGGGAUUAUACCACCAGACUGUUCAUACUAGAGCAAGUUUUAUGCUCUAUAAAUUGUAAGUACAUUACUAUUCAUUAUUUAUCUCACCAUAAGUACUUACUGCACCAUUGGCUGCUAUUUCUUUUUACAUAUACCACGCAUACUGCACUUUGAAAUACCUGAGUUAACUCAACAUAUCCUGAGACGGGGAUCGUACCGUCCAAGCGCAUCACAGUUGAGCUCUGUUAUAGCUCAUAUAAAUGUGAGUGGAUUGUGUAUAGUUAUAUUCACCACUUCACGAUAUAAGUUUACUGUAUUGCACUACUAUUUUUAUUCUAUUUUAUUCCGAGGUUUUUGAUCUAUUGGAAAUACCUGGGAAUAUAUGUACAUACAUUUUGUAUUUAUAUAAAUUAUAAGGCGCGGUAUACGCCUUCUUUUUCUCUUUAUCUAUCCACAAGGUUUUGGGAAUCCUUGUUUUGUAUACUGCUGCCUGUUCACAAUUCACUAUAGUGAGCGCCUAUUACCCUUUCCUUUUUUUUUGCCAGAUGUGAAACUGAUUCAAUGUUCUGAACCUUUUCCUGACUAUAUUUUAGGUAAAAUUGUUGGUUGUGCUGUAAUCCAUGUUAAUGGUGAUGACCCAGAGGAAGUUUUGAGAGCUACAAGAUUAGCUGUGGAAUAUCAACGACUGUUCCGGAAAGAUGUGAUUGUAGACUUGUUGUGUUAUCGUCAGUGGGGCCAUAAUGAGCUUGACGAGCCCUUCUUUACAAAUCCUGGCAUGUACAAAAUUAUCCGGUGAGUGGAGGAUUAUUUGUUCUUUACGAUUAUUUGUUCCACCUAAUGUAAAUCCUAAUGAGGAAGAACAGCUGUUAGAGCAAAUUGGGAAAGCUGCAAAUUGGGGUCACACGUUAAUUAUUGGAGAUUUUAAUUACCCAGACAUAAAUUGGGAUAGAGGGACUAGUACUUCAGUAAGGGGAAUCCGGUUUUUGAAUGUGUUAAAUGACACCUUCAUGUCACAACAAACAAUGUUGAUCUUUUGACCAACAUUCAAGUAGGGUAAAAGCACGUGGGGUAUACCUAAAACGUAUAAUUAAAAAAAAAAAAACUAAUUUCAAUAAGAUUAGGGCAGCUCUACAACAUAUGUUUAAUCCUAGAACAAAUAAUUGACUAGAAUAGUCCAAAAUAUUAUGGGUAUAUCUGCGUGAGAACAAAAGCUCAGCCACAAAUUUAUGGAUGGCAAAUGAUCCAGAAUGUUUAUUAUAGGUCCUCAAGGUAGUCUUAAAUCCAAGCUACAAAUACAAGCUAUAAUCUUCUAAUAUGGUGAUACAGGACUUCCAGUAUCUACAGAUAUCAGAAAUUAACUCAGGGCUUGUUUGACUAUGGGGUGGAGAAGACAAGUCGAAAUUGCAUAUAUGUUGGAGUUAAUCCCAUGAUUUCUCUUUUUUUGAUCUACGUCUAGGGACUGUCUAUUAACCUAAACAGUUCAAACUACUUCUGUGUGCUUGGAAUAUUAUUUCGCAUACAUUUUUGUUUUUCAUUGUCCUCUAAUGUCCAUCUUAGAUGUUCUGCAUGUUGAAAAAAUGCACUUAAAUAACGAUAGUAAGAAAUAAAAAAAUCUUUUGUGCUUUUCAUGUGCUUUGCUUAUUAUAAAUUAUAAAUAUUUAUAGAAGGGGUUAGGUGUGAACAGAAUAAAUGAGCAAAUGUUUUCUUGCUUCUUUUAUUUGUGUUCAGUAAAUUAAACUAUUUUUUCCCUUAUGUUCAAUCAGGGCUCGAAAAAGUAUCCCAGAUGUUUAUGCUGAUCGUAUAAUAUCUGAGGGCCUAAUGACAGAAGAAGAAGUAUCAAGCAUAAAAACUACAUAUUAUUCCAAAUUAAGUGACCAUCUUGCCAAUAUGACAUUAUACAGCCCACCAUCCACCAAUCUCCAGGCUCACUGGCACGAGAUGGUUGAACCCUCGCCACGGAUCACCACUUGGGACACUGGUGUUCCUGCCGAUCUACUCAAGUUUGUUGGGGCCAAGUCUGUGGAGGUUCCUGAGGACAUAAAAAUGCACAGCCACCUUCUCAAAAUGCAUGCACAGGUAGGAAUAUGUUCCUAUACAAUUUAGAUGAUCUCUGUUGUUCAUAGUUACUUUUUCAAAUUAUUUAAUCCGUAUAUUGUGCUAGCCUGAAUGGUUUGCAAAUAUAUAUUAUAUGUUAUAAAUAAUGAGCUGAGAGCACUCACUUUUCAUGUUCUUUAAUGUGCAAUGACCUAAACAACAAUGUUUCAACCGUUUGACAUAUUGUUUAAUAAAGGCACAAAGUCGAAAAGUAAUUUUCCAAUAAAGGAAUAACAUUUUCACUAGAAGGAGUUCUGGACAUCUUUUUUUGUUUUAUUUUGUUUAUUUUUUGUUUAUUUUCUGAUAUUUAUCUGUUAAGGCUUUGCUAUAUAUGCUAUCUUGGGACAGACUAGAACUGAUGCCAGGUUUUCCACUACUUAAACUGGAUAUAGAAUCUGUAUUUGUCAUAAGUGUUUCCAAAACAAACUACCCUUAAAGUGGAAUUCCCAAGAUUUUGAAUACACAGGUUUUUUUUUUUUUGAUCACCACUUUUCAACAAAUGUGUUCUGGAUCUGAAAAUUAAUAUUAAAUGUAGACUAAACUCUUCUAUUUUGGCUCCUGACAAUUAUUAUAAAAGUACUCUGUCCUAUGUACCUGGGAGAUAGCAGAGACAAAAUAGCUGUUUUUUCCUAGGCUAAUUAUUAUUAUUAUGAUGUUUUUUUUUCUUUGUGAAUUUUCCAGUACUUUCAGUUUAGUAAUUGCAUCUUUAUCAUGAACUGGAUCAUCUUCUCCAAGCCAUAUUAUAACAUGGAUAUGUAAAAUGGAAAUAUGCAUUUUUUUAAUACAAAAAUAGACCGUCAAAUGUGCCUUUUUUAAAAUAAUGUUUUAUAGUGGAUGUUACUAAAAGGCGUUUUUCUUUAUUUUCAGUCUAGAAUACAGAAGCUCCAGGAGGGAAUAAAGUUAGACUGGGGCACAGCUGAAGCUUUGGCAUUUGGCACAUUACUUUGCCAAGGUGAGUGAUUAGCUUGUCAGAGCCACCACCAUUUAGUUAGAUAAUAGUAUCAACGAUCAAUCCAUUGCCAAUUCAGUCAAUUCUCAGCAGUUGUGUAACUAGGGUUGGUGUCACCUGGAUGAAAGAAUAUGAGAACUCUUAGAAUGGACAAAAGAUUGCUUAGAGAAACUAAGUAGCUUGCUGUUUGGUAAAUGCCCGUUCAGGUCUCAAAAAUGUUUUUGCUCACUUGUGCUAUUACAACAAGAACAUGUUCUGAAGCGUAUCAUGUCACCCAGUGUGGUAAUUCAUGAUGUAACCAAACCCCCCUAGUAAUGGAGAGAUCUCCUCUGUAAUUUAGUAUGAUAAAUGUAUGAGAUGUGUGGGGGGGUUGAUCAGUGGGAUGUGCGUGUGGUUGGCUGCAUGUGUUAUAAGUGUGAUUGUGUAUGGAAGGCAAAGUGUCAUUAUGUUUGGGGGUUGUGUAUUUUGUAAUAAAAAAAAUGUUAAUCGAGUAAUAGGGUUUUCUUAUUGGUUGCUUAAUGUGCAUACUAAUUAUAAUUUUCAAUACAUGACAUUUUCAGUGACAAAAGGGCUUUUUUUUCACUUAAAUAUCUCUCAUAGUCAUACAAACACACAUACACACAUUCAUGCAAGCUCAAGUACACGUACAUACAAACACUUAUUAUUAUUUAUAUAGCGCCAACAAAUACCGUAGCGCUGUACAAUGGGUGAACUAACAGACACGUAAUUGUAGCCAGACAAAUGGAUGCACAGGAACGGAGGGGUUGAGGGCUCUGCUCAAUGAGCUUACAUGCUAGAUGGGGGUGGGGUAUAGUGACACAAAGGGUAUAAGUAGGGGUAAUGAAAUAGAUUGCUACAAAAGUAUUUACUGGGAACCUAGUAGAUAAUUUUUGACAGUUGCAGGAGAGGAGUCAUGGGGGGAGGGGGGGUGGAAUGAAAAUCCACUAACAGUUUAGAUGAUCUGCUUUCCUGAAGUGUUUUUUCAAAGAUUUUUUUUAAGGAGUUGAGACUGGGUGAGCAUCUAACGGAGGAGGCAAUGCAGUUCCACAGGAAUAGUGCAGCCCUCGAGAAAUCUUGGAGGCGAGCAUCAGAGGUGGGAGUACGGACAGAGGAUAGACGUAGGUCUUUGGCAGAGCGCAGGGGCCUCGACGGGACAUACUUGUUUAUUAGGGAGGAUAGGUAGGUUGGAGCAGCUUUAUGUAGGGACUUGUAAGCAAGCACCAGAAUCUUAAAUUGAGCCCUAUAUCUAACUGGGAGCCAAUGCAGGGACUGACAGAGGGGAAAGGCGUGGGAGGUGUGGGUGGACAUACACCAUAAUACAGACACAAUUAUAAAAAACAAACACAAACUCUCUCAAAAUAGCACAGUGCACUUAUACAAUUCUGACACCUUUUAAUUUGUUUUAAAAACACAACGCACAUUUUUUUCUAUUUAUUGUUUAUUCAAUGUGUUUUGUGAGCUAUUGCACUUUAAAAGGAGCUGCUACUUAAUAAUAUUUAGCAAAUUAUAAUUAGAUAUUGAUUAAGCGCCUCUUCACUUGUUUUAUUUUUGGUGUACACACACUCUCAUACAGACACCGUUAUACACACACAAACUUAUACAGGCAACCAUACAGUCACAUACAGAGGCAUAUACACACUCAUUCAGACACAAAGUCAUACAAAUACACAUACUCAUAAAGACAUACAUAAACAUACAGACACAGUCAUACAGAAACUCAGACGCACAUACACAAACUAAGGUUAAGUCCGUUCCCAGAGGAAAGUAUGAAAAAUAAAAUUCUUUGCAUUGUGCACUUUAGUAAUGUAUGAUGACUGUGAUUUAAAAAUGUAUUAUAUAUAGGGUUUUAGUAUAAUAUCAAUAUCAGUGACCGCAAUGUCUAAGCCUGUCACUACAGUCACUGGGAUUGAUUAGGCAAGCUACAGGGCUUAUAGUCUGCCUAAUAAAUCCCAGUGACUUGAGUGACAGGUUUAGACACUGUAACGAGUAUUAAUUAGCCUAAAAUAUCAUAUAUAUAUAUAUAUCGUUACACAUUCAUCAUAUAUUACUAAAGUGCACAAUGCAAAUAUUUUUUUUCACAUCCUUUUCUCUGUGACUGUCCCAUAAGAAGACAGUAUCUAAAAUGUCUGCACUGUGCACUUUAAUAAUGUCUUCACACAACAAACUAACUGUAGUAAUGUACAGUAGUCAGGGUUAGGAACUGGCCAGCAGCAGCUUACUCUGGAGGACUCCUAGUCCCACUCCUCACCCCAGGGCCCAGCAGGGAGGAGGCCAUUAACGCAACAAGGAAGGAGGCCUCCAGAAUCUAGCUACACAACAUUCUGGAUCCUGUAUAUUUAUUUAUUUCUUCCUCUAAGUUGCUUAUCACAUUGCCCUCGCUGCAGUGCUGCACCGACUUCUUGAGGGAUCAUCUGCGCUGUGACAGUCACUGCACCCGCAGGUGAAGACACCAGGAGGGUUACUCGAGCAGUGUAACCUGCCUGGUGUCACCCCGUGAAGAGGGUGGCCGCACCCCCUAGUGACCCCACUGAUUCUCAGUCCCCUUAAAGGACCACUAUAGUGCCAGGAAAACAUACUUGUUUUCCUGGCACUAUAGUGCCCUGAGGGUGCCCCCACCCUCAGGGUCCCCCUCCCGCCGGGAUGGAUGGAGAGGAAGGGGUUAAACUUACCUCUUUCUCCAGCGCCGGGCGCGCAUUGAGCCAGUCCAUAGGAAAGCAUUCACAAUGCUUUCCUAUGGACACUGGCGUCUUCUCACUGUGAUUUUCACAGUGAGAAACGUGGAAGCCCUCUAGUGGCUGUCAAUGAGACAGCCACUAGAGGCUGGAUUAACCCGAACAUAAACAUAGCAGUUUCUCUGAAACUGCUAUGUUUAUAGAAAAAAAGGGUUAACCCUAGAUGGACCAGGCACCCAGACCACUUCAUUAAGCUGAAGUGGUCUGGGUGCCUAUAGUGGUCCUUUAAAGAGAAAAGUACUACACAAAAUAUAUUCUUGAACUCACCAUACUGACAUAUAAAGUACUUGCUGAAUUAUUACUUAUGAUUGCUGCACAUACAGACUCUAAGCAUCAUGACCACUUCAAAUCACUGAAGUACUUGGAGUAGCCCCUUAAGGUUUCCUUAUUGGAUAUAUUUUCCCCUAGUAUCUCUGGGAAAAGAAGAGAUAUAAAUAUAGAGAGCUAAAUAUAGAAAAUAAAUUAGCAAUAGUUUUUUUUUUACCUAAUAUUUUGUUUUUGUUGUGUUUCUGACGGCAUUCUUUUUCUGUACAUAUGUAAUUUGCAUAGCCUAGUUAUUUAAUUCCUCCCUCGCCCCCAUUUGUUUUUGUUUUUUGUUUUUUUAUGACAGGUUUCAACAUUCGGAUUAGUGGACAGGAUGUAGGCCGUGGAACGUUCAGCCAGAGACAUGCAAUGGUGGUUUGUCAGGAGACUAAUGAUACCUACAUUCCACUGAACCAUAUGACAACAGACCAGAAAGGUUUCUUAGAGGUAUAAUAUACCUGUACAUAAUAAGGUUUUGACUGCACAGGAGAGCACUAGACAUUUAGAUUGCGCUAUUGAUACAUUUAAAGUACUGCUCUAAUGCUAGCAAUAAUGAGUUGUAGUUCACAAACAUUUCUCCAACCUUUAUUUCCGGCAUGAAGUUAAGUAAUACUUUUUGUUUAUAAAUGUUGUCAUAAAAAGGCAUGCUUCUAUUUUUAUGAGCCUACUUGUAACACAGACAAUCAGAUCUUUUUGCUUGCACAUUUUCUGCUUCCAACACAUGGCAUUCAAGAACUGACUGUUCACUUGCUGUCUAAUAUAUCCCACCCCCUUGACAGGUGCAUUUGUAACAAUAUAAUCCAUAUUAUUCACUUCACCUGUCAGUAGUUUUAAUGUUGUGGCUGAUCAGUGUAUGUUAAAGGACCACUCUAGGCACCCAGACCACUUCAGCUUAAUGAAGUGGUCUGGGUGCCAGGUCCUUCUAGGGUUAACCCAUUUUUUCAUAAUUAUAGCAGUUUCAGAGAAACUGCUAUAAUUAUGAAUGGGUUAAGCCUUCCCCCUAAUCCUCUGUGGCUGUCUCAUUGACAGCCACUAGAGGCGCUUGCGUGCUUCUCACUGUGAUUUUCACGGUGAGAGCACGCAAGCGUCCAUAGGAAAGCAUUGUAAAUGCUUUCCUAUGCGACUUUCCGACUGAAUCUUGUGGCAGUUCUUGCAGCGUCUUGUCAGCGGGGCGGAUCGGAGGAGGAGAGCUCUCCGCCCAGCGCUGGAAAAAGGUAAGUUUUUACCCCUUUCCCCCUUCCAGAGCCGGGCGGGAGGGGGUCCCUGAGGGUGGGGGCACCCUCAGGGCACUAUAGUGCCAGGAAAACGAGUGGUCCUUUAAUGAAAAAGGUAACACAGAAAAACGUGCUGGACAGACAGUGUUCUGCUAUUGUUAUAAAAAUUAUUUUUUUGUUUUUCUCUACAGGUCAGCAACAGUGCUCUGUCAGAGGAAGCAGUACUUGGCUUUGAAUAUGGAAUGAGCAUUGAAAGUCCCAAAUUACUUCCAAUUUGGGAGGCCCAGUUUGGAGAUUUCUUCAAUGGAGCACAGAUCAUAUUUGACACUUUCAUUUCUGGAGGUAUAACUGUCUUUCCUACAUAUUUCUAAAGAAUUAUUAUAUGUACAAAGUCCUAUAGGCUGCAAAACCUAGUUCUGUGAUAACCAAUAUUUGGUUAAACCCUUACUCCGACUUUGAUGCCACACACUACUCUUCUAACAGCCAUGCAAGCUACAGAUGUAGAUGGUUGACUGAGAAGCCAGCCAUCUUACUAAUUUAUACUAGGGUAUGGCAGUGUAAAAAUGUACAGUCUUUUAUGUUUUACAAUUUUAAAACAUUGAGUAUUUUGAGUAUUAAAAGAGCCCUAUAAGGUCAGGAAUGCAAACGUGUAUUCCUGACCCUAUCGUAUUAAAAACACUAAAAGAAACACUAUCUGGCCACCCCUUGCUUCCCUAAAUAUAGUAAAAUCCUACCUUUCUUCUACAAUGUGCAGCGCUACCCCAGUAAUCACCUCUAGUAGGAAUAUGAGGAAUAGCCAGUGGAGGUAUUCCUAGGCUGUAAUGUAAACACUGCAAUUUCUCUGAAAAGACAGCGUUUACUGCAAAAAGCCUGAAGGUAAUGAUUCUACUCACCAGAACAAAUUCAAUAAGCUGUAGUUGUUCUGGUGCCUAUAGUGUCCCUUUAAGUUUUUGGGGGGGAAGGGUCCUCUACAUAUUCAAACUUUAUAAACAAUAUAGUGAAGUAUUAUGAAUAAAUGUGGAUUCUCAGGUGCAAUGGUCCACGUGGAGGCAUUUGCAGUGGUUUGCAGCUAUCUUUCAUAGUGUUGCUGUUUCCUGGGCGUUAUUCAUAUUAAUUUAAUAGGUGUUUUGUUAUCAAUACGUUGAUUAAUUGCACAUAAAAUGUAAUGAACAGAAGUCAGUCAGCUCAAAUGAAACCUAAUCUGUAAUUAACUGCUCAAGAAUGUUACCUUUUGUGUUUACUGCAACAGGUGAAGCUAAGUGGCUGUUACAGAGUGGUAUUGUGAUUCUACUUCCCCAUGGCUACGAUGGUGCUGGUCCUGAGCAUUCUUCAUGCAGAAUUGAACGCUUUUUACAGGUUCAUUAAAAAAAGUCACAUUAUGCCAUAUUUGUGUUUUAUAAAGAACUAGUUGAUUAAUAAUAUUUAGUCAGUGGCAGAACUAAUGUGGAGUUGGCCCUGGUGCAAAUAGUUUUUUGACCAGUCCCCCUAGAUGCCAAAAGAUUUCCAUACCUAGAGUGGGUAGAUCCCUUUCUGUUGUACAACUCACACAAUGAUAUGCCAGCAGAGGAUCUACUACUUGCCCAUCUGUGCAGCGUUGUAUUUGUGAGCAGUGUUUGAGCAUUUGAAUAUGAACAGGUUUUUUUUAUUUUUUUUUAUAGCGUAUCUAUGUGUCUGAAUUGUUGUAUUGUUGCCAUUGAAAUGUAAUGGGGUACUUGUGUUUAGUGUUUUACAAUUGAAUGCAGGAGUGUGAUUGUAUGUAGUGUUGGUGUUUGAAUGAAGGGACGUUUGUAUAUAAUUUAAGAGUUUUAAUACAGCGGUGUGUUUGUAACUGGUGUUUGCGUUUGAUUGCAGGGGUGUAUUUGCAUGUUGUCAUGGUGUUUGGGUAUACAUUUCAGAAAUCAUACACACACGUACACUGCCACAUACAUACAUUGAAAUAUAUAAAUACACAUUAACACACCGAUACUGACACAUAAACACAUUGACACACAGAUAUGCACACUGACAGAUGCUCAUCUUGACACAGACAAGCUGAGAAGCACAUAUACAAAUACAUAUAUGUAUUUUUUGUAUUUUGCAGCCAUCCUCCUGUUAGCAUACCUCUUGUGUGCAGGAGGGAGGUUUGCUUGUGGUCCUGCUGCAGCUGGCUGUGCAGCCGCUCCGGUGGAAGUUCCGCCACAGUCUUUAGUCACAACAAAUUUUCUAACGUGAUCUCGACACUCAUGUAUUUUCUUAUUUUUUUGUGUGUGGGGAAAGUGUGGAUACUCCUCUGGCACUGCAGGGGUUAAAUCACCAUGAGAGUAUAUACAAUUUUACAUUUCACAAUUUAUUUAUUAAUUGAAGAUUAAGUUGAAACUCAAUAAUCAGAAAAACUUAAUUCCUGAAAAAUUGGAAGAAAAAAAAGAGAAACUGUUAUGUAACCCUUUAGUAAAAACGAGUCCUUUUUAAAAUAAAUAUUGCAAUCUGAAUCAAACAACAUACGGGAAAUAUUUGCUAAAUUUAGUCAACCGUAACUAAGAUUUAAUUAACUCUUGUCAGGGAUUGGCUAUUGAAGCCUGAGUUUUGCAAAUCCGUUUUCAACUCACAACAAUGUGGUUUUAAUUAAUGUUUGUGUUAAUGUUUUAUUUUGUGCUGCAUGGCAAGAUUUCUGGUGUAAAUAGUUUCUAUUUGUUUCUUGUGAGUAUGCUGCAGGAAUGAACUCUUCAUUUCAAGCCUCUUUUUUUCAUUGGUUUUCUAAUAGAAUGCUUUCAUCAAAAAUGUAAGGUUUACUUAAAAUUUUAUUUUUUCAUGUUUUGUGUUUUUUUUUGUUUCUUAGAUGUGUGACAGUAAAGAGGAAGGGGUAGAUGGGGAUACCGUUAAUAUGUUUGUAGUUCACCCAACUACUCCAGCACAGUAUUUUCACUUGCUGCGCAGACAGAUGGUGCGGAAUUUCAGAAAACCUCUCAUUGUUGCAUCCCCAAAAAUGCUUCUAAGAUAUCCGGUAAAAUAAAUCCUAUUGUCUGAGAGCAACAUCUUACAGCACAAUGCAUAUUUACUGGUGACACAGAGUUAGUCUUUCAUUUUACUGACAAGCUGUUAUUCACUAAUUUAUUGUAAAAAAAAACUGAAUUGUAAAAUGCAGAUUAAAUUAGACAUACACCGGGGAAUUCACAAGGCCGGGUGGAUUGCAAAAUCCAGAUAUUGUUCAUGUAAUUUAACAGUUGUAAUUUAGAAACCAAACUGGUCUGAAUUUAAUCCAGAUUUCAGCAGAUUGAACAUUGCCAGGCUGAAUGCUGUAAAAUUGAGUCUGAAAGCUUCAAAACCAGGCCUGGCUUUAAAAAUUAAAAAAAAUUUAAAAUCUUAAAUAUUUGCCAAAUAUUUUUUUUUUUUUAAAGGAAAAAACAAUUAGCAGCGAUUGGGUUAGUCAUGUGGUGGCUGGCCAAAGCUUGCUAACUUGUCUACUAAAUUGCUGACAUAUCUACUAACUUGUUAAAACUAGUGACUGGGCAGCAAUUGCUGCCCACUCACUAGAAAAGUACCCACCCAUGGGGAUUUGGACUGUAAAAUAAUUGGGGUGAGGCUUUUAAAUCAGUAAUGGGGUGGACAAAUUAUCCACCAGUUUCCAGCACCAGUUGGAAUUAAUUACUUAAACGACAUAAUUAAAAGGUAUACAUGCAUUUUAAGCUAACCUAUAGUUAUCACUAUAUUGAAAUUUCCAGUUCGAUGCCACUUGUAGAACAUUUAUUUCACAUGAUAUUUACAGAGAACAUACUUUGCUCCAGCCUUCCUUUCAGAGCUGAAAUGUCACUCACUCCAUGACCAAAACAUGUUUUAACAAUACCUUUAAGAUGCACUAUUGAUCACUUUCAGUGAUUACUAAAUUUGCUUUAGUCUGCACUGUAUCCAUAGUUAAUGAAAAUACUCUUUACUUGCUAUUUGUUACUAUAGGAAAAAUGUAAUCUGUCCCUAAAUUUUCAAGAUCAGUCAGUGUAUAUAGGAUAAUCAAACCUUAUUGAAAAAAAUAAAUUAAAAAAAAAAUAUAUAUAUAUAGUUACUCCAACCAAAGAACAGCGUUUAAAAAGCAAAGCAGUAUAAAAAAACCAAAAAACAUAUUGUUGCAUUGUGUAGAUUAUAAAUAGAAUAUAAUGGCGGAGCCAGCGCCUGAGCGAGACGGUCGCAGCUUACCACAGCUCCGUCGGCCGACCCAAUAACACAGCCGAAACGGAGGCAAAAUCUGCAACGGGGUCCAGAGAAAAAGUCCCCCUGCAUAUCCCAGACCAUGGGGAAAAAAACGAAAAAGCACAGAGCGGAGCUGAGCUCCGGAUCCAGAGAUAUAGGCGCCUUUAUGCGCCCGACUCAGCGACACGAGUCAGCCAAGAUGGCGCCGGCUGAGGCCUUUACAUCGCAGUCCUCGGACGACGACAGCCUACCGGACCCUGUGACUGCACAGUCUGAGGUACGACCUAAGCCCCAACAGCCACCAGAUCUUGGCGACCUAGCACCAUCAACGAAAGCCGAUAUAAAGGCCAUGAUGAUUGAAAUUAGGGCGAUGUUUGACGCCGAUAUGGCACUGAUUAGAGGAGAGGUAAACACCCUUGCAGGCCGUGUAACCUCAACAGAGGAAAUGCUCAGAAGCACUAGGGUGGCGCAAACAGCCACAGAUGCUACUCUGGGAUCCCUACAAAAACAAUGCACCACAUUAACAGCCCAGCUAGCAGGCAUGGAAGAUAAAGCAAAAGCGCGCAAUGUGCGUAUUAGAGGGGUACCGGAAACUGUUAAUAAUAUGGAGCUACCUCACUACUGCAGAAGGCUGAUAGCCACACUGUUACCACCAAAACAGGCUAAACAGGCUGGAAUUGACUCUUGCUUUCGACUCCCUAAGGCCACAAAGGCACCUCAAGAUGCCCCAAAGGAUGUAUUACUUAAACUGGUUCGGGACUCUGACAGAGGGGCCCUUAUGGGAGCAGCACGGGGUUCCCCUACAAUCACUUUUGAAGGAGCAAGCUUGACUCUAUACAGGGACCUGUCAAGACAUACCCUCACGUGGCGCAGAACUUUCCGCCACAUCACGCAACACCUACGUGACAACUCUAUCCCUUAUAAAUGGGGUCCCCACAGACUGAUGGCGGAACAUAAUGGAAAGACACACCUCUUACUGGCUAUUUCGGAAGCAUCACCCUUCUUCCAAUCGAUGGGCAUCCCGAUACCUGUGAUGAACACAGAAGCCUGUCCACCGUGGAACAUCGCGGAAGUUACUCCCUUUGUACCCAGAGGAACGGCACUAAGGGCGGCGGACCAGCAAACCUGAGAUGAGCGGACACUCACCCCUACAACUUUAUAUAAUGUACUUUGUCGGGGAGAUCACAACCCCCAGUUCAAGGCCUCUUAGGCCCAUUAUUUACACCAGUUUAUAUGCAUAUAUGCACGACUUCUCGUUACGUUGAUACUUAUUCCAACGUUUAUAAUCACUUUAGCUAGAAUCUCACAGCUCAGAUUAAGGGAUUUCACCCCACCCUGGCUCCGUAAACUGACUGCCUAAGACAUGUCCUAUCAAAUACCACCCCCCUCACCCACCCACCCACCCUUACGAAGACAGAGUAGGGUCUUAACAACAACUAGUAUAUACCUCCACACCAAGGGGUAAGCGACCCACCUGAAAAACUCCGACCGACCUAAGGGCCCACACAAAGGCAGGAGCAUUCACAGGCCAAACCGACUACACCUCCCCAACCCCCUACUGUACUUGCCCCAGGCAAGGCACGACACCCCGAACCAAUCUGCAGGGCACAAUAAGCUUAACGCCAAAACCCUCCCAGACAUAUUGCUGUACUUCUUCUAUACAGAUAAAAGGAGGAUUAGCCUGACUCACAAAACAAAAACGGGUAGACGACGCACAUGUGCGACUUUAUAACAUGUAAUGAUGAUCUAGUAUGUAAAAUGUUACAUUUUAUCUCUCUGAGCACAUGCUGUAAUUGAUUAUCUUGACUUGCAAACCCACAAAAAUAAAGAAUUCAAAAAAAAUAAAAAAAAUAAAUAGAAUAUAAUUUCCCGGUUUAAAAUAAUAGUCUGAAAGAAAAUGGUUAAUUUGCAUUGCAAUAUAUUUUUGUCCAGGCUGCUGUUUCAAGUCUUCAGGAUAUGGCACGUGGAAAAACAUUCAGACCUGUUAUUGGAGAAACACUUGUAGAUUCCAAAAGGUAGUGGUUUUUACAACUCUUUUACUACUAUUUUUUGUAAAAGCACAAUUUAAACCAUCCACAAAGUCCAUCACCAUGCCCUGCUCCAGGACAUAUAAUUUCACUGUGCCCUUGCAAUCUAUCAGUCUUGGCAUACCAUACUGGCAUCGUUGCAUGUAUUGUGCAAUGCUUUUUUGGGGGGGGCAAGGGGGUUGGCGAUAAUAUUUUACAUACAUAGAUAUUAGCUACACAUUCACAGUCACCUCAAAACGAUUUAAUAGAAUAUUACUUCAUCAAGUUUUGAAAGUAGAUAAUACAGAAAGACAGUCCAAUCCAAGUGGGGUCGGGGAGGAUUGGGGGUGUGACCCGCUCGUAUUAAUACAUAUAGAUAUAGCUGAAGAAUCAAUAUUAGCUAAAGGUAGGGAUACAUUUUUCACCUUUUUUUUUUUUUACAUAUACUUCAUUUAAACAAAACCUAUUAACUUUCAAUACUUGAUGAAAUGAUUAUUAUGUUAAAAAAUUAGUUUUAAGGUGACAGUUGUCCUUUAAGAUAAGCUUAACCGGGGGGAUGUGCAGAGUUUAAAUUAAAACCCACCAUUGUGUGACCAAAAGCAAUCUAUGUUAAAUAAAGUGAUUAGCAUUUAGCGCCAUAUUUCCCCUGCAUCUUAAACUGGCAUACUACUAAUCCAUUUUACUGUUGAACUGUAAGCUGUGUCUGUGCCUUUGUACCAGCAAGGCUUUCCUCACUAAAAGGAUGGUUUUCACUAAUGUACAAUUGUAAUUGUACUUUUAAACCACUUUCCUUUCCUUUUACUUAUGUCCAUUUUAAAAAUCUUAAAAGUAUAAUUUUACAUGAAAGAAAUGCACGUAUUCCUUAGAUCCCUUUUCCUAUAUAUUAAAGAGUAGCAGGGAAGUUAGCUUUUGCAGUUCAUCAAGUUCUGAACUGUAAACGUUGUCUUUAAUCGCUAUUUAUUAUCCUACAGUGUACAUACAGUGAUCCUUUGCUCUGGUAAACAUUACUAUUCUUUGGCCAAGCAAAAAGAAACACUGGGAGAUCUAGGACACAAAUAUGUCAUUAUCAGGCUGGAGGAACUGUGCCCCUUCCCAUUGGACGCUCUGCAACAAGAAAUGGCAAAAUAUCCCAAUGCCAAAGGUGAGUUUAUUGUUUGCAUUGUGGCAUUAGUCUGUUUCCCACCAUUAAGUUCAAGGCUACUGUGCAUUUUACAUAGAUCUCCAGACUCCAUUUAAAAUCACCUCUUGGUUUAAAAUGAAUGUUAUGUCAGUGCAUGUAUUGGGAUUGAAAUGAACCAGCGUACAGUUGGUUUGUCCUUUUUGGAUUUUCUGGACACCAUUGAGUUUAGUGUUUGUGUCUAUGCUGAUUUACUAAGCUCUUUAUUCUUAAAGUAAUACUCCCAGUUGGAACUAGCCAAUUGUUAUGCAUUGUAUAGAGCAGGCGUAGGCAACUUUCGGCACUCCAGAUGUUUUGGACUACACCUCCCAUGAUGCUUUGCCAGCAUUAUGGGUGUAAGAGCAUUAUGGGAGAUGUAGUCCAAAACAUCUGGAGUGCCGAAGGUUGCCUAUCCCUGGUAUAGAGUAUGCAUUCUAUGUAUGCAAAAACAAACCAUCCAGAAUAUUAAAAGAUAAAAUAAAAGCCAAGCAUACUCCCUUUUAAAGAGAUGCUGUAUCAACUAUAACCUACUCAUCUCAAUGCAUCUGUUACAGUGCCUGGCGUCUCCUAGCACUGUCCCUCCUUUUUAAAAAAUUUUUUGAGAACUUUACCACUGAAUGAGGGUCCCCGGCUUCCCAUAACCACACCCCAAUGAAGGUGGCUAAAGCUUACACAUUUCAUUGUAGCCAGACUGAUUCAAACCUGCAGGGCACCAUUAUAGGCUGCUUCUGCCCAUUGCUCUAAAUUCCUCCAGUGGCCACUCCUCAGAUGGCCACUAAAGGUGCUGUCUGGGACUGUGCUGCACAGUGUGCAGCACUGCCGUUCAGGGUUUCUACGAUCUGCAUGGAAACGCUGAAUUUUCCUCAUAGAGAUGCAUUUAUUCAGUGCAUCUCUAUGAUGAGGGGCUGAUUGACCAAGCCGUGUUUGGCCCUGCCUCCAUCCCGCCUCCUUGCCGAUUUCAGCCAAUCCAAUGCUUUCCCAGGAAUACAUGUCUGAAUGGAAGGACAGUGCUUUGGGACCCCAGACACUAUAACCACUUCAAUAAGGUGAAGCAGUUACGGUGCCCACAGUGACCCUUUUAAUGGUUCCUUCUUUCGUGCUCCAGGAAAUAGCUUGGCAAAGAUGGAGUCUAUGGAGUGUGAACUGUUUAACCCCUUAAGGACCAAACUUCUGGAAUAAAAGGGAAUGUUGCGGCUCCCGGCCCGCCGCAUGGCACAGCCAUGCCCGCAGGCACGACCUCGCCGAUGUCGCAAGCUUACCUGCUCGCCGGCGAGCCAGGAACUGCUCCUCCGCGUCUUCUGGGCGUUGCACCCAAAUCAAAGAUGGCGCUGACCACGUGGUCGCGUACACCACAAGCUCCGCCCCUCAAAUUUAUAGGGCUUCCUUGACCUCGGCUUCGCCUUUGACCAUUCUCUAUCUCUAGCGUAUUAGUCCGGCCAUUCUAAGGUCCGGUUUACGCUCUGUCCUUUUCUUUCCUUUCCUUUUUUAUGUAUAUGUUUUCAUAGUUUCUGCAUGUUGGACCACUCUAGCAGCCGUGACAUUACGACAGGGCCAUGGAUCCUGUGGAACUAUGCAAACAUAUGAUUGCCUGUGAGAGUAGGGUGGAGGAUAUGGACCACAGAUUAGAUCAAUUUGCUCAAGCAUUCCAGACCUUGCUCCAGAGAACUGCCUAUCUGGAGGCUCCUCCGGUACCGCCUGUGGCUCCGCCACCUGUAAAAGCACCUGUGGCACACAAACUACCGUCCAUAACCCUUUCACCUCCCCCUCGUUUUGGAGGUGAUUCUAAGGAAUUUAGAGGUUUUCUAAACUAAAUUAAAUAUCACUUCGAAGCUUCCCCUGGUUCAUUCCCUACAGAUAGAUCGAAAAUUGGCUAUCUAAUGAACCACUUAAUGGGUAAGGCUUUAACCUGGGCUAAUCCCUUAUGGGAGAGUGGAAAUCCAGUUGCCUCUGAUUACAAUGUAUUCCUAACAGCUUACAAAACUACUUUUGAGCCAAAAGGGAGAGAAAAGAACGCUGCCAGAGCCCUAAUGAGAAUAAAACAAGGCAACUGCUCUGUAGCUGAUUACGCCAUAGAGUUCAGGACAUUGGCGUAUGAGGUUGACUGGACCAAUAGCGGUUUGGUGGCUGCUUUUUCCGAAGGUUUAGCGGAAAAUAUACAAGACGAUACCGCAGCCAGAGAUCUUCCAGUUAACCUUAAUGACUUUAUUGCAUCCAUGAUAGACAUUGAUAACAGGCUCAGCGAGAGAGAGAAAAACAAACCGCGUACUAGACAUUCUAACUUAUCCAUAGCCCCUCGUUUCUCUAACCCAGUGGUAAUUAGCCAUGCUCCACCUCCAGAACCUGAACCCAUGCAACUGGGCAUUGCCAAACUCACUGAGGCAGAGAGACAACACAGACGCAACGAGGGGUUGUGUUUGUAUUGUGGCAAAAGGGGACAUCAAAGGUUUUUAUGUUCAGCCGGAAAACUUGCACACCUAAGGCAGGUUCGGUGACCAACCUUAGGUGUGAUGUAUAUGUCCCCUAAAUUGACUAAGAACCGUUUCCUUAAAAAAAAUGACUUUGUCUUGUAAGAAAACCACUGUACAUUAUGAGGCUAUGAUUGACUCUGGGGCAGCGGAGAAUUUUCUAGACAAGGAAUUCUCUGCCAAACAUCUCCUGCCUUUAAGGCAGAAAGAUAGACCCAUAGCAGUAGAGGCUAUUGAUGGGAGACCUCUUACCCAGCCUCUCAUCACACACGAAACCCUGCCAAUCACUGUCUCAGUGGGUAUCUUACAUUCUGAAGAAAUGGUGUUCCAAAUUAUAUCUUCACCUACCUGUCCGAUAAUACUGGGUUUCCCUUGGCUCCAGAAACACAAUCCACUUUUAGAUUGGGUUCAAGGAGAAAUUGUGAGUUGGGGUGAGAGAUGCAGAGGCAUUUGUUUAAAACCGGUGCAACAACGAAUUGGUACCCUCAAUAUACCUAUAGCGCCUCCCUUGACCACAGAAAUACCACCGCAGUAUUUGGACUUAAAGCAGGUAUUCAACAAGGUACAGUCGGAGGUAUUACCACCACAUAGACCCUACGACUGUGCCAUAAAUUUGUUACCAGGCACUAUGCCCCCUAAAGGAGUAUAUGCACUAUCUCCCCAAGAAAAUCUUUGUUUAGAAGAGUACAUAAAGGAUGCUCUCAGAAAGGGUCACAUACGUAGAUCCUCUUCACCUGCUGGGGCUGGGUUCUUCUUCGUCUCUAAAAAAGGAUACCUACGCCCUUGUAUAGACUAUAGGGGUUUGAAUAGAAUAACAAUAAAAAACGCCUAUCCCAUUCCCCUUAUUUCUGAGUUAUUCGAUAGGUUGAAAGGGGCCCGAUUCUUCACUAAGCUCGACCUCAGAAGUGCUUACAACCUAGUCAGAAUUAAGGAAGGGCACGAGUGGAUGACCGCGUUUAAUACGAGAAUGGGACAUUACGAAUACCUAGUUAUGCCGUUUUGACUGUGCAACGCCCCAGCGGUGUUUCAGGAUUUCAUUAACGAUGUCCUUAGAGAAUAUCUCCAUAUGUCCGUUUUAGUGUAUCUAGACGAAAUUCUCAUCUAUUCCUCGGAUUUAGAGACACAUCAUGAACAUGUGAGAACAGUACUAAAAAUCCUGUUAAAGAACGGCCUCUACUGUAAGCUGGAGAAAUGCCAAUUUGACCAGACUGAGAUACAAUUUCUUGGGUACGUUAUAUCUCCGUCUGGGUUUAAAAUGGACCCACGCAAAUUAGAAGCAGUCUUACAAUGGCCAUUACCCAAAGGCCUUAAAGCUACACAACGCUUUAUAGAUUUUGCGAAUUAUUACCGCAUGUUCAUUAAAGGUUUUUCCUCUGUAAUCUCUCCUAUUACCAACCUAACCAAAAAAGGAGCAAAUUGCAAUUCAUGGCCCAAGGAAGCAAAGGAGGCAUUUGAGCAAUUAAAAUCUUUAUUUGCCUCAGCACCUGUCCUGACACAUCCCGAUCCAACCAAACCAAAUCUAGAAGUAGAUGCGUCAGAAACAGGAGUAGGAGCCAUUCUGUCUCAAAAAGUCCUGAUACGCCUUUACAUGCCUGCGGGUUUUUCUUUUGAAAACUAACACCUGCAGAGAAAAAUUAUGACAUUGGGAAUAGAGUGUUAUUGGCCAUUGUACUUGCCCUUAAAGAAUGGAGGCAUCAAAGAGCCACUUCUGAUUUUUACCGAUCAUAAGAAUUUGGCUUAUAUUGGGGACGCUAAGAGAUUGUCCUCUCGUCAGGCUAGAUGGUCAUUAUUCCUCUCCCGAUUCAAUUUUGUAAAUACGUACAGGCCCGGGACAAAGAACACCAAGGCAGAUGUGCUGUCUAGGCAGUUUGAGACCGAUGAGGUUCUUGAACAAGAGAAAUUCCCUAUCAUACCACCAGAAUGCCUUAUUGCCACUACAAUUUCCGAAGUGUCUUCUCCACUCUUCUGUGCCAUAGUAGCAGAUCAAACUUAGGCACCCGUGGAGAGACCUCUGGAUAAACUGUAUGUUUCACCACCUUUAAGAAAAAAGGUACUUGGAUUAUUCCAUGAUAAUUUGACAGCAGGUCAUCCUGGAGUCCAUAAAACUCUCUCUGCUAUCUCCAGGAGGUUCUGGUGGCCUACACUUAGGAACGACAUCAAAGAUUAUGUAGGGGCAUGUCAAACAUGUACCGUUUCUAACGCCUCUCACAAAUCUCCUCCUGGGCUGCUAAAACCACUGCCGAUACCUAAUAAUCCAUGGACCCAUUUAGCCAUGGAUUUCAUGGUGGAUCUGCCCAGUUCAAACGAAUUUAACACAAUCCUUAUGGUCAUAGAUAGAUUCUCAAAAAUGGCACAUUUUGUACCUCUUAAAAAAUUACCAUCUGCUCAAGAUCUUGUACAAAUAUUUUUGAAAGAGAUCUUUCGGUUACAUGGAGUGCCAAAAAACAUAGUAUCUGACAGAGGUACCCAAUUUAUUUCUAGGUUCUGGCUUGCCUUUUGUAAGCAAUUGGGUAUAGAACUUUCAUUUUCCUCAGCGUAUUGUGGGGAUAUUUAUGGGAUGAUAAUAUUAAACAGUCGAGAAUUGCCCACUAUUUCAAUUCUCUUAGAUCUAAAAGAUCGUUUAUCAUGUAAGUGAAAUGUAUUCCAUACAAAUAAAAUCACAAUUUGUUAUAAAAAUAGAUUUAAUUUAUUUUGACAAAUUAAAUAACAAUAAUAUUAGGCAGCAUGCAUGAUAAUAAUCAGUGAAUAUUUAGUAUAACAUAAGUAUGCAAUACAAUGGAAUGGCUAUACACGUUCCAAUGGCUAACAGCAUCAACUGUCACUUAAUAAAAUUUAUGAGGGUACUUCACAGACAAAAGUAAAGCUUCACACAGCGAAAAGCCAUAAACCUUGGCUAACAGUUAAGUCAACUGAGUAACCCUUUCAAUGCUGGCUAGAUCCUCCUAGGCAUAUAUUAUCCUAUUCUCAUGUGAUUUUCAGUGAAAAUAACAUUCAAACCAGCUCAUUAAUCAUUUCCUGGAGUCAUCCAAUAAGAAUAAUCUACCAGAUUUUUACAAAAGCCGAAUUUUAAUUUGCCCAAAAAGAUAUCUUAUCUUAUUUUAGAGCAAAUCAAUACACCUGGAUAAAAACAGCGGUAUGCUAACACGUGAUACUAUCACAUUAAUAUAUAAUUAAUUAUUCUUAAUUCCACCUGCAGAAUGGAAUGUUUAUAACUAUAUAUUCUUUAGUUAACUAAGAUUUCUAAAUAUUGAAACCUGACCGUGAUUUAUCCAGUCAUAUAUCAUGCUAUUAGUAAAUUUUAAUUAUUUUAAAUUAAUUAAAUAAAACCAGCAUAAUUACCAGUUAUGUAGAUAUUCUCAUCAGAUGAAUAGGUAGUCCCAGAAACUUGAUUGGUUGUAUGGUGGUGCGUGAGUAAUAAAGAAAAGUGAUGUUGGUUAGAAAGUCAGAGUAAAAUUCUAAGUGUCAAGGAGUUGUGUCCAAGAGAGUUUAAGAGUAGAGUGUUAGUCCCAGAGAGUGUCCUGGAUUUCUCUGCAUGUCUGUAUCUGAUUGCCCAAACUCCAACUCCUCUCUCUCUACCAACUAACUAACUUUUAAAGGGCCAGACUCUCUGUACGUCAUUAGUUGAUACGGCCAAUAGGAAGCUGAAGGUGUGUUCAAUCUAUGGAUCGCAAUUUAGGUAUUUGAUCCAUCGAGGGCAGUCUCGUCUAACUAAACCUUCCUAUCCAGGAAAGAGUUAACUUUUCCUGAUGACGAUUUUGACGUCAUUUGGCUUAUCUAAAAUGACUACCAUAACUUAGAUUUGCUGUCAGUUCAAAGCGUUUGUCUCAGUCUUUGUGGCAACUAUUUUGAUCGUAAUUUGUAAAAUUGACAGUUCUAAACUCAAUUUCACCCCUUACUUACAAUGGGACCUUGUAAAAUUUAGAAAGUAAAAUUAAUUACUUAGUCUUCUCUGUCACUAGAGUCUGUGUUUCUAUAAUGCAUUCCUUAGCUCAGGCUCAGUGGUUAGUGAAAGCAAGGAAAUUAUGUGUCUUUGUUAUCCUGAAGAUAGCAAAAUGGAGUCCGCUCUGUUCUGAGUGACUCUGGCAAUAUACACGUUUAAUUUCUUUCUUAGCACAAAAUGUCUGCCGAUAUAAAUAUUCUGACUGUAUCACCCUCAGACUAAUAGCGCAGCAGAGAGGGCCAAUCAGUCUUUAGAAUCUUAUUUAUGUUGUUUUAUCGAUGCCAAUCAGUCUAACUGGUACGAACUCUUACCCAUGGCUAAGUUUGCCAGAAAUAAUGUGACUCAUGAAUCCUCUAAUCAUAGUCCAUUUUUUGUAAAUCAGGGUUAUCACCCCACUGUUUUAUUACCUUCUGAAUUUUCAGACACUGAUAUUCCUGCCUUGAACACCCGUUUGGAUUCUAUUCAUGACAUUUGGGAUUCCGUUCAUACAGCAUUACAGAAGGCAUCAAAACGUGCUAAAAUCCAAGCUGACAAGAGACGGGGUGCCAAUCCUGUCUAUCAACCAGGAGACAAGGUGUGGUUAUCCACACGUCAUGUCAAACUUAAGGUUCCUUCCAUGAAAUUUGCCCCUCGGUACAUAGAUCCUUUUCGGGUCCUCCGUCGUAUCAACCCUGUGACUUAUUCAUUGGCACUUCCUGCUCACAUGAGAAUUGCCAAUUCAUUUCAUGUGUCCUUGCUUACUUGCAAUCGAUAAACUAAGGUGGCUGCCCCUCCUCUGCCCUUGGUAGUGGGUGAUCAGGAGGAGUACGAAGUUCAUUCUCUAUUGGACUCCAAAAUCUCCAGGGGUAUUUUGUCUUAUCUAGUUGACUGGAAAGGUUAUGGUCCUGAGAAACUUUGUUGGGUUCCUGCUGACCAGGUUCAUGCGCCCCGUCUUAUCCGGUCGUUUCACAACGCUUCCCUUAUAAGCCGGCUCCUUCCCGCCUGGUGAGCGGUUUUCGAGCAGGGGUACUGUGCGGCUCCCGGCCCGCCGCAUGGCGCAGCCGUGCCCGACCGGCACUGACCACUUGCUCACGCAAGCCACAAGCUCCGCCCCUCACAUUUAUACGGACGUGCGCGUGACGUCAUGAACUCAACGCAUACGCACAUUCUGGGGUCAGAGGUCACCCUCUGACCAAUCAGAGCCCAGAGAGGGAUAUUUAAAUCCCUAAUUCACUCAAGUUCCUUGCCCUGUCGUGGUUUCCUGUUCCUGGUUCCCUAUAGUGCGUUUAUCUUUGUGAAUAUUACUUCCUGGUAUCCUGAUCUUGGCCUUUCCCUGGGUAUUCCGAAUUCUGGUUCCCCUGACUUGGCUUGUUUCAGCGGUAUCUGAGUAUUUCUGGCUUCCUUGACCUCGGCUUUCCCUUUGACCAUUCUCUAUCUCUAGCGUAUUAGUCCGGCCAUUCUAAGGUCUGGUUUAUGAUCUGUCCUUUUCUUUCCUUUCCUAUGUAUAUGUUUACAUAGUUUCUGCGUGUUGGACCACACUAGCAGCUGUGACAGGGAAUCAUAACAUUUCACACAUGUCAUGUGUCCUUAAGGGGUUAAAGGGCCAUGCAUCACUUUGAGACACCUGUCUUAUUCAAAUGCUUUAGCUUUGAAUGAGACAGUUGCCUCACUACAGGCUGAAAAAGCAGGCAAAUAUGAUUUAUUUAUUUUUCUUCAUAUUUACCUGCUUCUUCAUUCUUAUGCUUUCCACACCCACUCCAGGUGAAACUGAGUGAUAGAUAAAAUCCUAUCCCUAGGAAUGCUGGGAAAGUGUUUUGGGAAUGCCUGACAUAUUUACACAUGUACAGUCUGAAGAUCUCUUCACCUUGCAACAUCCUGACAGGGGGAGAAGAGAGGGAGUCUGAUCAGUGUUCUCUCUUGCUGCUGAACAAUGAUGCCUUGUUUAUGUCAUUAGUGAACUGAUUUCAAACUGAGAUGGGUGGAUAAACAUAUAAACAUUUAUUACAUACUUUUCAAAGUGUAGCAGAGACCUUCUGGCUGUCCAUCCCAUUUUCAGUUUAUUUUGCAUCUUUCGUUUAGAUUUACAAUAUACCUAGGCAUUUGUCUGGUUGUUCAGUAAACAGCCCUAUAAGACUUCAGUAAAUUGCUUCAUUCGGCAUCCGAGUACCAAUGGAUCACGGAUGGAGAUCGAUUACUCCACACUAAAGCGAUCCACACUAAAGGAUCUUCUGGAAGCAAGGGGUAUUCCAGCCAGCAAUAAGACAAAGGAAGUUCUGGAGCUCUGGAGGUCUUAGCGGUGUGCGCGUAGUCGAGUGUCCGAUUUGGGUUCCAGACACUCGACGACCAAACACCGCUGAGCGUUCGUAUGCUAAGAUGGCCGCCGCCACGUGUUCGUAUUGCAGCAACACUUCACACCAGGGUGGUCUGGUUGUUCGGUACUUUGGUUCAGAUACCGAAUGAAGCAAUUUACUUAAGUCUUAUAGGGCUAUUUACCGAACAAGCAGACGAAUGCUUAGGCAUAUUGUAAAUCCAUAUAAAAGAUGCAAAAUAAACAGAAAAUGGGAUGGACAGCCAGAAGGUCUCUGCUACACUUUUCAACAUUGUUCUUGCUUCAUACUGGUUUAUUUGUUUAAAAGUGUUACCUCUGUGCAGAUCUUGGGUUCAGUUCAGAAAAAGAACCUGUAGUUCAGGUAUCCGUUUUCUACUCAUGUAAGUUAUUAGCUAUAUCACAAUUCCCAAAAAUUUUUCCUGUGCUUCUUUAUGUAUUACUGGACGCUGCAGAUGAGCAGGAAAGCACAGGAAGGGAGCUGUAUACAAAAUUAUACAAAUGUAGCCAUGUAAAAUAUUGCUAAUUAUUUUAGCCAAAAGUUAUUAAAAUACAUAAAUGUUUGUUUUCUUAAUGUCUGGAAUGUACCUUUUUAAGUUCCUAUCCAAUCAGAAAAAGAAAAAAACCUCCCCACUAACUGAAAUCUUCUUAAUAGAACAUUCUGAGAACCAACAUAAACACUCACUUUACACUUUUUUGGAAUAUUUCCAUGGUUUUCCCAAAAGGGAACAAAGUUGGAACCGGGAUGGUUGGGGGUAGGGCUAGUGUUUGUGAGGCCAGUUGCAAGAUAAAAUGCAGAUGUAGAGAGACAUUGGAUUAUAACAGGGCUAAUGGGUCAGAGUGUCAAAGGGCAAGAGAGACUGGGGGCAGAGUGACAAAAGCCUAUGGAGGCUGAGGAACAGAGGGACACCCUGUUACUCUAACUCCAGUUUACUUUGUUCACUGACUUCUCUGACAGAGGGGGUUGGGGAUAAAACUUGAAUAUUUACAGAGCCCCUCUACUAACCUCCUUACUGUUGGUGCUGCCAUGUGGCUGAAGACUCUGAGGAGGCUCUACAAGAGGGUGUACGCUGACCACUAUCCAGACUCCAAAAUGUGGGGAGGCCCUCUAGGUGGCUUUGCGCCAUCCUAGGCUGCUGAAGCCAGUCUCUGAGUGUGCAGUGGAAAGCAUGUAAUUUCAUGGGAACUUUGGAAACAAUAUAUAUAUAUAUGUGUGUGUGUGUGUGUAUGUAUAUAGCUAUAAAAUGUGUUUAUUUUUGAUAACUGCAUAUAAUGCUUUCAUUAAUUUUAAAGAAUUUAUUUGGAGCCAAGAAGAACCGCAGAAUAUGGGUGCAUGGACAUUUGUAGCACCUCGGUUUGAAAAACAGUUGGGAUGUAAGGUAAAUGUUUUCUGUUUCAUCUCUUUUGACGUUUAAGGAAGUUACAUAAUUAUGAUUUUACAGGCUAGCUAACACUUUCUGGGUUAUUUACUAAAACAUGGAAUAUGAAUUAUUUGAAAGGCUGAAAUAGUUGAGGUUCAAACAGAAGUUACUUGGAUAGAUAUUUUUUUUUUCCUUUUGGCUUUUGAACUCAAAUAAGUGCAGUCCCUUGUUGAAAUCGUAAGAAUUCUCAGGUUAAUGAAUAACCCAGUAAUGCCAUAAAUUUUUCACCAGUAUUUAAGUCCUUAACCUACUGUAAUACCAUGCCCAAGAACCCUUUUUAAAAUGUAAUUUUUUUUUUUUAAAUUUUAACCCGUGACUCAACACCCAAUCAGGGUGCCAUUAUUUUAGAGGUUUUCUUCUUUAUAAACUAAUUAAUACUUCAUUAGAUUUCACUGUUUUUUUGUUAUUUAGUUGUCAAAUAGCAAUAUCUCACAGUGUUUUGUUUUUGUUUACAGUUACACCUUGUAAGUAGACCUGCUCUUCCUGCACCAGCAGUGGGUAUUGGAUCUCUCCACCAACAACAACAACAAGAUAUAAUCACAAAAACAUUUGCAUAGCUGUACUAAAUAAUAUUUGAUAUUUUAAAUAUGUGAAUGUAUUUCUGGACUAUUGGGCUUUAUUUUCCACUUUUAUAAGUUUAUUGUAAUUACCGGCACUUGGUAGAUCAAGAUGGAAAUUUGAAAGUCUAAAUUCAGUCUUCUCAUCAUAGGGAUCAAACACUAAGAACAAUGCUUAUAGCCUGGUAGGAAUGUUGGAUGUGGCGUGUGUUUGUUUUUUUUUGUUUUUUUGUGUUUUUUAAUUAUAAUUUUUUUUAAUAUCAUUUGAGGAAGGAGUAGCCGGAUGGGAGGGUGCAUUUCUGUUCAAAUUUUAUACCAAGUAUGUUAAAAAAACAAACAAAAAAAAACCCCAUAAAGAUUGUAUCGUGAUUGGAUCGACAAACUGUUGAAACUUCAUUGACAACUGGCUAGACCGGAAACAAAUUCCAAUGCCCUUAUUUUUACAGUGGUCUAUGACUUCAUUGAAAAUUCAGUAUUUAAGGGACAACUUCUGAAGCCUGUGUGUGACUAUUACAGUAUGUAAUAAUUAUUUCAAAUGAGAGUAAAUAGGAUAUAUUUUACACUUGUGUGUUUCCGAUGGCUUGGUUAAACUUCAAUAUAAAAUAUCAUUAUGAUGGUACAGAUGAGUCAAACUAUAUAAAGUUAUUAACUCGCUGCUGGAAA